UCGUGCAUUCCCCGCCUCGCCUCGGGUGUAGGGAUUGCAAAAAAACAAAACUACACUGUCAAGACUGUGUAGUUUUGUUUUUAUGAUUAGAGGCUCUUCAAUUCUCAUGCUGGGAUUGUCUAAAAAAUCUUACUCUGGAUAAGGACGUCGUUCAAGAAGAUUUCGUUGGGCUUAGCCCACUCUUGCAGGCACUUUGAGAGAUCAGAGUGCCUGUAAAGAUGACGACGAAAGCACCAACUUUCACACAGCCGUUACAAAGCGUUGUGGCACUGGAGGGUAGUGCCGCAACCUUUGAGGCUCAUAUUAGCGGUUUCCCAGUUCCUGAGGUGAACUGGUUUCGGGAUGGCCAGGUUCUCUCUGCUGCAACUCUGCCCGGUGUGCAGAUCUCGUUUAGUGAUGGCCGCGCUAGACUGGUGAUCCCCACCGUGACAGAAGCCAACAGCGGGAGAUACACUGUGCAAGCCACCAAUGGAUCUGGGCAAGCGACUAGUACUGCUGAGCUGCUGGUCACAGCUGCAACAGCACCACCAAACUUCUCACAACGACUACAGAGCAUGACUGCAAGACAAGGAAGUCAAGUUCGACUUGACGUGAGAGUGACUGGAAUCCCUACACCUGUGGUGAAGUUCUAUCGGGAUGGAGUAGAAAUUAAAAGUUCCCCCGAUUUUAAAAUUUCACAAGAAGGAGACCUUUACAGCUUAAUAAUUGCAGAAGCAUAUCCUGAAGACUCCGGCACCUAUUCCGUAAAUGCCACAAAUAGCGUGGGACGUGCUACUUCAACAGCUGAAUUGCUAAUUCAAGGCGAGGAAGAAGCCGUUCCUGCUAAAAAGACAAAGACAAUUGUAUCGACUGCUCAGAUUUCACAAACAAGACAAGCCAGAAUUGAAAAGAAGACUGAAGCCCACUUUGAUGCCAGAUCACUUACAAGUGUUGAAAUGAUGAUAGAAGGUGCAACCACCCAACAGCUCCCACACAAGGCACCUCCACGAAUGCCUCCUAGACCUACAUCCAAAUCACCAACCCCGACAACUGCUGCAAAAGCACAAAUGGCACGACAGCAAUCACCAUCACCCGUUAGACAAUCACCAUCGCCUGUAAGACAUGUCAGAGCACCAACACCUUCACCAGUAAGGUCCGUUUCUCCUGCUGGGAGAAUCUCCACCUCACCUAUUAGACCAGUGAAAUCUCCAUCUCCAAUCCGUAAACCACAUGUAGUGACAACAGCUGGGGCUGAUGUCCUUCCUCCUUGGAAGCAGGAAGGAUACACUGGAACCAUGGAAGCCCAGAUGAAGGAAACAAGAGUAUCCACAAGCACUACCCAAGUCACUGAGGAAAGAUGGGAAGGGAGAUAUGGGGUCCAAGAACAAGUCACUGUUACUGGCACUGCUGCUGGCGAGGUGGCCGCUGGUGCUAGAGAGGUGAGAAAGGACAGUGAAAAAACAGCAGCUAUUGCUACAGUUGUUGCUGCUGUGGAUCAAGCCAUGGUGAGAGAACCAGCUCCAGGUGUGGCGGAGCAAACUGCUAAAAGGACAGCAAUGACUGCAGUCCACGUUCAGCCUGUUCAUGAGCAGAUGAAAAAGGAGGCAAUGGUAGUAGUUACCAGUGAUAAAACCACAAAACAAACAGUGAUAUCAAGAACUAGAGAAGGAAUUGUAACUUCACAAGAACAAAGACACAUCUCUCCUGAAAAGGUGAGAAAAGAACCAGAGAAAACUCCAGUACCAACAGUAAUAAUUGCCACAGACAAAGCCAAAGAACAAGAAAGAAUAACAAGAGCUACAGAAGAAAUAACUACCAGACAUGAACAAGUGCACAUUGCUCAUGAACAGAUAAGAAGGGAAGAAAUGAAACCUUCAGUACCUAAGGUAGUAAUUACUACUGAUAAACCUAAAGCACCGGUCAUAAUAUCGAAAAGUAAAGAAAGAAUUGCCACCAAACAAGAACAAGUGAGCAUAACACGUGAAAAGACUCAAGCUGGAAUAAAGGCUGAAGCUGUAGCUACAGUCGUUGCAGCAGUUGAUCAGGCACGUGUUCGAUCACCCUGGCAACCAGAACUAGCAGAUGAAGCUUAUGUAAAGGAGAAAACUUUGGAAUAUGGUUAUAAAGAGCACACUGUAACAGACCGUGGUUCUGAGGCCCCAGCAGAACGUCAUGUUGUCACCAAAGAAGUCAAAACAGUCUAUGUUCCUCCUGAGAAACAUAUCUCAACUCCUGAAAAACAGGAAGUUCAUAUAUCAAAAGAGAUAAAAAGAACAACAGAACUUGAGAAAACAAUUCGUGUUGAACCGCCGCGGCCUCGCACAGCGAGUCCUCACUUCACGGUCUCCAGAGUCGCUGUUCCUAAACCAGAUCAUACAUACGAGGUUUCAAUAGCUGGAACUGCCAUGGCUACUCUGGAGAAAGAGCUAUCAGCCACUUCGGCUGCACAAAAGAUCACCAAGCCUGUGAAGCCACCUCAGCUAAAGCCUCAUGAAGUCAGGCCUAAAGCAGAGCCAGCUGCCCCUCCACAGUUUCCCUUUGGAGAGGCUGCGGAGACGUAUAAGAGUCACUAUGAUGUUGAGACUAAAAAGGAGACAAGCAUUAAAAGUGAAGCAGUGCGGACAGAGCACUUGAUGCUGCAUAAAGAAGCUGAAGCAAAGGUGACAGAAGCUGCCAGAGUUCCUGUACCUGCAGAAAUCCCUGCUACACCACCCACCUUAGUCUCAGGCCUCAAAAAUAAGACUGUGACUGAAGGUGAGUCUGUCACUCUGGAGUGCCAAAUAUCUGGACAUCCUCAGCCUACAGUGACAUGGUACAGGGAAGACUACAAAAUUGAGAGCUCAAUGGACUUCCAGAUCACUUUCAAAGCAGGACUUGCUCGCCUUGUGAUUCGUGAAGCCUUUGCAGAGGACAGUGGAAGAUUUACCUGCACUGCUACCAAUAAGGCUGGGAGUGUCAGCACUUCCUGCCACUUACAUGUGAAAGUUACUGAAGAAACUGAGACUCGAGAAACCAUUUCUGAGAAGACUGUUACAGAAGAGAAACGCUAUGUGGAGACAAAGGACAUUGUAAUGGAAGAUGUCUCUGCUGCAGCAGAGGAAGUAUCGGGAGAACCCAUACCUCCUUUCUUCAUAAGAAAACCCAUGGUACAUAAAUUAGUUGAAGGUGGGAGCAUAAUUUUUGAAUGCCAAGUAGGGGGCAACCCAAAGCCACAUGUCUACUGGAAAAAAGGCGGAGUUCCUCUCACGACUGGCUACAGAUACAAAGUGAGUUACAAAAAAGAAACCGGGGAAUGCAAACUUGAAAUUUCCAUGACUUUUGCCGACGAUGCCGGAGAAUACACUAUUGUUGUUCGUAAUAAUCUUGGAGAAGCUUCUGCAACGGUCUCCUUACUAGAAGAAGCUGAUUACGAAGCCUACAUAAAAUCGCAACAAGAAAUGAUGUACCAAACUCAAAUGACUGCAUACGUACAGGAACCUAAAGUGGCUGAGGUAGCCCCACCCAUUUCCUAUGGUGACUUUGAAAAAGAGUAUGAGAAAGAACAAGCUCUAAUUAGAAAGAAAAUGGCAAAAGAUACAGUGAUGGUCAGAAGUUUUGUAGAAGAUGAGGAAUUCCAUAUUUCUUCUUUUGAAGAAAGACUUAUCAAGGAAAUUGAGCUCAGAAUUAUUAAGACUACCUUACAUGAACUUCUUGAAGAAGAUGGAGAGGAGAUGAUGGUUGAUAUUUCUGAAUCUGAAGCUGUAGAGGCAGGAUUUGAUUUAAGAUUAAAGAACUACAGAACCUUUGAAGGGACAGGAGUUACCUUCCAUUGCAAGACUUCUGGUUAUCCAUUGCCAAAGGUGGCAUGGUACAAGGAUGGCAAACGUAUAAGACAUGGAGAGCGCUACCACAUGGAACUUCUGCAAGAUGGCAGCGCCACUCUGCGUUUACCUGUUGUUUUACCUGAGGAUGAAGGAAUUUAUACUGUCUUUGCCAGUAAUAUGAAAGGAAAUGCCAUUUGCUCAGCAAAACUCUAUGUUGAGCCAGUUGCACCCACAGCAACUCCAGGUUAUAUGCCAGGACCCGAAGUUAUGAGAAGAUAUAGGUCUAUCUCUCCACGGUCUCCAAGCCGGUCUCCUGCCCGCAGCUCUCCUUCUCGUUCUCCUGCCCGGAGAUUAGAAGAAACUGAUGAAGGGCAACUAGAGAGACUAUAUAAGCCAGUUUUUGUGUUGAAACCAACAUCAUUUAAAUGUUCACAGGGGCAGACAGCAAGAUUUGACUUAAAAGUUGUUGGCAGACCUAUGCCAGAGACAUACUGGUUCCAUAAUGGCCAACAAGUGAUUAAUGACUACACCCAUAAAAUAGUGAUUAAAGAAGAUGGUACCCAGUCAUUGAUCAUUGUUCCUGCAAUGCCUGAAGACUCUGGAGAAUGGGCUGUCAUUGCUCAGAACAGGGCAGGCAAAGCUUCAGUCUCAAUGACACUGACUGUAGAAGCUAAGGAAGACCUAGUCCGACCACACUUUGUGGAAAGAUUGAGAAAUGUCAGCGUGAAGGAGGGCUCUAGACUGGAGAUGGCAGUGAAAGCUACUGGUAACCCUAAUCCUGACAUUGUAUGGCUCAAGAACAGUGACAUCAUUGUGCCUCACAAAUAUCCCAAAAUAAAGAUUGAGGGAACCAAAGGGGCAGCUGCCCUUAAAAUUGAAUCUACUGCCAGGCAAGAUGCUGCAUGGUAUACUGCUACUGCUAUCAAUAAAGCUGGGCGGGACACCACCCGCUGCAAAGUAAAUGUUGAAGUUGAACACACAGAACCUGAACCAGAAAGGAAAUUAAUAAUUCCAAAAGGAACUUACAAAGCCAAGGAGAUUGCAGCACCAGAGUUAGAACCUCUCCAUCUGCGUUAUGGUCAAGAGCAAUGGGAGGAAGGAGAUCUCUAUGACAAAGAAAAGCAACAGAAACCAUUUUUUAAGAAGAAGCUCACAUCUUUAAGGCUCAAACAAUUUGGACCAGCACACUUUGAAUGCAGGCUUACACCAAUUGGUGACCCAACCAUGGUGGUGGAGUGGUUGCAUGAUGGCAAACCCCUGGAAGCAGCUAACAGACUCCGCAUGAUCAAUGAGUUUGGGUACUGUAGCCUGGACUAUGGGGUAGCCUAUUCCAGAGACAGUGGAGUGAUCACUUGCAGAGCAACUAACAAAUACGGUACAGACCACACAUCCGCUACUCUGAUCGUGAAGGAUGAGAAAAGUCUUGUGGAAGAAUCCCAGCUGCCAGAAGGCAAAAGGGGACUCCAGCGAAUUGAAGAGUUAGAAAGAAUGGCCCACGAGGGUGCUCUACCUGCUGUUGCACUGGACCAAAAGGAAAAGCAAAAACCAGAAAUCGUUUUGGUUCCUGAACCCGCAAGAGUCCUUGAAGGCGAAACAGCACGAUUCCGCUGCCGUGUGACUGGCUACCCUAUGCCCAAGGUCAACUGGUACCUCAAUGGACAGCUCAUCCGUAAAAGCAAAAGGUUUAGACUCCGUUAUGAUGGAAUCUACUACCUGGAUAUCGUGGACUGCAAAUCAUAUGACACAGGAGAGGUGAGAGUCACUGCAGAGAAUCCAGAAGGCUUUAUUGAACAUAAGGUGAAACUUGAGAUCCAGCAGAGGGAAGACUUCAGAUCUGUUCUGCGUCGUGCUCCUGAGCCCAAACAUGAGCCUGUAGUUACAGAACCUGGGAAACUUCUGUUUGAGGUACAGAAGGUAGACAAACCUGCAGAGGCAACAACCAAAGAAGUGGUGAAGCUGAAAAGGGCUGAAAGAAUCACUCAUGAAAAGCUUUCAGAGGAAUCUGAAGAGCUGCGCUCUAAAUUCAAGCGCAGGACAGAAGAGGGCUACUACGAAGCCAUUACAGCUGUGGAACUUAAAUCUCGCAAAAAAGAUGAAUCAUAUGAAGAAAUGCUAAAAAAGACAAAAGAAGAACUUCUUCACUGGACCAAAGAGAUCCCAGAGGAAGAGAAGAAAGCCCUUCCUCCUGAAGGCAAAAUCACCAUUCCAACAUUCAAACCAGAGAAGGUGGAGCUUAGCCCAAGCAUGGAGGCCCCCAAGAUUCUUGAACGAAUUCAAAGCCAGACAGUAGCCCAAGGAACAGAUGUACACUUCCGUGUGAGAGUGGUGGGAAAACCUGAUCCUGAAUGCCAGUGGUUCAAAAAUGGUGUUCAGAUUGAAAGGACUGAUCGUGUGUACUGGUACUGGCCUGAAGAUAAUGUUUGCGAAUUAGUUAUCAGAGAUGUGACUUCUGAUGAUUCUGCCAGCAUCAUGGUGAAAGCAGUAAAUAUAGCUGGUGAAACUUCUAGCCAUGCUUUCCUGUUAAUACAAGCCAAGCAGUUAAUCAGCUUCACGCAGCAGUUACAAGAUGUUGUUGCUAAAGCAAAAGACUCCAUGGCAACUUUUGAAUGUGAAACAUCAGAGCCCUUUGUGAAAGUGAAAUGGUUUAAGGAUGGAAUUGAGAUUCAUUCUGGAGACAAGUACAGGAUGCACUCAGACAGAAAGGCUCACUUUCUUUCCGUAUUAACAAUUGACAUGUCUGAUGCUGAUGACUACAGCUGUGCACUGGUAGAAGAUGAAUCUGUAAAAACCACUGCAAAGCUUACUGUUGAAGGUGCUGCAAUUGAGUUUAUUAAAGAACUUGAGGAUGUUGAAGCGCCAGAAUCCUUCUCAGCUGAACUUGAAUGUGAGGUUUUCCCAGAAGAUGCGGAGGGGAAAUGGUAUCAUGGUGAUGUUGAGCUCACUUCUAGUCUUAAACAUGUGAUUGCAUCCCGCCGUGGUCGCCAGACCCUCACUAUUAAAGAUGUUAAUAAAGAUGAUCAAGGAGAAUAUAGUUAUGUUGUUGAUGGAAAAAGGACUCAAUGCAAACUGAAGAUGAAGCCUCGUCCCAUGGCAAUUCUUCAAGGACUAACUGACCAAAGAGUCUGUGAGGGAGAUAUUGUGCAACUUGAAGUCAAAGUCUCCCUAGAAAAUGCAGAGGGUGUCUGGAUGAAAGAUGGCCAAGAAAUUCAGUCAAGUGACCGUAUUCAUAUUGUGCUGGAUAAACAAUCACAUAUGUUGCUCAUAGAAGAUGCCACAAAGGAAGAUAGUGGAACUUACUCUUUUAGUGUUCCUGACCUUGAGCUGUCAACCACUGGACAGAUCACAGUUUACAGUGUGGAAAUAGUGGUGCCUCUAGAAGAUCUUCAUGUAAUUGAAGGAACAAAAGCCAUCCUUGAAUGUAAAGUUUCAGCACCUGAUGUGUCCUCCUCAAAAUGGUACCUAAAUGAUAAUCAAAUAAAGCCUGAUGAACGUGUGCAAGCUGUAUGUAAAGGUGCCAAACAGAGGCUGGUGCUCACCAGAACCCAUGCAUCAGAUGCAGGACGCUAUAAGUUAAUGGUUGGCAAAGUGGAAACAAGCUGCAAUGUCACAGUUGAAGAAAUUGAGAUUAUUAGAGGUCUUCAUGACAUCACCUGCACUGAAACACAGAAUGUGUCCUUUGAGGUCGAGCUCUCCCAUUCAGGGAUUGAUGUAAUUUGGCAUUUCAAAGGCCAACCCAUACAGGCUGGUCCUAAAUAUAAAAUUGAAGCACGUGGCAAAAUAUACAAAUUGACAGUGGUGAAGAUGAUGAAAGAUGAUGAAGGAGAAUAUGUCUUUUAUGCUGGAGAGAAGAAAACGUCUGGGAAGCUUAUAGUAGCAGGCGGUGCCAUUUCAAAGCCUCUCAGUGACCUGACUGUGGCUGAGUCCCAGACAGCUGUUUUUGAAUGUGAGGUGGCAAAUCCUGAAUCAGAGGGCCGGUGGCUACAAAAUGGUAGACCAUUAGCUACAACGGAUCAGUACCGUGCCGAAUCUGAUGGUGUGAAAAGAAGGCUUGUUAUCCCUGCAACCAAACUGGAGGAUAUGGGGGAAUACAGCUAUGAAAUAGCAAGCUCAAAGACAUCUGCCAAACUGAAGGUUGAAGCUGUUAAGAUCAAGAAAACCCUAAAGAACUUAACUGUGACAGAAUCACAGGAGGCAGUUUUCAGUGUAGAACUGACCCACCCUGAUGUGAAAGGAGCUCUAUGGAUUAAAAAUGGUGUUGAACUUGAAUCAAGUGACAAAUAUGAAAUUACAGUGAAAGGAACUGUUCACACACUGAGAAUCAAACACUGUGUUGUCACUGAUGAGUCUGUUUACAGCUUUAAACUUGGAAAAAUAGGAGCAAAUGCCAGACUUCAUGUGGAAACUGUCAAGAUCAUCAAAAAGCCAAAGGAUGUGACUGCUUUGGAAAAUGCUGUUGUCUCAUUUGAACUGAGUGUUUCCCAUGAUACUGUACCAGUCCGCUGGUUCCAUAAAAAUAUUGAGCUUAAACAAAGUGAUAAAUACAAGAUGAUCUCUCAAAGGAAAGUUCACAAGCUUAUGCUGCACAACAUAUCUCCCGAUGACGCUGGGGAAUACACAGCUCUUGUCGGGCAAAUCGAAUGCAAAGCAAAACUGUUUGUGGAAAGCAUACACAUCACAAAGACCAUGAAAAGUAUUGAGAUCCCUGAGACCAAAACUGCCUCUUUUGAAUGUGAAGUUUCUCAUUUCAAUGUGCCAGCUGUCUGGCUGAAAAAUGGUGUGGAGAUUGAAAUGAGUGAAAAGUUCAAAAUAGUUGUCCAAGGGAAACUCCAUCAGCUCAAUAUAAUGAACACAAGCAGUGAAGACUCUGCGGAAUACACUUUUGUCUGUGGAAAUGAUAGAGUCAGCGCAACCCUGACUGUAAAACCCAUCCUAAUUACCUCCAUGCUAAAAGACAUCAAUGCCGAAGAGAAAGAUACAAUAACCUUUGAAGUUACUGUUAAUUAUGAAGGCAUUUCAUAUAAAUGGUUAAAGAAUGGAGUAGAAAUAAAAUCGACUGAUAAAUGCCAGAUACGAACAAAGAAGCUUACACACUCCCUCUCCAUAAGGAAUGUGCAUUUUGGUGAUGCAGCAGAAUAUACUUUUGUUGCUGGAAAAGCAGCUUCAUCAGCCACUUUAUAUGUGGAAGCUCGUCACAUUGAGUUUAGGAAGCAUAUUAAAGACAUCAAAGUGGUGGAGAAGAAGAGGGCUAUUUUUGAAUGUGAAGUUUCAGAACCUGACAUUCAGGUCCAGUGGAUGAAGGAUGGGCAAGAACUCCAGAUUGGUGAUAGGAUGAAAAUUCAGAGAGAGAAAUACGUUCAUCGUCUCAUCAUUGCUUCCACAAAGAUGUCUGAUGCUGGUCAGUACACUGUAGUAGCAGGUGGAAACACAUCCAGUGCCAAUUUGAUUGUGGAAGGUCGUGACAUCCGCAUCAGAAGUGCCCAGAAAGAUAUUCAGGUCAUUGAGAGACAAAGAGCUGAAAUUGAAUUUGAAGUCAAUGAAGACGACAUCGAACCACAGUGGUACAAGGAUGGUAUUGAGAUCAACUUCCAGUAUGAGGAAAGAUACAAGUAUGUGGUGGAAAGGAGAGUCCAUCGAAUGAGCAUCUUUGAAACCACUUACUCUGACGCUGGAGAAUAUACUUUUGUUGCGGGACGGAAUAGGAGUUCUGUUAUUCUUUAUGUGAAUGCUCCAGAGCCACCCCAGAUUAUUCGGGAGCUAGAGCCAACAACUGUGGAGUCUGGCAAACCUGCCCGCUUUUGUGCUAUUGUAUCAGGCAAACCCCAGCCCAAAAUUUCCUGGUACAAAGAUGACCAACAGCUUUCUCCAGGUUUCAAGUGCAAAUUUCUUCAUGAUGCACAAGAAUAUACUCUAUUGCUGAUUGAAACUUUCCCUGAAGAUGAAGCAGUGUACACCUGUGAAGCAAAAAAUGACUAUGGAGUAGCUACAACUUCAGCUUCACUUUCAGUUGAAAUCCCAGAAGUUGUCUCUCCUGAGCUAGAAAUGCCGGUGUAUCCGCCUGCUGUCAUAAUACCACUACGUGAUGCUGUUACAUCUGAGGGACAUUCUGCUUGUUUUCAGUGCAGAGCUUCUGGAACAGAUCUGAAAGUGUCUUGGUACAGCAAAGAGAAGGAGAUCAAGCCAUCACGUUUUUUCAGAAUGACUCAAUUUGAAGACACUUACCAGCUGGAGAUUGCUGAAGCUUAUCCAGAGGAUGAAGGAAUCUAUACCUUUGUGGCAAGCAAUUCUGUGGGCCAAGUGACCAGCACUGCCACCUUGAAGUUAGAAGCUCCUGAAAAAAUUGUUCAUGAGAAGCUAGAGGAAGAGGUUGAAAUGGAAGUGAAAGUUGCACCAAUCCUGAGGAGAAGGCUUGAACCCUUGGAAGUGGCUGUGAAUCAUGUGGCCAAGUUUACCUGUGAGGUGGAGAUGGCUCCCAAUGUCAAGUUCCAGUGGUACAAAGCCGGACGAGAGAUUUAUGAUGGGGACAAAUACUCCAUUCGCACCUCCAACUACCUCUCCACGCUGGAGAUCCCAAGGCCUCAAGUUGUUGACUGUGGGGAAUACAGCUGUAAGGCUUCAAACCAGCAUGGCAGUGUAAGCUCUACAGCUGUUUUAACAGUAACUGAGGCAUUUCCACCAACGUUUCUUACCAGACCUGAACCUAUUACUACUUUUGUUGGCAAAAGUGCCAAGUUCCUGUGUACUGUUUCGGGCACUCCAGUCAUCGACAUCACCUGGCAGAAAGAUGGAACAACUAUUUCACCUUCAGACCACCAUAAGAUCUCCAAAGUGGAAAAUAAACAUGUUUUAGAAAUUUCCCUUCUUACUGCUAGUGACAGAGGGGUUUAUACUUGCAAAGCUUCCAACAAGUUUGGGGCUGAUAUUUGCCAGACUGAAAUGGUCAUUAUAGACAAGCCCCACUUCAUUAAAGAUUUGCAAUCAGUACAGUCAGCAGUUAAUAAAAAAAUACGCCUUGAAUGUCAGGUAGAUGAAGACAGGAAAGUAACUGUAGGGUGGACAAAGGAUGGAAACAAAAUCCCUCCAGGCAAAGAUUAUAAGAUUUACUUUGAAGACAAAAUAGCCUCACUUGAGAUUCCUCUGGCUAAGGUCAAGGACUCAGGCCACUAUGUGUGUACUGCUUCAAAUGAGGCAGGAAGCAGCUCCUCUUCUGCCAGCGUCACAGUCAGAGAACCACCAUCCUUUGUGAAGAAGGUCGAUCCAUCUUAUUUACUGACCCCAGGUGACUCUGCACGCCUUCAAUGCAAAAUCAAAGGGUCUCCCGAAAUCCAGGUUACUUGGUUCAAAAACAAUAAGGAAAUCCAUGAAAGUAACACACACAAGAUGUCCUUUGUCAAUUCUGUGGCUGUGUUAGAUAUUUUGGAAAUGAAAGUUGAUGACACUGGGACCUACUCAUGUGAAGCUGUCAACGAGGUUGGAAGUGACAGUUGCACCACCGAAGUGGUUGUCAAAGAGCCUCCAUCUUUCAUCCGAACACUUGAACCUGCAGAGCUAGUGAAGGGCACCAACCCCGUUCUUCAGUGCGAGGUUGCUGGCACUGGACCCUUUGAGAUUAGCUGGUACAAAGACAAGAAGCAGAUUCGCAGUAGUAAAAAAUACAGGUUGACCUCUCAGAAGGCUGUUAUUUCUUUGGAGGUGUCCUCAUUUAAUAGUGCAGAUGUCGGUGAAUACGAGUGUGUGAUAGCUAAUGAAGUCGGGAAGUGCAUGUGCAGUGCCACAUGCAUCUUGAAAGAACCACCAUCUUUUGUUAAGAAAAUCGAAAAUGUGACAGCUCUGGCUGGAGAUAGUGUUACAUUACAGGCCGUGGUGAAAGGGUCAGAGCCUAUUUCUGUGACAUGGAUGAAGGGCAAAGACAUUAUUAAAGAUGAUAACAAUGUGAGAGUGACAUUUGAUCACGGUCUAGCAACACUGCAAAUUACCGGAGUCCAGCUGAGCUCUGGUGGCAAAUACACCUGCGUGGCUGAGAAUGAUGCAGGAAGUCAGUCCUGCUUUGGUGAACUAGCAGUGAAAGAACCUGCCAAAAUAAUUGAAAAAGCUGAAAUGAUCCAGGUUACAGCAGGGGAACCAGCUAUUUUGGAGUACACUGUCACAGGCACUCCAGAGCUGAAAACCAAAUGGUUCAAAGAUGGAAAGCCACUCCCUGCCAGCAAAAAAUACAGGAUCAGCUUCAAAAAUAACAUUGCUCAGCUCAAGUUUUAUGCCGCUGAAAUGCAGGACAGUGGUGAAUACACCUUUGAGAUAUCCAAUGAUGUGGGCAUCAGCUCUUGUACUACCAGCUUCACUGUGCUAGAUCGCACUCUCCCUCCCUUCUUUACUAAACCACUGAAGAAUAUUGACAGCAUCAUUAGCACCUCAUGCCGCCUAGACUGCAAAAUUUCAGGCUCUCUUCCAAUGACUGUCUCAUGGUUUAAGCAAGAUACUGAGAUCACUUCAAGUGCCAAGUAUACAGUACACUUUGCAGAAGGCUCAGCAUCUUUGGAAAUAAAACACCUAGAUGCAAAUGAUGCUGGGGUCUACAUUUGCAGAGCCACCAACUCUGCUGGUAGCAAAGACAGCAGUAGCACUUUGUUUAUAAAAGAGCCACCCAGCUUCACUGUAGAACCAGAGUCUCAAGAUGUAUUGCCUGCAUCAACUGUACAUUUCAAAGCAAUGUUUAAAGGCACAACACCACUGACAGUGAAAUGGUUUAAAGGUGAUACUGAGCUGGUGACAGGAGGAUCCUGCUACAUUAUGACAGAAGCAUUAGCAAGUUACUUGGAGCUUUAUGCAGUCAAACCAACUGACUCUGGAAAAUACACCUGCAAAGUCUCCAAUGUAGCUGGUUCAGUAUCAUGCAGUGCAAACUUAUUUGUGAAAGAACCUGCUGCCUUCAAGGAGAAGCUAGAGCCGACUCAUCUCAUAAAGAAAGGUGGAUAUGCUGAACUGACCUGUGAAGUCACUGGUACUCCUGAGAUUAAAAUCACAUGGUUCAAGGAUGAUAGAGAGCUAAAAGAGAGUGACAAAUACAGGAUAUCUUUUACAAAAUCUUUGGCAAUACUCCGUGUUUCAGAGGUUGAUACUGAAGACAGCGGGGAAUACAUUUGCGAAGCCAAAAAUGACGCUGGAAAAGAUAUCUGCAGUAGCGUUGUUACAGUCAAAGAGUCACCUUAUUUUAGCAAGGAGUUUCAAUCCAUGGAAGUCUUGAAGGAUUCUGAUGUGGUUUUGGAGUGUGAGGUGCUUGGCACGCCUCCCUUUGAAGUGUUCUGGGUGAAAGAUGAUAAACCCGUGCGGAGCAGUAAGAAGCACAGAAUAAGCAUUGAGAAAUCUUUGAUUAGCCUCCACGUUUUCAGGUUUGAUGCUUCUGAUGUUGGGGAGUAUCACUGCAGAGUAACAAACGAUGUUGGGAGCUGCCUCUGCCGUUCAGAGGUCACGCUGAAAGAGCCUCCACAAUUUUUGAAGAAGAUAGAAAACAUUAGCUCCCUUCGAGGGGGAACAGUUGUGUUUCAGGCUGCUAUUAAAGGUUCCUUGCCCAUCACUGUGUCGUGGUUGAAAGACAAUGAUGAAGUGAUUGAAGACAACAAUAUCAAAAUGACCUUUGUGAACAAUGUUGCCACUCUUAUGGUGAGAUCUAUUGAGCUGAAACAUGAUGGGAAAUAUUUCUGUCAGGCUAAAAACGAGGCAGGAAUUCAGAGGUGUUCUGCUCUGCUGACUGUCAAAGAACCUGCUACAAUUGUGGACAAGGCUGUGUCAAUAGAUGUGACUGAGGGAGACCCAGCAACCUUGCAGUGUAAAUUUUCAGGAACAAAACCUAUUACAGCCAAAUGGUUCAAAGAUGGCAAGGAACUGACGUUGGGCCCAAAAUAUAAGAUCAGUGUUACAGAUACCGUCUCAGUCUUAAAGGUGCUUUAUGCAGAUAAGAAAGAUAGCGGAGAAUACAUUUUUGAGGUUCAAAAUGAUGUUGGGAGCAGUAGCUGUUCUGCCAGCAUUAAUGUCCUAGAUCUCAUUAUACCACCUAAAUUCACCAAAAAACUCAAGAAAAUGGACAGCAUUAAGGGGUCUUUUGUCCACCUGGAGUGCAUAGUGUCUGGUUCGCAUCCUAUAAGUAUUCAGUGGUAUAAGGAUGGUCAAGAAAUAACAGCAAGUGAAAAGCACAAAUACUCUUUCCAUGAUAAUACUGCGUUUCUGGAAAUAAAUAAACUGGAAGGCACAGACAGUGGCUCUUACACUUGUGAAGCAACAAAUAAAGCAGGAAGCAGCCAAUGCAGCGGGUUUUUAACAGUAAAAGAGCCACCAUAUUUUGUGGAAAAGCCCCAGUCUCAAGAGGUUGUGCCCAAUGCUAGGGUUCAGUUCAAAGCGCUGGUGAAAGGGUCUACUCCUCUGCAGAUAAAGUGGUUUAAAGACAGCCAGGAGCUCCUAUCUGGAGCCAGUCGAUCUGUCUGGAAGGAUGACACUUCUAGUGUUCUGGAGCUCUUCUCAGCUAGGACAUCUGAUUCUGGGAACUACACUUGUCAGAUAAGCAAUGACGUGGGGACUGCAACCUGCAAAGCAACUCUGUUUGUAAAAGAGCCCCCCAGAUUUAUUCAGAUGCCAACUUCUGUAGUAGCUUUGCGUGAAGGACAGUCCACCACUUUUGAGUGCCAGGUAGUAGGCACGCCAGAGAUCCGCAUUACAUGGUACCUGGAUGGAAAUGAAGUGACUGACAGAGCUAAGUACGGCAUCUCCUUCAUAGAUGGUCUAGCCACUUUGAGAGUCACUCAAGCCAGAGUAGCAGAUAGUGGGAUUUAUGUUUGUGAAGCCCACAAUGAUGCAGGUAGCGAGAGCUGCAGCGUCGAGCUGAAAGUAAAAGAGCCUCCAACCUUUGUUCGGGAGUUGCGUCCCACUGAGGUAGUGAAGGGCUCAGAGGCCACACUAGAGUGUGAGGUGUCUGGUACCCCUCCAUUUGAGGUGAAGUGGCUGAAGAACAAUAAGGAGAUGUUCAGCAGCAAGAAAUACACCAUCUCCACCAAAGAAUCAGUAUUUACUCUUACUGUGGCCAACUGUGACAUCUCGGAUGUUGGUGAAUAUCAGUGUAUUAUAUCCAAUGAAGGUGGGAGCUGUUCUUGCAGCACAAGACUCAGCUUAAAAGAACCACCAUCCUUCGUCAAGAAGCUGGAGAACGUCACUAGCGUUUUGAAGGGUGAUGCAUUCUUUCAGUGUGUCGUAGCAGGUGCUCAACCCCUAUCUGUGUCAUGGAUAAAAGAUGAGAAAAUACUAGAAGAUGAUGAGCAUCACCACAUUACCUUCGAGAACAGGGUGGCCACACUGAAGCUUACUAAUGUUGACCUCAGCCACAGAGGGAGAUACACCUGUCAGGCAAAGAACGAAUCUGGCAUGGAGAAGUGUUUUGCUCUGCUUUUUGUACAAGAGCCUGCACAGAUCAUAGAAAAGGCUAAAUCACUUAAAGUCACUGAAAAAGACCCUGUGACUUUGGAGUGUACUGUGGCUGGGACACCAGAGCUCCGAAUAAGAUGGUGCAAAGAUGGCAAGCAGCUCCUGCCCAGUAGAUACUACACAAUGAGCUUUGAAAACAAUGUGGCCAGUUUCAGGAUUGAGCCUGUAUCAAAGGAGGAUAGUGGCACAUACAGUUUUAAGGUUGAAAAUGACUUUGGAAGUAGCACCUGUGAAGCUGUUCUGACUGUGCUAGAUCAAUCAAUUCCUCCUGUAUUUAUCAAAAAGCUAACCAAAAAGGAUACCAUUCUGGGAUCUUCUAUCCAAAUGGAGUGUAAAGUCUCUGGGUCACUCCCAAUUGUUGCAAAAUGGUUUAAGGAUGGAAAAGAAAUAACUGACAGUGCAAAAUAUAGAAGCCUGUGCCAUGAGAACACUAUGUCACUCGAGAUUGCUAACCUAGAGCUGGCAGACAGUGCAAAUUACACAUGCAGUGUCUCUAAUGUUGCUGGAAACGAUUCUUGCAGUGCUGGACUGACUGUGAAAGAGCCACCAAGCUUCUUAGUAAAACCUGAAAGCCAGCAAGCCAUACCAGAUUCAACAGUGGAGUUUAAGGCCACACUGAAAGGAACACCACCCUUUACAAUAAAGUGGUUCAAAGAAGACUUAGAACUUGUAUCUGGUCCAACUUGUUUCAUUGGGAUUGAAGGCUCAACUGGGUUCUUAACCCUCUAUUCAGUGGAUUCUUCUAGGAGUGGGCACUACACUUGCCAUGUUUCAAACGAUGUUGGCAGUGACUCUUGCACUACAACACUGUUGGUAACAGAACCCCCCAAGUUUGCUAAGAAGCUAGAGGCAACAAAAGUAGUCAAGCAGGGUGAUUCAGCCCGGCUUGAGUGCAAAGUAAGUGGAUCUCCAGAGAUGAAAGUAGUGUGGUUCAGAAACGACCAUGAAAUAGUUGCCAGUGAAAAAUUCCGGACAUCAUUCAUUGACUCUGUGGCGGUGCUUGAAAUGAAUCAUCUCAGCACUGAUGAGAGCGGUGACUACAUCUGCGAAGCUCACAACCCUGCCGGCAAGGCCAGCUGUAGCACCAAAGUCACAGUGAAAGAACCUCCUGUCUUUAGCAGGAAGCCUUCUCCAGUAGACAUUGUCAGAGGCUCUGAGGUUAGCCUGGAAUGUGAGAUUUCAGGAACACCUCCAUUUGACGUUGCCUGGUACAAAGACAGGAGACAAAUCCGCAGUAGUAAGAAGUACAAGGUUACAGCCAAAAACUACCACACGAGCGUUCGCAUUCUUAAUGUCGAAGCUGCAGACGUUGGUGAAUAUCAGUGCAAAGCACAGAACGAUGUAGGAAGUGACACUUGUAUUUGCACUGUGAAGCUGAAAGAACCACCAAAAUUCUUGACUAAAAUAAACAGCAUGACAGUUGUGGUUGGUGAACCAGUAGAGUUACAAGCAAGAGUGGAGGGCUCCCAGCCAAUUUCUGUGCAGUGGCUUAAGGACAAAGAAGAAAUUAUCAGAGAAAGUGAGACCACAAAGAUCACAUUUAUAGAAAAUAUUGCAACUUUGCAAUUUGUGCGCACAGAGACCAGCAGUGCUGGAAAAUACACCUGUCAGAUCACAAAUGAUGCUGGAAGUCGCGAGUGUAUGGCUACCCUAACUAUUCUAGAGCCUGCAGUCAUUGUAGAGAAAGCAGAGCCAAUGAAAGUUACUAUAGGAGAUGCCUGUUCUUUGGAAUGCAAAGUAGCAGGCACACCACAGCUUUCCACUGGGUGGUUCAAGGAUGGCAAAGAACUGACCAGCAGCCAAAAAUACAGAAUCACUUUCCUCAAUAAUGUAUCUACACUUAAAAUUAUGGAUGCAGAAAAGGAAGAUGGUGGAUUGUACACUUUUGCUGUGCAAAACGACGUGGGGAAAAGCAGUUGCACAGCAUCAGUUGAUGUUUUAGACCGAAUCAUUCCUCCUUCUUUCACAAGAAAACUAAAGGACAGCCCUUGUGUUCUGGGUUCCUCAGCACUGCUGGAAUGUAAAGUGUCAGGUUCACCUCCUAUUUCUGUUGCCUGGUUCCAAAAUGGACUUAAGCUAGUCAGUGGAGAAAAACAUCAAAUGUCCUUUUCAGAUAACCUAUGUGUUUUAGAAAUUAAUUCACUGAGUCACUCAGAUACUGGCACUUACACCUGCAAAGCUACCAACACAGCUGGCUCAGAUGAAUGCCGUGCUGUAUUGACUGUACAAGAGCCACCUUCUUUUGAGAGGACCCCAGAGCCUCUGGAUGUACUGCCAGGCACAAGCAUCACUUUCACAUGUGUUGUCAGAGGAACCCCUCCUUUUAAGGUUAACUGGUUUAGAGGGGCCAAUGAACUUGUGCCAGGGGACAAAUGCAAUAUCUACUUGGAGGAGUCCGUUGUGGAGCUUGAGUUAUUUGAUGUAACUCCUCCUCAAAGUGGAGAGUAUACUUGUCUAGUGACUAAUGAUGCUGGCAGGGUAAAUUGUACAACACACCUCACAGUAAAAGAGCCAGCUGUCUUUGUAAAGAAACUGAGUGAUCAGUAUGUGGAGCCUGGCAAGCCCAUCAUCCUAGAGGGCACUUACACAGGCAGCCUGCCCAUCUCUGUGACAUGGAAGAAGAAUGGCCACACCAUCACACAAUCUCAGAAGUGUAGCAUCACCACCACAGAGAAAUCCUGCAUCCUAGAAAUACUUGACAGCACCAAAGAAGAUGCAGGAGAAUACACUUGCCAUGUUGAAAAUGAGGCAGGAAGAGAUGUUUGUGAGGCUGUAGUCUCUACCCUAGAACCUCCCUACUUUGUUACACAAUUGGAACCUCUUGAGGUGUCAGUUGGGUCUUACACAACAUUGCAAUGCCACGUUGCUGGAACACCAGAAAUUACUGUGUCUUGGUACAAAGGUGAUACGAAACUCAGGUCUACUCCUGAGUAUAAAGUUUUCUUUAAAGACAAUGUUGCUACACUUAUCUUCAACAAAGUGGCUAGCAGCGACAGUGGAGAAUAUAUCUGCAAGGCAGAAAACAGUGUAGGAACUGCAUCUACAAAGGCUCUCUUAACAGUUCAAGAACGCAAACAACCACCUUCCUUUGCAAGAAAAUUAAAGGACCUCGAGCACCCUGCUGGUUUGCCCCUUAAGCUCAUGUGUCGGCUCAAUGGCUCAGAGCCCAUUACUGUCACUUGGCACAAAGAUGGUGUUCUGCUAAAGGAUGACCACAAUGUGCACACAUCCUUUGUAGAUAAUGUUGCAGUGCUGCAACUGCUGCGAACCGAGAUGAAUCACACUGGGCAAUACACCUGCACAGCCACCAACUCUGUGGGCACUGCCACCUCAAGUGCUAGGCUCACAGUGGCAGAACCCAAGCAAGCACCUGUCUUCGACAUCAAACCAGAAUCUAUUGAUGUGCCUUUUGGAGAAAGUGCUGAUUUUGAAUGCCACGUUACGGGAGCCCAGCCAAUACACAUAACGUGGUCCAAGGAUGGUCGGGAGAUCCGAACUGGAGGAAAUUUCAAUAUUACAUUCACAGCCAACACAGCUCACCUUCGAGUGCUCAGAGUGGGUAAAGGAGACUCUGGCCAAUAUACUUGCCAAGCUAGUAAUGAAGCUGGGAAAGACUUCUGCUCAGCCCAACUCAGCGUCAAAGAACCUCCCAAGUUCGUCAAGAAGCCUGAAGCUUUGCGGUUCGUGAAGCAGGGGGACACAGUUCAGCUUGAAUGUAAAAUCAGUGGCACACCAGAGAUCAGAAUCGUGUGGUACAAAAACGAUCAGGCACUCCAGGCAAGCGACAAGCUGCACAUGUCCUUUGUAGACUCUGUGGCAACGCUGACCAUCUUGGGUGCCACUGCUGAAGAUGCUGGGGAUUACAUCUGUGAAGCCCACAACUCUGCAGGCACAGCCAGCUGCAGCACUUCAGUCACAGUGAAAGAACCACCUGUUUUUAGCAAGGUGCCAAGCCCUGUGGACACUCUUAAAGGCUCAGAUGUUAUCCUUCAGUGCGAGAUAGCAGGGACCCCACCCUUUGAGGUGGCUUGGUUCAAGGACCGGAGGCAGGUCAGGAGCAGCAAGAAGUUCAAGGUGACUGCAAAGCACUCCAUUGCCAGUCUUCAUAUUCUCAAUUUGGAAGCUCAAGAUACUGGAGAAUACCAAUGCAAAGCUAUGAAUGAGGUGGGAAGCGACACUUGCACUUGCCCAGUGAAAUUCAAAGAACCUCCACGGUUCGCCAAGAAGCUGAGUGACACGGCAAUCUUCAUUGGGGAGCCAACAGCCCUGCAGGCAAUAGUGGAAGGAUCCCCACCAAUUUCUGUUGUCUGGCUCAAGGAUAAGGGUGAAGUUAUUAGGGAGAGUGAAAAUGUUCAGAUGUGGUUUAUGGACAACAUUGCAACUCUUGAGAUUGCCAGUGCAGAGGGAACUGACGUUGGGAAGUACAUCUGUCAGAUCAAAAAUGACGCUGGCAUGCGGGAGUGCUCUGCCUUUUUACAGGUCCUAGAACCAGCAGUCAUCUUAGAGAAGACUGAGCCGAUCACAGUAAUGGCUGGCAAUCCUUUUACCUUGGAGGUCAAAGUAGGAGGAACACCUGAGCUUAUCACCAAGUGGUACAAAGAUGGCAGAGAACUAAAGAGUGACCGCAAAUACCAAAUUUCCUUUUUCAACAAUAUAUCCACUUUGAAAGUCUUUUCUGCAGACAGGGGAGACAGGGGCUUGUAUACUUUUGAGGUGCACAAUGAAGUAGGGGACAGCAGCUGCACUUCUUCAGUUGAUGUUUCAGAUCGCCUCGUUCCUCCUUCAUUCUCAAGAAAACUAAAGGAAACAAAUGGGGUGCUGGGAUCCUCUGUGCUGCUGGAGUGCAAAGUAUCUGGCACAGCUCCCAUAUCUGUGUCUUGGUUUCAAGAUGGGAAUGAGAUUGUUAGUGGAGAAAAACAUGAAAUCUCAUUCUUGGAUAAUGUUUGUGCUUUGAAGUUGAAUGCCCUGGAUGUCACAGAUACAGGGUCAUAUACAUGUGUGGCAGCCAACGUGGCUGGGUCUGAUGAAUGCAGUGCCUUCUUGACUGUACAAGAACCACCUUCUUUUGUGAAGACACCUGAUCCCCAGGAAGUUUUGCCUGGAUCAAAUGUGACUUUCACCGGCUACAUCAAGGGCAGUACUCCCUUCAAAGUGACCUGGUUCCGAGGCAUCAGGGAGCUGGUGCCAGACAGCAACUGCUCCAUCUCUCUCCACGAGUCUGUGGCACAGCUGCAGCUGUACAACGUGGAGCCAGGCCACAGUGGGGACUAUGCCUGUGUGGUCACAAAUGAUGCUGGCAGUGCCUCAUGUACAACACAGCUCUUUGUGAAAGAGCCUGCAGUCUUUGUGAAGAAAUUAAGUGAUUUCAGUGUGGAGCAGGGAAAGUCCAUUGUGCUGGAAAGCAGCUACAUUGGCACCCCUCCCAUCUCUGUCACCUGGAAGAGAAAUGGGAUGCCCAUUUCUCAGUCUCAACGCUGCACUGUUACAACUACUGAAAAAUCUGGCAUUCUUGAAAUCUUCAACAGCACAAAGAACGAUGAAGGCGAAUAUACCUGUGAGGUGGCAAAUGAGGCGGGUGGGGAUGUUUGCCACAGCCUUGUCUCCAUCUUAGAACCACCUUAUUUUGUCACACACCUGGACCGUGUGGAGGUGAAGGUCGGCGAGCCCUUGACCUUAAAAUGCCAGAUUGGCGGUUCACCAGAAAUCAAGGUGUCCUGGUACAAAGAUGACACCAAACUCAGAUCAACACAGGCUUACAAAAUGCACUUCAAGAACAAUGUGGCAACACUGGCAUUCUCUGCUGUAGAGGAUAGCAACAUUGGAGAAUAUAUCUGCAAAGCAGAAAAUAGCAUCGGCUUUGCCACCUCCACAGCUUUGCUUGUUGUUAAAGAACGUCAACUUCCCCCGACAUUCACCAGAAAACUUAAAGAUAUUCAGGAGGUGGUUGGUGCCCCGGUGACAUUUGACUGCCGCAUAACUGGCUCAGAGCCUAUCCAGGUGUCUUGGUACAAGGAUGGGGCUCUCUUAAGCGACACUGAUAACAUGCAAUCAGCCUUCUUAAAUAAUGUUGCGACUUUACAGAUCUUAGAAACUAGUAUGGAUUACUGUGGCCAAUAUACUUGCUCAGCCCAAAAUGCUCUGGGGACUGCCUCUUCCAGUGCCAAACUUCUCCUUACAGAACACCUACGACCUCCCUUCUUUGAUGUCAAGCCAGUAUCAAUCGAUGUGGCACUAGGGGAAAGCGCAACCUUCAAGUGCCACUUGACUGGUUCUGCUCCCAUGAGGAUUACUUGGACCAGAGACAACAGAGAGAUUCGUCCAGGUGGCAACUACAAAAUGACACUGGUGGAAAACACGGCCAGCUUGACAGUCCUCAAAGUUGGUAAAGGGGAUGCUGGACUCUACACCUGCACUGCCAGCAACAGUGUUGGAAAGGACGCAUGCGCAGCUCAGCUGGCUGUACAAGAACCACCAAGGUUUAUUAAGAAACUAGACUCCUCAAAACUUGUGAAAGAGCACGAUUCCACAACGUAUGAAUGCAAAAUAGGUGGAUCUCCAGAAAUCAAAGUCACCUGGUACAAAGGUGAAACUGAAAUCCAUCCCAGUGAAAAAUACAGAAUGUCUUUUGUGGACUCAGUGGCAGUCAUUGAAAUGCACAACCUCGGUGUUGAAGACAGUGGUGACUACACUUGUGAAGCUCAGAAUCCAGCGGGUAGUGCAAGCACCAGUACUACACUGAGAGUAAAAGCACCCCCUCUUUUUACCAAGAAGCCCCAUCCAGUUGAGACCUUGAAAGGGUCUGAUAUUCAUCUGGAGUGUGAGCUUCAGGGCACUCCUCCAUUCCAGAUUUCAUGGUAUAAAGACAAACGAGAAAUUCGGAGCAGCAAGAAGUAUAAGGUCAUGUCUGAGAACUACAUAGCUAGCCUUCACAUUCUCAGUGUGGAUACUGCAGAUGUUGGUGAAUACCACUGUAAGGCUGUAAAUGAUGUGGGAAGUGACUCUUGUAUUGGCUCUGUAACACUAAGAGCACCACCAACCUUUGUGAAGAAGCUGAGUGAUCUCACUGUCGUAGUUGGGGAGUCGAUUGAACUGCAGGCAACAGUACAAGGAUCACAGCCCAUUUCUGUUCUGUGGUUAAAAGACAAAGGGGAAAUCAUCAGAGAAAGUGAUAAUCUUUGGAUCUCCUACUCAGAAAACAUUGCAACUAUGCAGAUUGGAAAUGCAGAACCAACCAAUGCUGGGAAAUACAUUUGUCAGAUAAAAAAUGAUGCUGGAGUUCAGGAAUGCUUUGCCAUGCUGAAAGUGCUAGAACCUGCAGUCAUUGUAGAGAAGCCAGGCCCAGUCAAAGUCACAGCCGGAGACUCUUGUACUCUGGAAUGCACAGUAGAUGGCACACCAGAGCUUACUGCUAGGUGGUUUAAGGAUGGUAAUGAACUGUCCACUGACCAUAAAUAUAAAAUCAGUUUCUUCAACAAAGUAUCUGGGCUUAAGAUCCUCAAUGCAACACUAGAAGACAGUGGAGAAUAUACUUUUGAGGUGAAAAACAGUGUCGGUAAAAGCAGCUGCACAGCUUCAGUGCAUGUUUCAGAUCGUAUUAUACCUCCUUCUUUCACAAGAAAACUGAAAGAAACUUAUGGUCAGCUGGGUUCUUCUGCUGUACUGGAGUGCAAAGUUUAUGGGUCACCACCCAUUCUUGUUUCCUGGUUUCAUGAUGGACAAGAGAUUACCAGUGGAGAGAAGUAUCAGGCUACUCUUACAGACAAUACCUGUUCUCUGAAAGUGAAUGGACUUCAGGAGUCUGAUAUGGGAACUUAUUUGUGCACAGCUACUAAUGUUGCUGGGUCUGAUGAAUGCAGCGCAUUUUUGAGUGUUAUAGAACCACCAUCUUUUGUGAAGAAACCUGAACCACUGGAUGUUUUAUCUGGGGCAAACAUAACCUUUACUAGUAUCGUAAAAGGUUCCCCUCCAUUGGAAGUUAAAUGGUUCAGAGGCAGCAUUGAGCUAGUACCAGGACCCAGAUGCAAUAUCACCUUGCAAGAUUCAGUUGCAGAACUGGAACUGUUUGAUGUACAACCACUUGAGAGUGGAGACUACACCUGCCAGGUCUCUAAUGAGGCAGGGAAAAUUUCUUGCACAACACAUCUUUUUGUCAAAGAACCAGCCAAAUUUCUGAAGAAGGUGAAUGAUUUAAAUGUAGAGAAAGGGAAAAAUUUAAUCUUGGAAUGCACAUAUGUGGGUACUCCACCGAUUUCAGUGACAUGGAAGAAAAAUGGAGUGAAAAUAAUGCACUCUGAAAAGUGUAGCAUCACCACUACAGACACAUCUGCCAUACUGGAAAUCCCUAGCAGCAAACUAGAAGACCAGGGGCAAUAUUCUUGUCAUAUUGAAAAUGAUUCUGGGAAAGAUACUUGUCAUGGUACAAUCACAAUACUAGAACCACCUUACUUCAUUAUACCCUUGGAGCCAGUGCAGGUGACUGUUGGGGAUUCUGCAUCCUUACAGUGCCAGGUCGCUGGAACACCAGAAAUGAUUGUGUCAUGGUACAAAGGUGAUACAAAGCUGAGAGGAACUGCUACUGUGAAAAUGCACUUUAGGAACCAAAUUGCUACUCUGGUUUUCAGCCAGGUAGACAGUAGUGACAGUGGGGAGUACAUCUGCAAAGUAGAAAACUCUGUUGGGGAGGCUUCUUCAUCAUCUUUGCUUACAGUUCAAGAGCGCAAACUUCCUCCUUCUUUUACACGAAAAUUAAGAGACGUUCAUGAAACUGUUGGCUUACCAGUCGUGUUUGAUUGUGGCAUUGCUGGCUCAGAACCCAUCGAAGUAUCUUGGUUUAAAGACGGCGCGCGUGUAAAAGAGGACUACAAUGUUCACACGUCCUUUGUAGAUAAUGUAGCAACCCUCCAGAUUUUGAAGACAGAUAGGAGCCUUAUUGGGCAAUACACCUGCACAGCUGUCAAUGCUAUUGGGACUGCUUCUUCUAGUGGCAGGCUUGUCCUUACAGAGGGGAAAACUCCUCCAUUCUUUGACAUCCCCCUUGCACCUGUGGAUGGCAUUAUUGGAGAAAGUGCUGAUUUUGAGUGUCACGUUUCUGGAACACAGCCUAUUAGAGUCACUUGGGCAAAAGAUGACCAAGAAAUUAGAACAGGAAAGAACUAUCAGAUCAGUUAUGUAGACAACACAGCCCAUCUGACCAUCUUGAGAGUUGACAGGGGAGAUUCUGGAAGAUAUACAUGCUAUGCUAGCAAUGAAGUUGGAAAGGACUCUUGCACAGCUCAACUGGCUGUUAAAGAACGAAAAACUCCUCCUACUUUUACUAAGAAACUGUCUGAAGCAGUAGAAGAAACAGAAGGGAAUGAACUUAAACUUGAGGGUCGUGUUUCCGGUUCUCAGCCUUUGACUGUUGCUUGGUAUAAAAACAAUCAGGAAGUCCAUUCAAGCGCUCACUGUGAAUUAUCUUUCAAAAACAAUGCCUUGCUUUUACAUAUCAAGACUGUAGAGCAAUCAGAUGCUGGUUUAUACACCUGUAAAGUGUCCAACGAAGCAGGAAGCGUGUUGAGUACAUCUUCUGUUGUUAUCAGAGAACCCAAAAAGCCUCCAGUUUUUGACCAGCCUCUUCAGCCAGCAGCAGCAGAGGAAGGCGAUACCCUGCAGCUUAGCUGUCAUGUCCAGGGAUCGCAGCCAAUCCGGAUCCAGUGGCUGAAGGCAGGAAGAGAAAUAAGAGCCUCAGACAAAUGCAACUUCAGCUUUGCUAAUGGAGUAGCUCUCCUAGAACUUGCUGCAGUUACCAAAUCAGAUUCAGGAGAAUAUGUAUGCAAAGCUUCAAAUGCAGCUGGCACUGAUACUUGCAAAUCUAAAGUGACAGUCAAAGAAAAACCGGCAGCUGCUCCAGCAGCUAAGAAAGCAGAAGUGGAAGGCAAACUUUAUUUUGUGUCAGAGCCUCAGAGUAUCAAAGUCAUGGAAAAGACCGUUGCAACAUUUACUGCAAAAGUUGGAGGAGAUCCAAUUCCAAAUGUUAAGUGGAUGAAGGGAAAAUGGAGGCAACUCAACCAGGGAGGCCGCAUUAUAAUCCAGCAGAGAGGAGAUGAAGCCAAACUAGAAAUAAAGGAUACAAUAAAAACUGACUCGGGCAUGUACAAAUGUGUUGCUUUUAACCAACAUGGUGAAAUUGAGAGGAGUGUAAACCUGCAAGUUGAAGAAAGAAAGACAGAAGUUGUUGAAGGGGAUCUCAGGGCAAAACUAAAAAGCACUCCAACAAAAAGAAAAGAGGAGGAAGAGCAACCUAUUGAUAUCUUGGAACUUCUCAAAAAUGUAGAUCCCAAAGAAUAUGAGAAAUAUGCUCGCAUGUAUGGAAUUACAGAUUUCCGUGGCCUCCUGCAAGCUUUUGAGUUACUAAAGCAAACCCAGGCAGAAGAAAGCCACAGAUUGGAAAUUGAGCUCACAGAGAAAGCUCAAAGGGAAGAUCAGGAAUUUGAUGAACUUGUAGCUUUUAUUCAGCAACGACUCACACAAACAGAGCCUAUUACUCUGAUCAAAGACAUUGAAAAUCAGACGGUUUUAGCAGAUGAGGAUGCUAUCUUUGAAUGUGAGAUUAAGAUUAACUAUCCAGAAAUUAAACUGUCAUGGUACAAGGGAACACAGAAACUGGACUCCAAUGACAAAUAUGAAAUUAGAAUUGAAGGUGAUCGCCACAUACUGAGAAUUAGAAACUGCCAGCCUGAAGAUCAAGGAAAUUUCAGAAUAGUGUGUGGACCACAUAUUGCCAGUGCCAAGCUAACUGUGAUUGAACCUGCAGUUGAGCGGCAUCUUCAUGACACCACUUUCAAGGAAGGAAAAACAUGCACACUGACUUGUCAGUUCUCUAUCCCAAAUGCCAAGUCUCAGUGGUAUAGGAAUGGGAGACCCAUUAAGAUAGGAGGGAGAUAUUCAACACAAGUCUCUGACAAAGUGCACAAACUCAUCAUCAAGGAUGUUAGAACGGAAGACGAGGGACAGUAUACCUGCAAGCUUGACAGUCUAGAAACAACGGCAGAUCUGGCCAUUGAAGCGGAACCAAUUCAGUUCACCAAGAGCAUACAGAACAUCGUUGUGAGUGAACACCAGUCUGCAACCUUCGAGUGCGAGGUGUCUUUUGAUGAUGCAGUUGUGACGUGGUAUAAAGGCCCCACUGAACUGAGAGAGAGUCCCAAGUACAGCUUCAGAAGUGAAGGUCGUUGCCAUUAUAUGACUAUCCACAAUGUUAAUGCAGAUGAUGAAGGUGUUUAUUCUGUAAUUGCUCGUCUUGAACCAAGAGGAGAAGCAAGAAGCACUGCAGAGCUCUAUCUUGUAACCAAAGAAAUCAAACUGGAGUUGAAGCCACCAGAUGUUCCUGAUGCCAAGGUUGCAGUUCCACCUCAGAAACCAGCUGAAGCUGCCCCUAUUCCCAUUCUUCUGCCUCUUGUUCCACCUCCAGAGAAGAAAAAGCCAGAGAAAAAGGUUCCAUUAAAGAAAGUCCCCCAAAAGGUGGUUAAAAAAGCUCCUGAAGAAGUCCUGCCACCUAAAGUUCCUGAGGUGCUACCAGAGAAGCCCAAAGAGGUCAAAAUAACAUCCAUGGCAAGGAGAGAAGAGAUACGUGAAGAAAAGAAAAUACAAGAAACGCCCAAAGAAAUUUAUGAAGAAUGGGAGGAAGAUUAUGGUGAAGACCAUGACUAUUAUGUCAAGGAAGAGGGCUAUGAUGAAGGGGAAGAGGAAUGGGAAGAAGCUUAUGAGAAAAAAGAAGUGACUUAUGAAGAAAAAAGAAUAAUUCAUGAAGAAGUGACUGAAGUUCCUAAGAAAACUGUGCCUGAGCGAAAACCACCAGCCAUUAUAGCUGAAAAGAAGGAAAAGAAGGAAGUAACUGUUCAAAAAGUUGUCAAGAAACCUGUCGAUGAAAAAGUGGAGGUAACCACUCAGAGGGUUGCAGAAGAAAAAGUCAAAAGGGCUGAGGUUACCAAGAAAGUUCUGCCACCAAAACCUACACCAGCGGUCAUCGAGGAAAAAGUUAUGAAAAAGGAAGUACCAACAGUAGAAACAUGGACUGUUUCAGAAGAAAAGAUGUCAGUUUCUGUCCACAGAGAAGAAGAGUAUUCAUAUGAUGUUACAGAGCCAACAGAGCAUGAGAAAACAGUUGAAGAAAGAUUCUUUGAAGCUGUUUACCCAAUUGAAGCGCAUAGAGAGGUCGAGGAGGAGGAAGAAGUUAUUUCUACAGAACUGGAGAUCUCUCAUGUUGAAGUGCCUGAGAUACCAAAGAGGCGUGUUCCAGAAGAAAGAAAGCCUGUUCCUGUGCCUAAAGCAGAAGCUCCAUCAGCUAAUGUGCCUGAAGCCCCUAAGAAACCUGUUCCAGAAAAGAAAGUUGCUGUUGCUAAAAAGGAGGUGGCUCCCCCAGCAAAAGUGCCAGAGGUUCCUAAGAAAGCUCCCCCAGAGAAAAAGGUUGCUGUUCCAAAAAGAGAGGAAGCUCCAACACCUAAAGUGCCUGCAGUUCCUAAGAAACCUGUCCCUAAAGAAAAAGCAACUCCUGCUGUUCCUAAAAAAAUUGAGGCUCCUCCAGCUAAAGUGCCUGAAGUGCAGAAGAAAGCCACUUUUGAAGAAAGAGUACUUAUCACAGAAGAGAGAAUAUCUGUUGCCAUUCCAGAGGAAAUCCCAUCACCUGAAGAACCAACGGUUGAAGAAUGGUCUGAAGAAGAAAGAGAGGAAGUAUCUAUUUCCAUCCACAGAGAAGAAAUUUCUGAAGUGACUGAAGAAGAGUCUUACUACAUAGAGGAGACAGUAACUGUUCCAAAAAGAGAGGAAGCCCCACCUAAAAAAGUGCCUGAGAAGCACAGGAGAGUUGUCCCUGAGCCAAAAGUCCCAGCUGCUCCAAAGGAAGCUCCAGGAGUUAAAGUUCCUGAAGUUCAUAAGAAGGCAGUUCCUAAAGAGAAAGUGCCUGUUCCUGUGUCUAAAAAAAUGGUGGCUCCACCAGCAAAAGAACCUGAAGAAGCAUUGGUGCCCACUUUUGAGGCAGAAUUUGAAGAACCUCCAACAACCAAAGUGACUGAAGUACACAGGAAAAUUAUCACAGAAGAAAAAGUUGCAGUUGCUAAAAAAGAAGUGGCUCCACCAAAGAAAGCAGUGCCCAAGAAGCCUGUCCCAGAAGACAAAGUACCUGUUCCAAUUUCACAGAAAGUGGCAGCUCCACCAGCUAAAGUGCCAGAAGCACAGAGGAAAACUGCCAGAGAAGAAAGAGUAUCCAUUGCUGUUCAAAAGAGAAAAGUGUCUCCACCACCAGAAGUACCAACAGAAGAAGAACAUUGGGCUAUGUCAGAGGAAGUAUCCGUUUCUCUCCACACAGAACAGGAGAUUUCAUACACAGAGCCUGAUGUACCAGAGAGGGCUAUCAUUGAAGAAAGAGUACCAAUUUAUCCUCCUAAAAAAAUGGCAAGACCACCAGCCAAAGUGCCCGAAGUACGCAAGACAGUUGUCCGAAAAGAGAAAGCAUAUGUUGAAGUUCCUCAGUAUGAGGAGGAGGAGGAGGUUCCAAGGUACGAGGAGGAAGACACCACCAGAUAUGAGAGGGAGGUAAUCCAAUACAAGGAGGAGGUUCGCCAUUACGAAGAAGUUAGUCACUAUGAGGAGGAAGUUCCUCAGUACGAAGAGGAAGAAGUUCCUCAGUAUGAAGAGGAAGAAGAAGUCACCCAUUAUGAAGAAGAGGCUGCUUAUUAUGGAGAGGAAGUUGCUGAAUAUGAGGAGGAAGAGCCACAGGUUCCUCAGUACGAAGAGAAGGCUCCCCUACCAGCCAGAGUGCCUGAGGUUCCCAAGAAGCCUGCUCCAGAGGAAAAAAUACCUAUUCUGAAGAAAAAAGAACCUCCUCCAGCAAAAGUGCCCGAGGUGCCAAAGAAACCUGUACCUGAAAAGAAAGUCCAAGUGCCGAAGAAGGAAGCUCCUCCAGCUAAAGUUCCAGAAGUGCCAAAGAAACCUGUGCCAGAAGAGAAGGUUCCUGUUCCUAUACCAAAAAAGAAGGAAGUUCCACCAGCCAAAGUGCCUGAAGUACCAAAGAAACUUGUGCCAGAGGAGAAGGUACAUGUCCCAGUGCCUAAAAAAGUGGAAGAACCUCCACCAGCCAAAGUCACGGAGAUGCGUAAAAGAGCUGUGGCAGAGGAGAAAGUGCAAGCUGUUGUGCCCAAACCCAAAGAACCGACACCAACCAAAGUGCCUGAAGUAUCCAAGAAACUUGUAAGGAAAGAAAAAGUCCCUGCUCCUGCACCUGUGGUGGAGAAGUAUGAGUAUGCCUAUGAAGAAUAUGAGAAGUAUGAGACAUAUGAAAGCUUUGAAGAGUUUGAGAAGAUUCAGGAAGCUGAAGAACUUGAGGCGUACGAGGAACCUGAAGAACCUGAGGGGUAUAAGGAAAUUCUGGAACACGAAUAUGAAGUGGAGGCUGAGGAGAAAGAUGUCUAUGAGCAGUAUGAGUAUAAGGAGAAGGAAGAGAUCUAUGAGAAGUAUGAGGAGGCAUAUGAGGAGACUUAUGAGACCAAACCAGCUAUAGUGCCUGAGUUGCCCAAAAGACCUCUGCCAGAAGAAAAAGUACCUGCUCUUAAAAGAGAAGCUCCACCAGCUAAAGUGCCAGCAAUGCCAAAGAAACCUGUUCCAAAAGAGAAAGUACCACCUGCUGCUCCUAAAAAGGAAACGCCUCCACCUGCUAAAGUGCCAGAGGUGCCCAAGAAAAUUCCAGAAGAGAAAGUGCCCACUGCUGUCCCUAAAAAACCAGAGCCACCGCCAGCCAAAGUGCCUGAGGUGCCCAAGAAAGUGAUUUCAGAAGAAAAAAUACACAUUGAAGUUCCUAAAAAACCAGAACCUCCACCAGCCAAAGAACCCGAGGUGCCGAAGAAAGUUGUUCCAGAAAAGAAAAUACCUGUGCAAAAAAUACCAGAACCUGUGGUUUUCCCAGAACCAGAGGCUGCACCUGCAGAACCAGAACUCCCACCAAAGGAAGUGCCUGAGGUGAUUGAGGUGGAAGAGGCAGAAGAGGAGGUGCCAGUGGUCAUUCCCCCAAAACCUGUGGCUGUGCCCAAGAAACCUGUGCCUGUGCCAAAGAAACCAGAACCUCCUCAAGCUAAAGUGCCGCAACCUGAAAAGAAGAUCCCUGAAAAGCGAAAGCCACCACCGCCACCUGCUCCAACAGAAGAUAUUAAACUGGCAAAAGAUCUACUUAAAGCUCCUGAGGCAAGGAAGAAAGUUGUGGCUGCAAAACCUGGUGAACCUCCGAAAUUGGAACCUCCACCUGCUAAAGUGCCUGGACUUGUAAAGAAACCUCGGAAAGUCAUUCCUGAGCCUACUCCCCCACCAAAAGAAGAAGUUGUUUUGAAAAGAGUUCUUAAAAAGAAACCUGAAGAGGAAGAACCUAAACCAGAAAAAGAGCCUAAACCAGAAGUUAAACCAGUACCUACACCAAUAGAAAAAAUUAAGAAACCUGAAGUCCCAGAAGUUCCUACAAAGAAAACUGAGAUACCUGCCAUAAAAAAAGAGGAGAAACCUGUGCUUGAACCAACAAAAGCUAUAAAAUCUCCAAAACCAGCUGAAGAACCCACUGUUACUGCUCCAGUGACAGUUCCAGUUGUUGGAAAGAAAGCAGAGGCCAAGCCACCAAAAGAAGAAUCUCCGAAGGGUAUCAGUCCAGUCAAAGCCAAGAAGACACCUUCACCAGCAGAUGCAGAAAGAAGGAAACUCAGGCCAGGCAGCGGUGGUGAAAAACCUCCUGAAGAGCCUCCAUUUACUUACCAACUCAAGGCUGUACCACUGAAGUUUGUCAAGGAGAUGAAAGAUAUAGUGCUAAAGGAAGCUGAGUCUGUUGGGUCUUCUGCAAUCUUUGAAGUCCUAAUUUCACCAUCCACUGCAAUUACCAGCUGGAUGAAAGAUGGAAGCAAUAUCCGAGAGAGCCCAAAACACAAGUUUAUUGCUGAUGGCAAAGAUAGGAAGCUGCAUAUUAUUGAUGUCCAGCUGUCUGAUGCUGGUGAAUAUACUUGUGUAUUAAAACUGGGGAACAAAGAGAAGACCUCUACAGCCAAACUUAUUGUUGAAGAACUCCCAGUGCGGUUUGUGAAAACCCUUGAAGAAGAAGUGACUGUCAUUAAAACCCAGCCACUGUACUUAACUUGUGAGCUUAACAAAGAAAGAAAUGUGGUCUGGAGAAAGGAUGGUAAAAUCAUCAAAGCCAAGCCUGGGAAAUUUGCUCUGGGUGUUAUUGGUUUGUCACAUUCCCUCACAGUCACGGAUUCGGAUGAUGCUGAUGCUGGCACUUACACUGUUACCGUGGAAGACUCUGAACUGUCAUGCUCAUCUUGUGUUAAGGUAGUAGAAGUUAUAAGGGACUGGCUAGUAAAACCCAUAAGAGACCAGCAUGUUAAACCGAAAGGAACAGCUACUUUCAGCUGUGACAUUGUCAAGGAUACACCAAACAUUAAAUGGUUCAAAGGAGAUGAAGAAAUCCCUGCUGAACCCACUGACAAGACAGAAAUCUUGAAAGAAGGAAAUAAAAUUUUCCUGAAAAUCAAGAAUGCUGGUCCUGCUGAUAUUGGAGAAUAUGCAGUGGAAGUUGAAGGUCGCAGAUACCCAGCUAAACUGACCCUUGGUGAACGUGAAGUUGAGCUUCUGAAGCCAUUAGAGGAUGUUACAGUUUAUGAGAAGGAAACAGCAAGCUUUGAUACAGAAAUAUCUGAAGAUGAUAUUCCUGGUGAAUGGAAGCUGAAAGGAGAAGUCCUGAGACCUUCGCCUACGUGUGAAAUCAAAGCCGAAGGAGGAAAACGCUUCCUAACCUUACACAAAGUCAAGUUAGAGCAAGCUGGCGAAGUCCUUUACCAGGCCCUGAAUGCUGUCACUACAGCCAUCCUGACAGUAAAAGAAAUCGAAUUGGACUUCGCUGUGCCCCUGAAAGAUGUCACUGUUCCUGAGAAGCGCCAAGCAAGGUUUGAAUGUGUCCUUACCAGAGAGGCCAAUGUUAUAUGGUCUAAGGGCACUGAUAUAAUCAAAGUUGGAGAAAAAUUUGACAUCAUUGCAGAUGGAAAGAAGCACAUUCUUGUUAUCAAUGAUUCACAGUUUGAUGAUGAGGGAGAGUACACUGCUGAAGUUGAUGGCAAAAAGAGCACAGCAAGACUGUUUGUGGAAGGUGUGAGGCUGAAGUUCAUAUCACCUCUGCAGGAUCAAACAGUGAAAGAGGGGGAAACAGCCCACUUUCAGUUUGAGCUUUCUCAUGAAGACAUGCCUGUGAAAUGGUUCAAAAAUGACAAGAGACUUCACACAAGCAGAACAGUUUUGAUUACUUCAGAAGGCAAAGUCCAUAAACUAGAAAUGAGAGAAGUAACACUUGAUGAUAUCUCAGAAAUAAAGGCUGUAGUCAAGGACAUGAACACACAAGCCAACCUGAAAGUCUUAGAGGCCGACCCAUAUUUCACUGUGAAAUUACAAGACUACAGUGCUGUAGAGAAAGAUGAUAUUACUCUGGAGUGUGAACUUAGCAAAGAUGUGCCAGUAAAAUGGUACAAAGAUGGUGAAGAACUAAUAGCUUCCAACAGAAUUUCCAUAAAAACGGAUGGCUUACGCCGUAUCCUGAAGAUCAAGAAGGCUGCAGAGAGUGACAAAGGUGUUUAUGAGUGUGACUGUGGAACCGACAAGACAAGCGCCAAUAUCAGCGUGGAGUCUCGCUUAAUUAAAGUGGAGCGCCCACUGUAUGGAGUGGAAGUAUUUGUUGGUGAAACAGCACGCUUUGAAAUUGAAAUUUCUGAGCCUGAUGUCCAUCCUGUAUGGAAGCUAAAAGGAGAAACUCUAACACCUUCACCUGACUGUGAAAUCAUUGAAGAUGGGAAGAAGCAUAUUCUUGUCCUUCAUAACUGUAACCUUGAUAUGACUGGAGAAGUGUCUUUCCAAGCUGCCAAUGCUAAAAGUGCUGCUAAUCUGAAAGUGAAAGAACUGCCUCUUAUCUUCAUCACUCCCCUAAGUGAUGUGAAGGUCUUUGAGAAGGAUGAAGCUAAGUUUGAAUGUGAGGUAUCCAGAGAGCCCAAGACUUUCCGCUGGUUGAAAGGAACAGAAGAGAUCACUCCUGAUGAAAAAUUCGAAAUCAUUUCAGACGGAACAAAGCAUGCUCUGAUUAUUAAAUCUGUUGCCUUUGAGGAUGAAGUAAAAUACACAUUUGAAGCUGAGGAUAAAAGAACAAGUGCCAAGCUAAUUAUUGAAGGCAUCCGCCUGAAAUUCAUCACUCCUCUCAAGGAUGUAACAAAGAAGGAGAGAGAAACUGCAGAGUUCACUGUGGAACUCUCCCAUGAAAACAUCACUGUGGUCUGGUUCAAGAAUGACCAACGAUUACAUACCAGCAAAGUGGUUUCAAUGACAGAUGAUGGCAAAUUCCAUACACUCACAAUCAAAGAUCUUACUAUUGAUGAUACUUCUCAGAUAAAAGUGGAAGCUAUGGGCAAAUCCUCAGAAGCUAAACUCACUGUUCUUGAGGGAGACCCUUAUUUCACUGGGAAGCUGCAGGAUUACACUGCUGUGGAGAAAGAUGAAGUAAUCUUACAAUGUGAAAUCAGCAAAGCAGAUGCCCCAGUGAAAUGGAUGAAGGAUGGCAAGCCAAUUACUGCAUCAAAGAAUGUCGUUAUUAAGGCAGAUGGCAAAAAGAGAAUCCUUAUUCUCAAGAAAGCUUUGAAGAAAGACAUUGGACAGUACACUUGUGACUGUGGUACUGACCAAACCUCUGCUAAACUCGAUAUUGAAGACCGGGAUAUUGAGAUUGUGCGACCGCUAUACAGUGUGGAGGUGAUUGAGACAGAGACUGCCCGGUUUGAUAUUGAAAUCUCUGAGGAAGGUGUCCAUGGCAAUUGGAAGCUAAAAGGAGAACCUCUGACUGAAUCAGCUGAAUGUGAAAUCAAGGAGGAAGGAAAAAAGCACUUCCUUACACUGUACAAUGUACGCUUGGAUCAAGCUGGUGGAGUAGAUUUUCAAGCAGCAAAUGCCAAGUCUGGUGCUCACCUUCGAGUGAAACCUCGAGUAAUUGGCUUGCUGAGACCCCUCAAGGAUGUAACAGUGACAGCUGGGGAAUCAGCAACCUUCGAUUGCGAACUCUCUUAUGAGGGAAUCCCAGUAGAAUGGUUCCUGAAAGGAAAGAAACUGGAGCCCAGUGAUCAGGUUGUGACUCGUGCUGAAGGGAGAGUUCACACACUUAUUCUCAGAGACGUCAAGUUAACAGAUGCAGGAGAGGUAUCACUGACAGCAAAAGAUUUCAGAACUCAAGCAAAUCUUUUUGUGAAAGAACCCCCAGUUGAAUUUACUAAACCACUUGAGGACCAGACUGUUGAAGAGGAAGCCACUGCAGUACUGGAAUGUGAAGUCUCCAGGGAAAAUGCAAAAGUUAAAUGGUUCAAAAAUGGUGAAGAAAUUCACAAAUCAAAGAAGUAUGAUAUCAUUUCUGAAGGCAGAGUCAGAAAACUCAUCAUCCGUGGCUGCACACUGGACGAUGCAAAAACAUAUGCCUGUGAUGCUAAGGACUUUAAGACAUCAUGUUUCCUCAAUGUGGAGCCUAUUCGUGUCGACUUCCUGAAACCCCUGACUGACCUUGAGGUUAAAGAAAAAGAAUCUGCUCGGUUUGAAUGUGAAAUUUCUCGUCCAAAUGUCAAGGUGAAGUGGUUUAAGGAUGGCAUGGAAAUUAGAAAAGGCAAGAAGUAUGACAUAAUUUCUAAAGGUGCAGAACACAUUCUUGUCAUCAAUAAAUGUGUCUUUGAUGAUGAAGCUGAAUAUUCCUGUGAAGCAAAAACAGCUCGAACGUCCGGCCUCCUUACAGUGAUAGAGGAAGAAGCUGUUUUCACAAAAAAUCUUCCUGAUCUUGAAGUAAAUGAAAAUGACACUGUAAAAUUGAUCUGUGAAGUUUCAAAGCCUAAUGCUGAAGUUACUUGGCUUAAAGGAGAUGAAGAGGUGCCUGAUGGUGGUAGAUUUGAACACAUUUCUGAUGGUAGAAAGAGAAUUCUUGUUAUACAUAAUGCUCAUCCUGAAGAUGCUGCCAAAUAUACUUGCAAGCUCCCAAGCUCUAGUACAACAGGAAAACUUACUGUACAUGAACUUGCAGCAGAAUUUCUUACCAGACCACAAAACCUUGAGGUGCUUGAAGGAGAAAAAGCUGAAUUUGUCUGUUCAGUAUCCAAAGAAGCCAUUACAGUACAGUGGCUAAGGGGUGACACAGUCCUGGAGCCUGGUGAUAAGUAUGACAUCAUUUCAGAUGGCAAAAAGAGAACACUUGUGGUUAAAGAAUCUGUUCUAGGAGAUACAGGAAUGUAUACUGUCAUGGUUGGUGAAGCUAAAGCUACAGCACACUUAGCAGUGAUUGAAAAACUCAAGAUUAUAACUCCUCUUAAGGACCAAGAAGUUACUGAGUGUCAAGAAAUUAUCUUCAACUGUGAAGUCAAUAAAGAAGGUGCCAAAGAGAAGUGGUACAAAAAUGAUGAGGCAAUAUUUGAUAGUGCAAAGUACAUUAUUGUUCAGAAGGGUGUAGUCUACACUCUCAGAAUCAGAGAUGCAGAGUUGAAAGAUGAAGCUACCUACACCAUCUCACUGACGAACCAGAGAGGUGAACACGUUAAAAGCUCUGCUGCCUUAAAAGUAUUAGAGGAGGAUCUCAGAAUUGUUGAGCCCCUUGAAGACAUUGAGACCAUGGAAAAGAAAACUGUCACAUUCUGGUGCAAAGUCAAUCGCCUUAAUGCAACUCUCAAAUGGACAAAGAAUGGAGAGGAGAUCACAUUUGACAGGCGCGUUUUGUACAAAAUUGACAAAUUCAAGCACUCAUUGAUCAUUAAAGACUGUGGGUUUGUAGAUGAAGGCGAAUACACUGUUACUGCUGGACAAGACAAAUCAGUUGCAGAGCUUCUCAUCACAGAAGCACCAGCAGACUUCACUGAACAUCUUCAGGACCAGACUGUCACUGAAUUUGAUGAUGCUGUCUUUACAUGCCAGCUUUCCAAAGAGAAAGUCAGUGUAAAAUGGUACAGAAAUGGAAGAGAAAUCAAAGAAGGCAAAAAAUACCAAUUUGAAAAGGAUGGAAAUCUGCACAGGUUAAUCAUAAAAGACUGUAGACUAGAUGAUGAGUGUGAAUAUUCCUGUGGAGUGGAUGACAGGAGAUCUAGGGCAAGACUUUUUGUUGAAGAAAUCCCUGUUGAGAUUAUUCGACCACCACAAGAUAUUUAUGAAGCACCUGGUGCAGAUGUCAUCUUCAUGGCUGAAUUGAACAAAGAUGGUGUGGAGGUCAAGUGGUUGAGAAACAACAUGAUUAUCAUCCAAGGUGACAAACAUCAGAUGAUGAGUGAAGGAAAAGUCCACAGGCUGCAGGUGUGUGACAUAAAGCCCCGUGACCAAGGGGAAUACAGAUUUAUCGCCAAAGACAAGGAAGCUAGAGCUAAACUUGAAUUAGCUGCUGCACCUAAAAUCAAGACUGGUGAUCAAAACCUUGUGGUUGAUGUUGGGAAACCUUUAACUAUGACUGUCCCAUAUGAUGCCUACCCAAGAGCAGAAGCUGAAUGGUUUAAAGCAGGAGAAAGUCUGCCCACAACAACUGUUGAUACAACAACUGACUGCACUACCUUCAAAAUUUAUGAAGCAAAGAAAUCAGAUAAGGGAAGGUACAGGAUUGUGCUUCGAAACAAACAUGGCCAGGCAGAAGCAUUCAUCAAUGUAGAGGUCAUUGAUGUUCCAGGUCCAGUGAGAAACUUGGAAGUCACUGAAACCUAUGAUGGUGAAGUUGGUCUCGCGUGGCAAGAACCAGAAAGUGAUGGUGGAAGUAAAAUCAUAGGCUACGUCGUUGAAAGACGUGAUAUCAAGCGUAAGACCUGGAUUGUGGCCACAGAUCGUGCUGAAAAUUGUGAAUACACUGUUACUGGGCUUCAGAAAGGGGGAGUUGAGUACCUCUUCCGUGUCAGUGCACGCAACAGAGUGGGCACUGGUGAGCCAGUGGAAACAGACACACCUGUGGAAGCUAAGAGCAAAUUUGAUGUUCCUGGUCCUCCUCAAAAUGUAGAAGUUAGUGAUGUGAACAGGUUUGGAGCCACACUUAGCUGGGAACCACCUGAGGAUGAUGGAGGAUCCCCGAUUACUGGCUACGUUAUUGAACUGCGUAACAGAGCUACCAUCAGAUGGGAGCCAACUAUGACCACAGGAGCUGAUGAACUGUCAGCUGUCCUGACUGAUGUUGUGGAAAAUGAAGAGUAUUUCUUCAGAGUAAGAGCUCAAAACAUGGUUGGAGUUGGCAAACCAAGUCCUGCUACACGUGCAGUAAAAAUCAUGGAUCCAAUUGAGAGACCAAGUCCUCCCAUUAACCUUGAGCAUUCAGAUCAAACUAAGUCAUCAGUUCAGCUCACAUGGGAACCCCCUCUCGAAGAUGGAGGAAGUCCAAUCUUAGGCUAUAUUAUUGAAAGGCAAGAGGAAGGAACAGACAAGUGGAUUCGUUGUAACCCAAAACUAGUACCUGCUCUUACUUUUAAGGUAACUGGAUUGAAACAAGGAUCCAGUUAUUACUACAGAGUCUCAGCAGAAAAUGCAGCUGGUGUGUCUGACCCAGCAGAGGCUAUUGGGCCAUUAACUGCAGAUGAUGCUUUUGUUGAACCUACAAUGGACCUAAGUGCAUUUAAGGAUGGGCUGGAAGUUAUUGUACCAGAGCCAAUCAAGAUCCAUGUUCCCAUCACUGGCUACCCUGUGCCAACUGCCACAUGGUAUUUUGGUGACCAAGUCUUAGAAGAAGGUGAUCGUGUAAAAAUGAAGACCACUGCCUCCUUUGCAGAACUUGUAAUUACUCCGAGUGAGCGCCCAGACAAGGGACUUUAUUUCUUGACAUUAGAAAACCCUGUGUCAUCUGUUACAGGAGAAAUUAAUGUUAAUGUCAUUGCUUGUCCAAGUGCACCAAGAGAGCUCAAUGUUUUAGAAGUACUCAAGAGUACAGUGCAGCUCGCAUGGGAACCUCCAGAAGAUGAUGGUGGAAGUCCAGUCACUGGCUAUAUAAUUGAAAAACGUGAAGUAAGCCGGAAAACGUGGAGCAAAGUUAUGGAUCAUAUUGUUGACCAAGAAUUCACUGUACCUGACCUCGUCCAAGGGAAAGAAUAUUUAUUUAGAGUUUUUGCAUGCAAUAAAUGUGGCCCUGGAGAGCCUGCAUAUAUUGAUGAACCUGUAAAUAUGUCAGUACCAGCAACGGUACCUGACCCACCAGAAAAUGUUAAAUGGAGAAAUCCAACAUCAAAAGGAAUCUUCCUAACAUGGGAGCCUCCCAAAUAUGAUGGUGGUGCACGCAUUAAGGGUUAUCUGGUAGAAAAAUCCCAACGUGGCACAGACAAGUGGGAGAUAUGUGGGGAGCCUGUUAUUGAAACAAAAAUGGAAGUAACAAAGCUCCAGGAAGGAGAGUGGUAUGCUUAUCGGGUUAAGGCUUUGAACAGAAUGGGAGCAAGUAGGCCAAGUAAGCCCACUGAUGAUAUUCAGGCCAUUGAUGCAAAAGAGGCUCCAGAAAUUUUCUUAGAUGUGAAGCUUCUUGCUGGACUUACUGUGAAAGCUGGAACUAAAAUUGAGCUGCCAGCUAAAGUAACUGGAAAGCCUGAGCCCCAGGUUACUUGGACCAAGGCUGACAAAAUUUUGAGACCUGACAAUAGAAUCACCAUUGAAAGCCAGCCUAACCAUUCUACAGUCACUAUUACAGACAGCAAGAGGAGUGACAGUGGAACCUAUAUCAUAGAAGCUGUAAAUUCCAGUGGACGGGCUACUGCUGUUGUUGAAGUUAAUGUUCUUGAUAAACCUGGUCCACCAGCUGCAUUUGAUGUAACAGAAAUCACAAACGAAUCCUGCCUUCUAACCUGGAAUCCUCCACGAGAUGAUGGGGGUUCUAAAAUUACCAACUACGUCCUUGAGAAAAGAGCUACAGAUAGCGAAAUAUGGGACAAGUUGUCAUCAACUAUUAAAGAUACAAAAUUCAGAGCUACCAAUUUAACUCCUCAUAAAGAAUAUGUGUUUCGAGUCAGUGCUGAAAACAUGUAUGGUGUUGGGGAGCCAGCACAGUGUAGCCCCAUCAUUGCCAAAUAUUCAUUUGAUCCGCCAGGCCCUCCAACAGGUCUCAAGCCCAUAGAGGUCACUAAAGAUUCAGUCACUUUAACAUGGAAUGAACCAGAUGAAGAUGGUGGCAGCCCCAUAACUGGCUACUGGGUUGAAAGAUAUGAUCCGGAGCAGGAUAAAUGGAUAAAAUGCAACAAAAUGCCAGUGAAAGAUACAACAUUCAAAGUUAAAGGUCUUACAAAUAAGAAGAAGUAUAAGUUCCGUGUGUUGGCAGAGAAUCUUGCAGGACCUGGAAAACCAAGCCGGGAAACAGAGCCAAUCUUAGUGAAAGAUCCAAUCGAUCCACCAUGGCCUCCUGGAAAGCCAACUGUGAAAGAUAUUGGCAAGACAUUCCUUACCCUGAACUGGACAAAGCCAGAACAUGAUGGAGGGGCAAAAAUUGAAUCUUACGUCGUUGAGCUGUUAAAGACUGGAACAGACGAAUGGGUGAGAGUGGCUGAAGGAGUUCCAACAACUGAACACUUCCUCAAAGAUCUUAUGGAGAAACAAGAAUAUUCAUUCCGUGUGAGAGCUGUGAACAAGGCUGGCGAGAGUGAGCCCAGUGAGCCCAGUGACCCUGUGCUGUGCAAGGAGAGGCUCUAUCCUCCUUCACCACCCCGAUGGCUUGAAGUUAUUAAUAUUACUAAAAAUACAGCAGAUCUUAAAUGGACAGUACCAGAAAAGGAUGGGGGUUCCCCAAUUACCAACUAUAUUGUUGAGAAAAGAGAUGUAAGGCGGAAGGGCUGGCAGACAGUUGAUACGACAGUGAAGGACACCAAGUACACAGUAAGCCCACUGACUGAAGGCUCACUCUAUGUGUUCCGUGUGGCUGCUGAAAAUGCCAUUGGACAGAGUGACUACUGUGAAAUUGAAGACUCAGUGCUUGCUAAAGAUACUUUCACAACCCCUGGGCCUCCAUAUGCCCUUACAAUAGUUGAAGUGAAAAAAGGCCAUGUUGAUUUGAAAUGGGAACCACCUAAGAAUGAUGGUGGCAGACCAAUUCAAAGAUAUGUUAUUGAAAAGAAAGAAAAGCUGGCUACUCGCUGGGUAAAAGCUGGGAAGACAGCUGGUCCAGAUUGCAAUUUCAGAGUGACAGAUGUCAUUGAAGGAACAGAUGUACAGUUCCAGGUCCGUGCAGAAAAUGAAGCCGGAUGUGGUCAUCCCAGUGAACCAACUGACCUCGUUCAUAUUGAAGAUCCAACAAGCCCUCCUUCACCUCCUCAGGAUUUACAUGUCACAGAUGCAGGCCGAAAGCACAUUUGCAUUGCUUGGAAACCUCCUGAGAAGAAUGGUGGAAGUCCUAUUAUUGGAUACAAUGUUGAGAUGUGUGAAGCAGGAACAGAAAAAUGGAUGCGAAUCAAUUCUCGUCCAAUUAAAGAUCUAAAAUGUAAAGUGGACGAGGGAGUUGUUCCAGACAAAGAAUAUGUGCUGAGAGUCAGAGCUGUCAAUGCUGUUGGAGCUAGUGAGCCAUCAGACAUCUCAGAAAAAGUUGUUGCCAAGGACCCAGACUGUAAUCCAACCAUUGAUCUGCAAACUCGGGACAUUGUUGUUGUUAAAGGACAGAAGCUAAGUAUCCCUAUACCCUUCAGAGCUGUUCCAUCCCCAACUAUAACAUGGCACAAAGAUGGCAAGGAGUUGAAAGCUGGUGACAGAACAACAAUGAAGAGUGACUACACCUCUGCAUUGCUUGAAGUGAUAGACAGUGUUCAUGCUGAUGCUGGUGUUUAUACUAUCACACUGGAGAACAAGCUGGCAUCAACAACUGGCUCAGUCAAUGUCAAAGUCAUAGGUCCACCUGGACAGUGUAAAGACAUCAAGGCAAGCGAAGUAACUAAGAAUUCUUGCAAGGUAUCCUGGGAGCCUCCAGACUUUGAUGGUGGUACUCCUAUUUUGCAUUACGUUCUGGAACGCAGGGAAGCUGGUCGUAAAACAUACAUCCCAGUCAUGUCUGGUGAAAAUAAGCUUUCAUGGCAAGUCAAAGAUCUGAUACCAAACUGUGAAUAUUACUUCCGUGUUAAAGCUGUCAAUAAGAUUGGAGGGGGUGAUUAUCUUGAACUAAGAAACCCGAUCAUUGCAGAAGACCCGAAACAGCCCCCAGAUCCGCCUGUCGACCUUGAAGUCCAUAAUCCAACAUCAAAAUCAGUAACUCUUACAUGGAAACCACCCCUGUUUGAUGGGGGAAGCAAGAUUAUGGGCUAUAUAAUAGAGAAGCUUGCUAAGGGCAAAGAGAGGUGGGAGAGAUGCAAUGACUAUCUGGUACCCUUGCUAACUUACACAGUGAAAGGCCUUGAGGAAGGAAAGGAGUAUCAGUUCCGUGCACGUGCUGAGAACGCUGCUGGCAUCAGUGAGCCUUCUCGGAUUACUCCUUUUGUGAAAGCUGUGGAUCCUAUUGAGGCUCCAAAAGUCUUCCUUGCUGCAAACCUACAGUCUGGCCUUGAGGUGAAGAGAGGUGAUGAGAUCAUACUUGAGGCACAUAUUUCAGGGUCACCCUAUCCAUCUAUUACCUGGCUGAGGAAUGAUGAAGUUGUCAGACCAGAGGAUAUCAAAAAGAGAGUAACAGUACCUAAAAAGAAGAAGGGUGAAGCUGAAGAAGAGAAACCUUUCCAGCUUUCACUGCCAGAACGUAUGAGUGUUGAUAACCACAAGGAAGGAGAGUCCAUACUAUCAGUUCGUGACUCCAUUAGAGCAGACCACGGCACAUUUACAAUUAAAGUAGAAAAUGAUCAUGGAGUUGCAAAAGCCUCCUGUGAAGUCAAUGUGUUGGAUACACCUGGGCCACCAGUCAACUUUGUAUUUGAAGAUUUGAGGAAAAAUUCUGUCCUUUGCAAGUGGGAGCCUCCCCUUGAUGAUGGUGGAAGUGAAAUCCUAAACUAUGUACUGGAAAAGAAAGACAAUACAAAAGCUGAAAUGGGCUGGGUCACUGUCAGUUCAACACUCAGGCAUUGCAAAUUCCAUGUAACAAAACUGAUUGAAGGAAAAGAGUAUCUAUUCCGUGUAUUUGCUGAAAAUAGAGUUGGAGCAGGACCACCAUGUGUUUCAAAACCAAUGACAGCUAAAGAUCCUUUCUCUCCACCAGAUGCACCUAAUAAGCCUGAUGUGGAAGAUGUAACCAGCAACAGUAUGCUGGUGAAGUGGAAUGAACCAAAAGAUAAUGGCAGCCCUAUCAUUGGAUACUGGAUUGAAAAACGUGAAAUCAAUAGUACUCAUUGGGCUCGGGUCAACAGAAACCUUGUGAAUGCUCUGGAACUAAGAGUUGAAGGACUGUUGGAAGGUUUAACUUACAUCUUCAGAGUGUGUGCUGAAAAUGCAGCUGGCCCUGGUAAAUUUAGUCCACCAUCAGAUCCAAAAACUGCACAAGACCCAAUAAUGCCACCUGGUCCCCCGAUUCCAAGGAUUGCUGACACAAGUGCAACUUCCAUUGAGCUAGAAUGGCAACCUCCUGUGUAUAAUGGUGGUGGAGAUAUCACUGGUUACCAUGUGUACAAACAACUGAUGGGUGUAAACGAGUGGUCACGCUGCACAGCAAAGCCCAUUAAGGUCCUGCAGUUUACUGUUGGAGAGGUGAGGGAAGGUGCAGACUAUAAGCUCCGUGUUACUGCACUCAACGCGGCUGGAGAAGGACCACCUGGGGAAACUGAACCCGCAACAGUUGCAGAGCCUAAAGAGCCUCCCACUGUUGAGCUGGAUGUUUCUGUGAAAGCAGGCAUUCAGGUCAUGGCUGGACAGACUAUUAAAAUUCCUGCUACUGUGACAGGGCGUCCUGCCCCCACCAUUACAUGGGCUAUAGACGAGGGGGAAUUAGACAAAGAUCGAGUUGUUAUUGAAAAUGUUGGCACAAAAUCUGAGUUAACCAUUAAGAGUGCAUUGAGAAAAGACCAUGGAAGAUAUGUAAUUACUGCUACCAAUAGCAGUGGUACAAAAUCAGCAGGAACCAGAGUAGAAGUAUUUGAUGUUCCUGGACCAGUCCUUGACCUAAAGCCAGUGGUCACAAACAGAAAGAUGUGUUUGCUUAACUGGUCUGAUCCUGAAGAUGAUGGUGGCAGUGAAAUCAUAGGCUUCAUUGUUGAAAGGAAGGAUGCCAAAAUGCAUACAUGGAGACUAGCUGUAGACACUGAUAGAUCUAAAUGUGAUAUUACAGGUCUAAUUGAAGGCCAAGAAUAUAAAUUCCGUGUUAGUGCCAAGAACAAAUUUGGUACUGGUCCAGCUGUGGAAAUAGGACCCAUUCUUGCAGUUGAUCCAUUAGGUCCUCCUACAGCACCUGAGAGGUUCAUGUACACAGAGAGGACGAAGUCAUCCAUUACACUUGACUGGAAGCCUCCACGCAGUGAUGGUGGUAGUCCCAUCUUAGGAUAUAUUGUAGAGAAGAGGAGACAUGAUUCAAAAGAUUAUGAAAGAGUUAAUGCAAGGCUCUGUCCUAAAACAUCUCUUCUUGUUGAAAAACUCGAUGAACUUCAUAUGUAUGAGUUUCGUGUGAAAGCUGUCAAUGAGAUUGGAGAAAGCGAGCCAUCACUGCCCCUCAAUGUAGUUAUACAAGAUGAUGAAGUGCCUCCAACUGUUACAUUGCGUUUGGCUGUGAGAGGAGAUACUAUCAAAGUCAAGGCAGGAGAGCCAGUUAACAUUCCUGCUGAUGUAACAGGCCUGCCAAUGCCAAAGAUUGAAUGGGACAAGAAUGAAGUUUUAAUUGACCAAACAUCUGAUGCACUUAAGAUAACCAAGGAAGAAGUAUCUAGAACUGAGGCAAAAACAGAACUCAUCCUUCCUGCAGCAGCGAGGAGUGAUAAAGGCACUUACACUGUGAGAGCUACCAAUCGUCUUGGCACUGCAUUCCGCAAUGUGCAUGUCGAAGUGUAUGAUCGUCCUUCUCCACCAAGAAAUCUUGCUGUUUCUGAUAUUAAAGCAGAAUCAUGCUAUUUAACGUGGGAUGCACCUCUUGAUAAUGGUGGUAGUGAAAUUACCCAUUACAUUAUUGAAAAACGUGAUGCUAGUAAGAAGAAAUCGGAGUGGGAAGAAGUCUCUAAAGGCGCCGUUGAGAGAAGAUUUGGGGUAUGGAAUCUUUCAACAAAUGAAAAAUACCAAUUUAGGGUCCGCGCUGUGAACAAAUACGGAAUAAGUGAUGAAUGCCUCUCAGAAAAAGUUGUCAUUAAGGAUCCCUAUGGUCUUCCUGGACCUCCUGGAAAGCCAAAAAUUUUGGAUCGCACCAGAUCAUCUAUGCUGGUGACGUGGGAGCCUCCUUUGGACAAUGGUGGCAGCCCAAUAACUGGCUAUUGGUUGGAGAAGAGAGAGGUGGGAGGUGUCUACUGGGCACGUGUCAACAGGGCUCCAGUAACAAAACCAUCAGUAAAAGGUCUGGAGCACAAUGUGCUUCGUUUGGCUGAAGGUGUUGAAUACCAGUUUAGAGUUAUGGCUGAAAAUCUUGCUGGAAUUGGCCCUCCCAGUGAACCAUCAGAUCCAGCUUUGGCAGCAGAUCCUAUAUUUGUGCCUGGUCCACCAUCAUGCCCAGAGGUCAAAGACAAAACCAAAUCAUCUGUAGCACUUGCAUGGAAGCCUCCUCAAAAGGAUGGUGGGAGUCCUAUAAAAGGAUAUAUUGUUGAAAUGCAAGAUGAAGGUAGUACUGAUUGGAAGAAGGUGAAUGAAGGAGACAAACUCUUUCCUACUUGUGAAUGUGUUAUUCCCAACUUGAAAGAGCUCAGAAAAUACCGAUUUAGGGUGAAAGCUGUAAAUGCUGCUGGAGAAUCAGAACCAAGUCCUGCAACAUCAGAGAUACCUGUCCAAGAUAUUCUAGAGGAACCAGAAAUCUUCCUUGAUCUUGGAGCACAGGAUUUGCUCUCUUGUCGUGCUGGCACAACAAUUAAAAUCCCAGCUAUUAUCAAGGGUCGUCCAGUUCCAAAAACAUUUUGGGAGUAUGAAGGAAAAGCAAAAACAGCAGCAAAGGAGGGAGGUCAUAAUAUACCUGAAGAAGCAAAGGUGGAAGCAACUGAUACACGUUCAGAGGUUAUCAUCCCUGACUGCAACAGAAGUCACUCUGGACGAUACAGUAUUACAGCAAAGAAUAAAGCAGGACAAAAGACAGUGCAUGUCAGAGUCAAUGUGCUUGAUGUCCCUGGUCCACCAAAAGACCUUAAAGUAAGUGAUAUCACAAGAGGUAGCUGUAAACUCUCAUGGAAGAUGCCAGAUGAUGAUGGUGGAGAUAGAAUCAGAGGCUAUGUUAUAGAGAAGAGAAAUAUUGAUGGGAAGGCCUGGACUAAAGUCAAUCCAAACUGUGGCAGUACUUCCUUUGUGGUACCUGAUCUCAUAACUGGCCAAGAGUAUUUCUUCCGGGUGCGUGCAGAAAACCGUUUUGGAGUUGGGCCUCCUGCAGAAACCAUCCAGCGGACCACAGCCAGGGAUCCAAUCCAUCCUCCUGAUCCACCUAUUAAACUGAGGAUUGGCCUUGUAACCAAGAACACAGUGAGCCUGACAUGGAAACCACCAAAGAAUGAUGGUGGAGCUCCUGUUACACAUUAUAAUGUUGAAUGUCUCCGCUGGGAUCGUACUGGAGAAGUGAAAGAGUCUUGGAAGCAAUGCAACAGACGUGAUGUGGAAGAAACUAAGUUUACUGUUGAGGAUCUUGUAGAAGGUGGAGAAUACGAAUUCAGAGUCAAAGCUGUAAAUAUAGCAGGUCCUAGCAGACCUUCAGCCACUGUUGGCCCACUUGUUGUCAAAGACCAGACAUGUCCACCAUCUAUUGAGCUGAAAGAAUUUAUGGAAGUUGAAGAAGGAACAGAUGUUAAAAUUGUGGCAAAGAUAAAGGGUGUACCCUUCCCCACAUUAACAUGGCUAAAAGCUCCUCCAAAGAAACCAGAUGAGAAAUCACCAGUGGUGUAUGAUCAACAUGUCAACAAGAUUGUUGAUGAAAAUACUUGCACUUUAGUGAUCCAACAGUCUCGCAGAAAUGAUACAGGCCUGUAUACUAUCACAGCUGUAAAUGACCUGGGAACUGCUUCAAAGGAGAUGCGGCUGAAUGUUCUGGGUCGUCCUGGACCUCCAGUAGGACCUAUUAAAUUUGAAUCCAUUUUGGCUGAUAAAAUGACAAUAUCAUGGCUUCCUCCAUUGGAUGAUGGUGGUUCUAAGAUAACAAACUAUGUUAUAGAGAAAAAAGAAGCAAAUAGGAAGACAUGGGUGGCUGUUACUAAUGAACCCAAGGAAUGCAUAUUCACUGUUCCCAAGCUGAUGGAAGGCCAUGAAUAUGUGUUCCGCAUUAUGGCACAAAACAAAUACGGUAUUGGAGAACCUUUGGACAGUGAGCCAGAAACAGCACGAAACCUUUUCACUGUGCCUGGACCUCCUGACAAGCCAACAGUUAGCAGUAUAACACGUGACUCAAUGACAGUAAACUGGGAAGAACCAGAACAUGAUGGUGGCUCUCCUAUUACUGGUUACUGGUUGGAGCGCAAAGAGACCACUGGAAAGAGAUGGACCAGGGUUAACCGAGAUCCUAUCAAGCCUAUGACACUGGGGGUUUCAUACAAAGUUACAGGCCUUAUUGAAGGCUCUGAGUAUCAGUUCCGUGUGUCAGCUAUCAACGCGGCUGGUGUUGGCCCACCAAGCAUGCCAUCUGAUCCAGCACUUGCUAGAGAUCCUAUUGCCCCACCUGGCCCUCCUAUACCAAAAGUUACUGAUUGGACAAAGUCUUCUGUAGACUUGGAGUGGACUCCACCGGUAAAGGAUGGUGGUUCUAGAGUCACUGGCUACAUUGUUGAGUUUAAAGAGGAAGGAAAGGAAGAAUGGGAACGGGUAAAAGACAGAGAAAUUAGAGGAACCAAGUUUGUUGUGACAGGAUUAAAAGAAGGUUGUUUUUAUAAAUUUAGAGUUAGAGCAGUAAAUGCUGCUGGCAUCGGAGAGCCUGGAGAAGUUACAGACAUUAUUGAAAUGAAGGACAGAAUUGUGGCUCCUGAUAUUAAUUUGGAUGCAAGUGUCAGGGACAGAAUUGUUGUUCAUGCUGGAGGAGUAAUUCGGAUCAUAGCAUAUGUCUCAGGAAAACCACCUCCAACAGUGAGUUGGAGCAUGGAUGAGCAAGCUUUGCCAGAAGAAGCCCAAAUUGAAGAAACAGCUAUUAGUUCUUCUUUAGUCAUCAGGAACUGCAAAAGGAGUCACCAGGGUUUAUACACUCUUCUUGCUAAAAAUGAUGGUGGUGAGAGGAAGAAGACAAUUAUUGUUGAUGUGCUAGAUGUGCCAGGCCCAGUUGGAAUGCCACUCCUUACAGAGAAUCUAACUAAUGACUCUUGUAAAUUGUCAUGGUUUACUCCAGAAGAUGAUGGUGGUUCUCCUAUUACCAACUAUAUAAUUGAAAAACGUGAAUCAGACCACAGAGCUUGGACUCCAGUCACCUACACAGUUACAAGACAGAAUGCUACUGUUCAGGGACUUAUUCAAGGGAAAGCCUACUUUUUCAGAAUUGCAGCUGAGAAUAUAAUUGGCAUGGGUCCUUUCACGGAAACAACAAAAGAGAUUCUCAUUAGAGAUCCAAUAACUGUUCCUGACCGUCCAGAAGACCUGGAAGUAAAAGCAGUUACCAAGAACUCUGUUACACUAACUUGGAACCCUCCAAAAUAUAAUGGAGGCUCAGAUAUCACCAUGUAUGUUCUAGAGAGCCGCCUCAUUGGAAAAGACAAAUUCCACAAAGUUACAAAGGAGAAAAUGCUUGAUAGGAAAUUCACUGUAGAAGGCUUGAAAGAAGGUGACACCUAUGAGUUUCGUGUGAGUGCUUGCAAUAUUGUGGGGCAAGGCAAGCCAUCAUUUUGCACUAAACCAAUCACGUGCAAGGAUGAAAUUGCUCCUCCCACACUUGACCUUGACUUUAGAGACAAGCUUAUUGUCCGAGUUGGUGAAGCUUUCAGCUUGACUGGACGCUACUCAGGCAAACCUGCACCAAAGGUUACUUGGCUAAAGGAUGAUAUUGUUGUGAAAGAAGACGACAGAAUAAAGAUUAAGACAACUCCUACAACUCUUUGUUUGGGAAUAGUAAAAUCUGUCCGUGAAGACACAGGCAGAUAUUGUGUUACUGUAGAGAACAGCACAGGAUCAAGAAAAGGAUUUUGUCAAGUUCAUGUCGUUGAUCGCCCAUCACCUCCAGUAGGCCCGGUUAUAUUUGAUGAAGUCUUUAAAGAUCAUAUGGUUGUUUCCUGGAAACCUCCAUUAGAUGAUGGAGGCAGUGAAAUUACAAAUUACAUAAUUGAGAAGAAGGAUACACACAAAGACUUGUGGAUGCCAGUUACAUCUGCCACAGUGAAGACAACAUGCAAAAUUCCCAAGCUGCUUGAAGGAAGAGAAUAUCAAAUUCGAAUUUAUGCUGAAAAUCUUUAUGGCAUAAGUGAUCCUCUCAUCUCUGAUGAGAUGAAAGCCAAGGACCGUUUCCGUGUUCCUGAUGCACCUGAGCAACCAGUCAUUAAGGAUGUAACCAAAGACUCUGCAGUAGUGGUUUGGAACAAACCAUAUGAUGGAGGCAAGCCAAUAACAAACUACAUUGUAGAAAAGAAGGAAACAAUGGCUACAAGAUGGGUCAAAGCUACCAAAGACCCAAUUUUCCCUGGUACAAAGUUCAAAGUACCUGAUCUCCUUGAAGGUUGUCAGUAUGAAUUCCGUGUUUCAGCAGAAAAUGAAAUUGGUGUUGGCGAUCCUAGUCCACCAUCAAAGCCAAUUUUCGCUAGAGAUCCAAUCGCAAAACCAAGUCCACCUGUUAAUCCAGAAGCAAUAGAUAAAACUAAAAAUUCAGUUGAUUUAUCUUGGCAACCACCACGCCAUGACGGAAAUGGCAAGAUAAUUGGCUACCUUGUAGAGUUUCAGAAAGUUGGAGACGAGGAAUGGAAACAGGCUAAUCUUACAGCAGAUUCUUGUCCUGAAACAAGCUACAAAGUCACUGGUCUUACUGAGGGAUUAACCUAUAAAUUCAGGGUCAAGGCAGUCAAUGCAGCAGGUGAAUCUGAUCCAGCGCAUGUUCCUGAUCCAGUAGAAGUAAAGGACAGGCUUGAACCUCCUGAGUUAAUACUUGAUGCUAAUAUGGCCCGCGAACAGCAUGUAAAAGCUGGUGAUACCCUGAGACUUAGUGCUGUUAUUAAAGGGGUUCCAUUCCCAAAAGUUACUUGGAAGAAGGAAGAUCAUGAGGUCUCACCCAAGGCUGAUAUUGAAGUUACAGGAGUUGGCAGUAAGCUUGAAAUCCGUAACACUGUCCAUGAAGAUGGUGGAAUGUACUCCCUGACAGUUGAAAAUCCAGCUGGUUCAAAGACUGUUUCAGUAAAAGUUGUGGUCUUAGAUAAACCUGGUCCCCCCAGAAAUCUGAAUGUCAGUGAUGUUAGAAGCGACUCAUGCUAUCUCACUUGGAUGGAACCAGAAGAUGAUGGUGGCUCUGUGAUUACCAACUAUGUGGUGGAGAGGAAGGAUGUAGCUUCUGCACAGUGGGUAGCCAUCUCAUCAUCCUCCAAGAAACGCAGUCAUAUGGCUAAAUAUCUGAUGGAAGGCACUCAGUAUCUCUUCCGAGUUGCAGCUGAGAAUCAGUAUGGUAGAGGUCCAUAUGUGGAAACACUUAAGCCUAUCAAAGCUAUAGAUCCACUGCAUCCUCCAGGGCCACCAAAGAAUCUGCAUCAUGUUGACGUUGACAAGACUGAAGUUUCCCUUGUUUGGAAUCGACCAGAUCGUGAUGGUGGUGCUGAGAUAACUGGGUAUUUAGUGGAAUAUCAAGAAGAUGGUGCAGAUGAAUGGACAAAGUUCCAGACAGUCCCUAUGCUAGACUGUGUUGUUACAGGCCUACAGAAAGGAAAAACAUACAAAUUCCGUGUGAGAGCUCAAAACAUUGUUGGUCUUAGCCUUCCAGAUACAACUAUACCAAUUGAGUGUCAAGAAAAACUAGUACCUCCAUCUGUGGAUCUAGAUGUGAAGUUAAUUGAAGGUCUUGUUGUUAAAGCUGGCACCACAGUGCGCCUUCCUGCGAUUAUGAGAGGUGUGCCAGUUCCCACAGCAAAAUGGGUUACUGAUGACACUGAAAUUAAACCAGAUGGCAAAUAUAAGAUUGAGACCGACAAUUACUCAACUGUUCUUACUAUCAAAGACUGUGUAAGAAAAGAUACAGGAGAAUAUCUACUCACAGUAUCUAAUGCAGCUGGCAGCAAAACUGUGGCUCUGCACCUUACAGUUUUGGAUGUCCCAGGCCCACCAACUGGUCCUAUUAAUAUUCUUGAAGUUACACCAGAAUAUAUGGUUAUUUCUUGGCGCCCUCCUAAAGAUGAUGGUGGGAGUCCUAUAAUAAAUUAUAUUGUUGAGAAGCGUCAAUCAAAGAAAGAAACUUGGGGAGUGGUUAGCUCUGGAACAAGUCAUACAAAAAUUAAGGUUCCACGACUGCAGAAAGGCUGUGAAUAUAUUUUCCGUGUCCGUGCAGAAAAUAAGAUAGGCAUUGGUGCACCUCUGGAUUCAGAACCAACAGUUGCUAAAUACAUGUUUGAUCCACCAUCCCCACCUGGUAAACCAAUGGUUUAUGAUAUUACAGAAAAUGCUGCAACAGUGUCUUGGACCCUACCAAAAUCUGAUGGUGGAACUCCAAUAACUGGUUAUAUACUCGAACGUCGGGAAGCAUCUGGUAAAUGGGUGCGUGUCAAUAAGACACCUAUACUUGAUAUGAAAUACAGAGUCACCGGUCUUUUUGAAGGCAACACAUAUGAAUUCAGAGUUUUUGCAGAAAACAUGGUGGGCUUAAGCAAACCAUCUCCAAGCUCUGAUCCAAUAAAAGCAUCACGUCCUAUCACUCCUCCUGGACCACCUAUAAAUCCAAAAUUAAAAGACAAAACUAAAGAAUCAGCUGAUCUUGUGUGGACAAAGCCCCUCAAGGAUGGUGGCAGCCCAAUUCUGGGAUACAUUGUGGAAUGUCAGAAAAGUGGAACCACACAGUGGAAUAGGAUUAAUAAGGAUGAACUCAUUAGACAGUGUGCUUUCAGAGUACCUGGAUUAAUAGAAGGAAAUGAAUAUAAAUUCCGAAUAAAAGCUGUUAACAUCGUGGGAGAAGGAGAACCAAGAGAACUACCAGAAACUGUACUUGCAAAAGAUAUUCUUUCUCCACCAGAAAUAAGCCUAGAUGUGACCUGUCGAGACUUAAUUACUGUCCGAGUAGGUCAAACAAUACGUAUUACUGGUAAGGUAAAAGGCAGACCAGAUCCUGAAAUAACAUGGUCUAAAGAUGGCAAAGUACUAGUCCAAGAAAAGCAUGUUGAAAUACUUCAUGAUCUACCUAAUGUUGAACUGCAAGUGAAGGAAGCCAAAAGAUCUGAUCAUGGCAAAUAUAUAAUAGCAGCUAAAAACAGCUGUGGACAGGCUCAAGCUUUUGCUAUUGUUAAUGUACUUGACAGACCUGGACCAUGUCAGAACCUGAAAAUAAGCUAUGUCACAAAAGACUCUUGUAUGAUCUCUUGGGAGAGUCCAGUGGAUAAUGGUGGCUCUGAAAUUACAAAUUACAUAGUAGAAUACCGUCAGCCAAAUCAGAGGGGAUGGUCAAUUGUCUCCUCUGAUAUUACUAAGCGAUUAGUAAAGGCAAAUCUUGUAGAGAACCGUGAAUACUUCUUCAGAGUUUGUGCAGAGAACAAAAUAGGUCCAGGUCCUUGCAUUGAGACCAAGACUCCUAUCCUUGCUAUCAAUCCUAUUGACAAGCCUGGAGAGCCAGAAAAUCUUCACAUUGCAGAGAAAGGAAAGACAUUUGUAUACCUGAAAUGGAGAAGGCCAGAUUAUGACGGUGGAAGUCCCAAUUUAAGUUACCAUGUUGAGAGAAAACUGAAAGAUUCAGAUGAAUGGGAAAGAGUUCACAAAGGCAGCAUUAAGGAAACACACUACAUGGUAGAUAAAUGUGUGGAAAAUAAAAUUUACCAAUUCCGAGUUCAAACUAAGAAUGAGGCCGGUGAAAGUAACUGGGUAAAAACAGCUGAAGUUGUUGUGAAGGAAGAUCUCCAGAAACCAGUGCUAGAUUUGAAAUUAAGUGGCGUUCUAACUGUGAAAGCAGGCGACACAAUUAGAAUUGAGGCUGGAGUCAGAGGAAAACCACAGCCUGAAAUUGUAUGGGCAAAAGACAAAGAUGCCACAGAUCUCACCAGAUCUCCAAGAGUCAGUAUUGAAAACACUUCUGACAUGUCUAAGUUUGUUCUCACAAAAUCAAGGCGCACUGAUGGUGGGAAAUAUGUGAUAACAGCAACUAAUGCAGCUGGUAGCUUUGUGGCAUAUGCUACUGUUAUUGUCUUGGAUAAACCAGGUCCCGUACGAAACUUGAAGGUCACUGACAUUUCAAGUGAUAGAUGUACUGUUACUUGGGAUCCUCCAGAAGAUGAUGGUGGUUGUGAAAUACAGAACUACAUCCUGGAAAAAUGUGAAAGCAAGCGUAUGGUUUGGUCUACAUUCUCUUCCUCUGUCCUAACAAACUAUGCCAAAGUGACACGCCUCAUUGAAGGUAAUGAAUAUAUAUUCAGAGUGCGUGCAGAGAAUAAAAUGGGCACUGGUCCACCAACAGAAACACAUCCAAUUAUUGCAAAAACGAAAUAUGAUAGACCUGGACGCCCUGACCCUCCAGAUGUCACAAGAGUCAGCAAAGAAGAGAUGACUGUAGUUUGGAAUCCACCAGAAUAUGAUGGUGGCAAAUCAAUUACAGGAUACAUUUUAGAGAAGAAAGAGAAGCGGUCACUAAGAUGGGUUCCUGUUACUAAAACUCCAAUCCCAGAGAGACGCAAGAAGGUUACUAAUCUCUUCCCCGGUCACGAAUACCAGUUCCGCGUCAGUGCUGAAAAUGAAGUCGGACUUGGAGAACCAAGCUUGCCAUCAAGACCUGUAAUAGCCAAAGACCCAAUAGAACCACCUGGUCCUCCCACAAACUUGAGAGUGGUUGAUAGCACAAAGACUUCCUUAACCCUUGGCUGGGGAAAACCAGUGUACGAUGGUGGUGCUCCGAUUAUUGGAUAUGUUGUAGAAAUGAGACCAAAAGUUGAGGGUGCUGAUCCUGAAGCAGGAUGGAAACGAUGCAAUGUUGCUGCUCAAGUUAUUCAUACAGAAUUCACAGCUACCAGCCUGGAUGAGAAGCAAUUAUAUGAGUUCAGGGUUUCUGCCCAAAACCAGGUUGGCCUUGGCCGACCAGCAGAAUUGAAAGAAGCUGUGUCUCCCAAAGAAAUACUUGAACCUCCUGAGAUUGAGCUGGAUGCCAGCAUGAGAAAGUUAGUCACAGUCAGAGCAGGAUGCCCUAUUAGACUUUUUGCCAUUGUGAGGGGUCGCCCAGCACCAAAAGUCACCUGGAGGAGAAUGGGUAUUGAUAAUGUUAUCAGAAAAGGACAAGUUGAUCUGGUUGACACUAUGGCCUUCUGCGUCAUUCCCGAUUCCACACGUGAUGAUUCUGGCAAAUAUUCAUUGACACUUGUUAAUGCAGCUGGAGAAAAGGCUGUAUUUGUGAACGUCAGAGUUCUGGAUACUCCUGGACCUGUGUCAGACUUCAAGGUUUCAGAUGUCACCAAGAUGUCCUGCCAUCUUUCAUGGGCACCUCCAGAGAAUGAUGGGGGUAGCCCAGUGACUCAUUACAUCCUGCAGAAACGGGAGGCUGACAGGAAGACAUGGGCAACAGUCACAGCAGAACUGAAGAAAACUAGUUUCCAAAUAGCAAACCUUGUGCCUGGAAAUGAAUAUUACUUCAGAGUAACAGCAGUGAAUGAAUAUGGAUCCGGUGUUCCAAGUGACAUACCAAAACCUGUUCUAGCAUCAGAUCCUCUAAGUGAACCUGAUCCACCAAGAAAACUUGAAGUUACUGAAAUUACAAAGAAUAGUGCUACUUUAGGCUGGCUGCCACCACUGCGCGACGGAGGCUCUAAGAUUGACGGAUACAUUGUUAGCUACAAAGAGCACGAUCAACCAGCAGAUCGCUGGAUGGAGUAUUCAGUCGUUAAAGAUCUCUCCAUUGUUGUGGCUGGUCUGAAAGAGGGAAAGAAGUACAACUUCAGAGUGGCAGCUAGAAAUGCUGUAGGAGUAAGUUUGCCAAUAGAAGCUACAGGAGAAUAUGAAAUUAAAGAACAACUCAUCCCACCUAAGAUUCUGAUGCCUGAUCAUGUUCACAUUAAAGCUGGAAAGAAACUGAGAAUUGAAGCUCAUGUAUAUGGGAAGCCUCAGCCAGUCUGUAAAUGGCUGAAGGGAGAUCAAGAUGUAGUUACAUCCAGUCGCCUUGCUGUGCAUAAAGCAGAAAAGUCUUCUGUUCUUAUCAUUAAGGAUGUGACUAGAAAAGAUACUGAUUUUUAUACUCUUACUGCAGAAAAUAGCUCUGGUACUGAUAGUCAGAAAAUCAAAGUGACAGUCAUGGAUAAACCAGGUCCGCCACAGCCUCCAUUUGAAAUUUCUGAAAUAGAUGCUGAUGCUUGCACUCUUUCAUGGCACAUACCUCUUGAAGAUGGUGGCAGCAACAUUACAAACUAUGUAGUUGAGAAAUGUGAUGUGAGCCGAGGAGACUGGGUAACCGCUUUAUCUUCUGUCACAAAGACAAGCUGCAGAAUUGGAAAACUGAUUCCUGGAGAAGAGUAUAUGUUCCGUGUUCGUGCUGAAAAUCGUUUUGGGAUUUCUGAGCCUCUUCCUUCUGACAAGAUGAUCGCAAGAUUCCCAUUUGAUGUUCCCAGUGAACCAAAGAAUGCACGUAUCACCAAGGUCAAUAAGGACUGCAUUUUUGUUGCUUGGGAUAGACCAGAUAGCGAUGGAGGCAGUCCAAUCACUGGGUAUCUCAUUGAGCGCAAAGAAAGGAACAGUUUACUGUGGGUGAAAGCUAACGACACUGCCGUGCGCUCCACGGAAUACCCUUGUGUGGGCCUCAUCGAAGGUCUCGAGUAUACUUUCAGAAUUUAUGCACUGAACAGAGCUGGAGCAAGUAAACCUAGUAAACCAACCGAGUUUGUCACAGCAAGAGCACCAGUUGAUCCCCCUGGAAAACCUGAAGUUAUUGAUGUCACUAAGAGUACUGCAUCACUGGUAUGGACAAGACCAAAGCAUGAUGGUGGUAGCAAACUUAUUGGCUACUUUGUGGAGGCUUGCAAAUUACCUGGUGAUAAGUGGGUUCGGUGCAAUACAACUCCAUAUCAAAUACCCCAGGAAGAGUACACUGUGACUGGUUUGGAAGAAAAUGCUCAGUACCAAUUUAGAGCAAUUGCCAAGACAGCAGUUAACAUUAGUCGACCUUCAGAGCCUUCUGAUCCAGUGACCAUUCAUCCAGAAAAUGUUCCUCCCAGAAUAGAGUUGGAUCUGUCUAUGCAAUCACAGCUUACAGUAAAAGCUGGAUCUAAUGUGCGCCUGGAGGCAAAUGUGUAUGGCAAGCCAAUGCCAGCAAUCACCUGGAAGAAAGAAGGAGAAGUUUUAAAGCCAUCUGAAGGUCUUAAGAUCACCACAAAGAGAAAUCUUGCUACAGUUGAGUUGUUCAGUGUUAACAGGAAGCAAACAGGAGACUAUACUAUCACUGCUGAAAAUGCAAGUGGAUCAAAGUCAGCAACCAUUAGGCUUAAAGUACUUGAUAAGCCUGGCCCACCAGCUUCUGUCAAAGUCAAACAUAUGUAUGCAGAUCGUGCAAUGCUUUCUUGGGAGCCUCCUUUGGAAGAUGGAGGUUCAGAAAUUACUAACUACAUUGUAGACAAGCGUGAAACAAGCAGACCUAACUGGGCCCAAGUCAGUCCCAAUGUACCCAUUACAAGCUGCACUGUGGAGAGACUGAUAGAAGGACAUGAGUAUCAGUUCCGCAUUUGUGCUGAAAACAAAUACGGUGUUGGAGACCCCAUCUUAACUGAACCUGCAGUUGCUAAGAACCCAUAUGAUGUGCCAGGACCUUGUGAUCCACCAGUAAUUAGCAAUGUAACGAAAGACUUUAUGACUGUUAGCUGGAAGCCGCCAGCUAGUGAUGGUGGAUCCCCAAUAACUGGUUAUAUACUUGAGAAGCGUGAAACGAAGGCUCUUAACUGGACAAAAGUAAACAGGAAGCCUGUCAUUGAAAGAACUGUUAAAGCUACUGGACUCCAGGAAGGAACAGAGUAUGAGUUCCGGGUGAUAGCAUUGAAUAAGGCUGGACCUGGCAAGCCUAGCGCACCGUCUAAAGCUGUGUAUGCUCGUGACCCUCAAUAUCCUCCUGGCCCACCUGCUUUCCCAAAAGUGGUUGAUACUACUCGUAAUUCCAUAAGCCUAUCAUGGAGCAAACCAGCAUAUGAUGGGGGAAGCCCUAUCAUUGGUUAUCUAGUGGAAUCAAAACGAGCUGACACAGACAACUGGGUCAGAUGCAAUCUACCCAAGAACUUACAGGCUACACAAUUUGUGGUAACGGGGCUAAUGGAGGAUACAGAGUACCAGUUCCGUGUUUAUGCUGUCAAUAAGAUUGGAUACAGCGAUCCAAGUGAUGUUCCGGAUAAACACACUGCCAAAGACAUUUUAAUUCCACCUGAAGGAGAACUUGAUGCAGAACUAAGGAAAGUCCUUGUGCUGCGUGCUGGAGUCACAAUGAGACUUUACGUGCCAGUAAGAGGACGUCCACCUCCUAAGAUUUCAUGGUCUAAAGUGGGUGCCAACCUAAGAGAUAGACAAGGAUUAGACAUCAAAUCAACUGAUUUUGAUACCUUCCUGCGUUGUGAAAAUGUAAAUAAAUAUGAUGCUGGAAAAUACGUCCUCAGUCUGGAGAACAGCUGCGGCAAAAAGUCGUACACCAUUGUUGUAAAAGUACUUGAUACUCCAGGCCCGCCCAUUAACCUGGUUGUAAAGGACGCAUCCAAAGAUUCUGCCUACAUUACAUGGGAACCUCCUCUGGUAGAUGGGGGAAGUCCAAUCACAAAUUAUGUUGUUGAAAAACGUGAUGCAGAAAGAAAAUCGUGGUCCACAGUGACAACAGAAUGUCCAAAGACAAGCUACAGGAUAACUAACUUAGAAGAAGGCAAAUCUUACUUCUUCAGAGUUUUUGCUGAAAAUGAAUAUGGUAUUGGUGAUCCUUGUGAAACUCGUGACGCUGUCAAAGCUUCUGAAACACCUGGGCCAGUUGUGGAUCUAAAAGCUUCAGCUGUAACAAAAUCCUCAUGCAAUUUGGUAUGGAAGAAGCCUAUCAGUGAUGGUGGAAGCCGAAUUUCUGCAUAUAUUGUUGAGGUCCUGAUUGGUGAAGAUAAAUGGCAAGAAGUCAUGCGGGGAAAGAACCUCCAUUUUUCAAUGAGAGACUUAAAAGAAGGACAAGAAUACACUUUCAGAGUGAGGGCCCAAAAUGAUGCUGGAUAUGGAACUCCAUCAGAGAUCACAAUUGUAGCAAGAGAUGAUGUUGCGGCACCUGAACUUGACUUAAGAGAUCUACCUGAUUUGUGCUAUACUGCUAAAGAGGGUAGCAAUUUCCGUCUUAAAAUCCCUAUGAAAGGCAAGCCUGUCCCAACUGUAACUUGGAAGAAGGAUGAAGACCAGGCAAUUACUGAGAGUGGAAGAGUUGCAUUUGAAUCUACAGCAGUUAACACCACCCUUGUGGUACAUGACUGCCAGAAAGCUGAUGCAGGAAAAUACACAAUAACUCUGAGGAAUGUUGCUGGCAGCAAGGAAGGCACUAUUUUUGUGAAAGUUGUUGGCAAACCUGGCAUACCAACAGGUCCAGUGAAAUUUGAAGAAGUCACAGCUGAUGCCAUAACCUUAAAAUGGGGCCCUCCAAAAGACGAUGGUGGUUCAGAAAUCACGAACUAUGUUCUAGAGAAGAGAGAUAAUGUAAACAAUAAGUGGGUGACUUGUGCCUCUGCUGUCCAGAAAACCACAUUUAGAGUUACAAGACUUCAUGAAGGAAAUGAAUAUACAUUCAGGAUCAGGGCUGAAAAUAAAUACGGAGUAGGGGAAGGUCUUAAAUCAGAGCCUGUCAUUGCAAAACAUCCAUUUGAUGUCCCAGAUGCUCCUCCACCUCCCAAUAUUGUUGCUGUUCGGCAUGAGUCUGUAGCUUUAACUUGGACUGAUCCCAGAAGAACUGGAGGUUCACCAAUCACAGGCUAUCACAUUGAAGUUAAAGAAAGAAAUAGUCUUCUGUGGAAAAGAGCAAAUACAACGCCAAUAAGAAUGAAAGAUUUCAGAGUGACAGGGCUAACUGAAGGUCUGGAGUAUGAAUUCAGAGUAAUGGCAAUCAAUAUGGCUGGAGUAGGUAAACCAAGUCUUCCAUCUGAACCAGUUGUGGCACUUGAUCCUAUUGAUCCGCCUGGGAAGCCUGAAGUUAUCAAUGUAACCAGGAGCUCAGUAACACUCAUUUGGACAGAACCAAAAUAUGAUGGUGGACAUAAAUUAACUGGCUAUAUUGUUGAAAAGCGUGAUUUACCCAAAAAGACUUGGAUGAAAGCUAAUCAUGUGAAUGUUCCAGACUGUGCAUUUACUGUAACUGACCUUACUGAAGGCUGCAAAUACGAAUUCAGAAUUAGAGCAAAGAACACUGCUGGCGCUAUCAGUCCUCCAUCUGAAUCCACUGGAACCAUAAUAUGCAAGGAUGAGUAUGAGGCACCAAGCAUUGUUCUGGAUCCUACUUUGAAGGAAGGUUUAACAGUAAAAGCAGGGGAAACCAUCACACUGUCUGCUAUUAGUAUCCGUGGCAAACCACCUCCAACUUCAGCAUGGUCUAAAGCUGGAAAAGAUUUUAGACCCUCAGAGCUUGUGCACAUUGAAACCAAACCAACUUCUUCUACUCUAAGUGUCAAAUAUGCAGCCAGAAAAGAUUCUGGAGAAUACACCAUCACUGCAACCAAUCCUUUCGGCACUAAGCAGGAGACUGUACAUGUGAAAGUUUUAGAUAUUCCAGGACCUCCAGGGCCUAUUGAGAUCAGCAAUGUUUCAGCAGAAAAAGCGACUCUUACAUGGACACCUCCUGCAGAAGAUGGUGGAUCACCAGUAAAAUCAUAUGUUCUUGAAAAGAGAGAAACUAGUCGACUGCUCUGGACAUUGGUUGCUGAAAAUAUUGAGAGCUGUAGGCAUGUUGUUAGCAAGCUCAUUCAAGGAAAUGAAUAUGUUUUCCGUGUCUCAGCUGUAAAUAAGUAUGGCAAGGGUGAACCAGUACAAUCAGAACCAGUUAAAAUGGUGGAUAGAUUUGGUCCUCCAGGCCCUCCUGGAAAACCAGAAGUAACAAAUGUGACUAAAAAUACUGUCACAGUUACCUGGAAAAGGCCAGUCGAUGAUGGUGGAAGUGAAAUCACAGGUUACCAUGUGGAGCGAAGAGAAAAGAAAGGUUUAAGAUGGGUGAGAGCAACAAAGAAACCAGUUUCAGAUCUUAGAUGCAAAGUAACUGGUCUUCUGGAAGGAAACGAAUACGAAUUCCGUGUCAGCGCAGAAAAUAGAGCUGGAGUCGGACCACCAAGUGACACUUCAAACUCAGUCCUUUGCAAAGAUGUUGCAUACCCACCAGGUCCACCUGCAAAUCCAAGAGUGACUGAUACCACAAAGACAAGUGCAUCUUUAGCCUGGAACAAGCCUCACUAUGAUGGUGGUCUUGAAAUCACUGGCUAUAUAGUAGAGCAUCAAAAAGAAGGAGAAGAUGAAUGGGUGAAAGACACAAUAGGGACUGCUUUAAGAAUCACUCAGUUUGUUGUAGCUCCUCUGCAGACCGGGGCCAAGUAUAAUUUCAGAAUCUCUGCCAUGAAUGCUGCAGGUGUUGGUGAAGCGGCAAUAAUUCCAAGUGUGGAAAUCGUUGACCGAGAAGAGAUUCCUGACUUUGAACUGGAUGCUGAGCUAAGAAGAACACUUGUUGUUAGAGCUGGAUGCACUAUUCGGAUUUUUGUACCAAUUAAAGGACGUCCAACACCAGAAGUUACAUGGACAAAAGAUGAUGUUUCACUCAAAGGACGUGCCAGUAUUGAAAAUACCGACUCUUUUACACUCUUGAUUGUCACAGAGUGCACCAGAUAUGAUGCAGGAAAAUAUGUAAUGACUCUUGAAAAUGCUGCUGGUAAGAAGACUGGCUUUGUAAAUGUAAAAGUCUUGGAUACACCAGGUCCACCAAUAAACCUUAAGCCUAGAGAAAUAACUAAAGACAGCAUCACCCUCCAAUGGGACAUGCCUCUGGUAGAUGGAGGUUCACGUAUAACCAACUACAUAGUUGAGAAACGCGAAUCAACUCGGAAGGCAUAUUCAACAGUCACAACCAACUGCCAGAAGUGUUCCUUCAAGGUUCCUAAUUUGGCGGAGGGGUGUGAAUACUAUUUCAGAGUACUAGCUGAAAAUGAGUAUGGUAUUGGUGAGCCAGCUGAAACUACAGAACCAGUAAAAGCUUCUGAGGCCCCAUCUCCACCUGAGAGCCUUAAUAUUAUGGAUGUAACACGGAAUUCAGUUAGCCUAGCUUGGCCAAAACCAGAACACGAUGGUGGCAGCAAGAUCACUGGGUAUGUAAUUGAAGCACAGAGAAAAGGAACCAACCAGUGGGCACACAUCACCACUGUAAAAACGCUGGAUUGUGUAGUAAAGAAUCUAACUGAAAAUGAAGAGUAUACUUUCCAGGUUAUGGCAGUUAACAGUGCUGGAAGAAGUGCCCCAAGGGAAAGCAGACCAGUUAUUAUCAAGGAGCAAACAAUGCUACCAGAGUUUGACCUCCGUGCUCUUUACCAGAAAACAGUCAUUGCCAAAGCUGGUGACAAUAUCAAGAUUGAAAUCCCUGUACUUGGUCGUCCAAGGCCUACUGUGACUUGGAAGAAAGAAGACCAAAUACUUAAGCAAACACAAAGGGUAAAUUAUGAAAAUACAGCAACUGCAACCAUACUGACCAUCAAUGAAUGUGUUCGAAGUGAUAGUGGUCAAUAUCCACUGUCAGCUAAAAAUAUUGUUGGAGAAGUUAGUGAAGUAAUCACAGUUCAGGUUCAUGACAUACCUGGACCACCUACUGGACCAAUCAAAUUUGAAGAAAUUUCAUGUGAUUUCCUAACAUUCUCAUGGGAGCCUCCUUUGAAUGAUGGUGGUGUACCAAUAAGUAACUACGUUGUAGAAAUGCGUCAGACCGACAGUACCACGUGGACUGAAUUGGCAACUACAGUGAUACGCACUACAUUUAAAGCCAUUCGUCUCACUACUGGAGUUGAGUAUCAGUUCCGCGUUAAAGCUCAAAACAGAUAUGGAGUUGGUCCAGCCAUUACUUCAGAGUCUGUAGUUGCCAACUACCCAUUUAAGGUACCUGGGCCUCCUGGCACUCCUCAGGUGAUUGCAGUCACCAAAGAAACCAUGACCAUUAGCUGGAAUGAGCCAGUUAGUGAUGGUGGAAGCCCAAUACUGGGAUAUCACAUUGAAAGAAAAGAGCGAAACAGCAUUGUUUGGCAGACUGUAAGUAAAAUGUUGGUGUCAGGAAAUAUCUUCAAAUCAUCUGGACUUACCGAUGGCAUUGCAUAUGAAUUCCGUGUUAUAGCAGAAAACCUGGCUGGGAAGAGUAAGCCAAGCAAGCCAUCUGAGCCUGUGUUUGCCCUGGACCCAAUAGAUCCACCUGGUAAGCCGAUACCUCUGAACAUUACAAGACAUGCAGUUACACUGAAGUGGACUAAACCAGAAUAUAAUGGAGGUUUUAAGAUAACUGGCUACACUGUUGAAAAAAGAGACCUUCCUAAUGGCCGUUGGCUGAAGGCUAAUUUCAGCAAUAUACUGGAGACUGAAUUCACUGUAAGUGGUUUAACAGAAGAUGCUGCCUAUGAGUUCCGUGUCAUUGCUAGGAAUGCUGGUGGAGCUGUUAGUCAGCCCUCAGAGCCAUCAGAUGCAAUCACUUGUAGAGAUGACAUUGAAGCACCAAGGAUAAAGGUGGAUGCUAAAUACAAGGACACCAUAGUGCUGAAAGCAGGUGAAGUUUUUAGACUUGAGGCUGAUGUUUCAGGUCGCCCUCCACCAACUAUGACAUGGACAAAGGGAGAAAAAGAACUUGAGGACACAGCAAAAUUAGAAAUAAAAAUAGCAGAUUUCUCUACCACUCUCACCAACAAAGAUUCCUCAAGAAGAGAUGGUGGUGCUUACACACUUACUGCAACAAACCCUGGUGGCUUUGCCAAGCAUAUCUUCAAUGUUAAAGUUCUUGAUAGACCUGGUCCCCCAGAAGGGCCUUUGGCUGUGUCCGAAGUCACUGCAGAAAAAUGUGUGCUGUCAUGGCUACCCCCGCUGGAUGAUGGAGGAGCAAAGAUUGACCAUUAUGUGGUUGAAAAACGUGAAACAAGUAGAUUGGCGUGGACAUCUGUAGGCGCAGAAGUUCCAGUGACUAAACUGAAGGUUACUAAACUGUUGAAGGGCAAUGAGUACGUGUUCCGAGUCAUGGCUGUUAACAAAUACGGAGUUGGUGAGCCUCUGGAAUCAGAGCCCAUUCUUGCAGUAAAUCCAUAUGUUCCACCUGAUCCACCUAAAACACCUGAAGUUACAGCAAUUACAAAGGAUUCUAUGGUUGUCUGUUGGGGCCAUCCUGAUUCUGAUGGUGGGAGCCCAAUAACUAACUAUAUUGUGGAACGUCGAGACAAGACUGGUCUACGGUGGGUGAAAUGUAACAAAAGGGUUGUUACUGACUUACGUUUUAAAGUGUCUGGACUGACAGAAGGCCAUGAAUAUGAAUACAGAGUCAUGGCAGAAAACGCUGCUGGUGUCAGUGAGCCAAGCCCAACCAGUCCAUUCUAUAAAGCCUGUGAUACUGUGUUUAAGCCUGGUCCCCCAGGUAAUCCUCGUGUUUUGGAUAGCAGCAAGUCUUCUAUUACAAUAGCAUGGAACAAACCAAUAUAUGAUGGUGGUUCGGAGAUCACAGGUUACAUGGUUGAGAUUGCUCUACCUGAAGAAGAUGAGUGGAAGAUUGUAACUCCACCAGUGGGUCUAAAGGCCACUUCUUUUACCAUCACUGACUUGAAAGAAAACCAAGAGUAUAAAAUACGGAUAUAUGCUAUGAACUCUGAGGGUCUUGGGGAACCUGCUCUUGUUCCUGGCACUCCAAAAGCUGAAGAAAGAAUGCUACCUCCAGAGAUUGAACUUGACGCAGAGCUACGUAAAGUUGUAACUAUUAGAGCUUGCUGUACUCUGAGACUCUUUGUCCCAAUUAAAGGAAGACCAGCACCUGAAGUUAAAUGGACAAGAGAACAUGGGGAAUCUUUGGAUAGAGCAAGCAUUGAAUCAACAAGCUCCUAUACUUUACUUAUUGUUGAAAAUGUAAAUAGAUUUGAUAGUGGAAAAUACAUACUGACAAUUGAAAACAGCUCAGGUAGUAAAACAGCUUUUGUGAACGUCAGAGUUCUUGAUACUCCAGGGGCACCUCAAGAUUUGAAAAUAAAGGAAGUUACAAAAUCUUCAGUUACACUCACAUGGGAGCCUCCUCUCAUAGAUGGUGGCUCUAAAAUAAAAAAUUACAUCGUUGAAAAGCGUGAAUCAACAAGAAAAGCUUAUUCAACUGUUAAUGCCAAUUGCCACAAGACCAGCUGGAAAGUUGAUUCACUGCAAGAAGGCUGCAACUACUACUUCAGAGUCCUUGCUGAAAAUGAGUAUGGAAUAGGCCUUCCAGUUGAAACUUCAGAAUCCGUAAAAGUGUCAGAAAGACCACUUCCACCAGGGAAAAUAACUUUGUUGGAUGUGACAAGAAAUAGUGUAACCUUAUCUUGGGAAAAACCUGAACAUGAUGGUGGUAGCAGAAUUCUGGGCUAUAUUGUAGAAAUGCAAAGCAAAGGCAGUGAAAAGUGGUCAACCUGUGCUACCGUGAAAGUUACUGAAGCGACCAUCACAGGACUGAUCCAAGGUGAAGAAUAUACCUUCCGUGUUUCAGCUCAGAAUGAGAAAGGUAUCAGUGAUCCUCGCCAGCUGGGUAUACCAGUGGUUGCAAAAGAUCUUGUGAUCCCCCCAGCUUUCAAACUGCUGUUUACCACUUUCAGUGUUCUAGCAGGAGAGGACUUAAAGGUUGAUGUUCCUUUUGUUGGUCGACCCAAACCGGCAGUGUCUUGGCAUAAAGACAAUGUGGCACUGAAGCAGACUACAAGAGUAAACGCAGAAAGCUCAGAAAACAACACAGUGUUAACAAUAAAAGAAGCAUGCAGAGAAGAUGUGGGAUCAUAUUUAGUUAAACUUACAAACUCUGCUGGUGAAGCAACUGAGACACUAAAUAUUGUUGUCCUUGACAAACCAGGACCUCCAACUGGACCAGUAAAAGUAGAUGAAGUCACAGCAGAUAGUAUUACCAUUUCCUGGGAACCACCCAAGUAUGAUGGUGGUAGCUCUAUCAAUAAUUACAUUGUAGAAAGAAGAGACACUUCCACCACGACUUGGCAUAUUGUGUCAGCUACUGUUGCUAGAACAACUAUAAAAGCAUGUCGUUUAAAGACUGGCUGUGAAUAUCAGUUCAGAAUUGCAGCUGAGAACAGAUAUGGGAAGAGUACGUAUCUCACCUCAGAGUCAAUAGUAGCCCAAUACCCAUUUAAAGUUCCUGGUCCACCUGGAACUCCUUUUGUAACAAAUACCACAAAAGACAGCAUGGUGGUACAAUGGCACGAACCAGUCAACGAUGGCGGUAGCAGGAUCAUUGGUUAUCACUUGGAGCGCAAAGAAAGAAACAGCAUUCUGUGGGCUAAACUGAACAAAACACCUCUUCCGGAUACCAAAUUUAAGACAACUGGCCUUGAGGAAGGUCUUGAAUAUGAAUUCAGAGUCUCUGCAGAAAACAUAGUGGGAAUUGGAAAGGCAAGUAGAGCAUCUGAGUGCUAUACUGCGCGUGACCCAUGUGACCCUCCGGGUCGUCCAGAACCUGUAAUUGUCACAAGAAGCUCAGUAACACUCCAGUGGAAGAAACCUAUAUAUGAUGGUGGAAGUAAAAUCACAGGUUAUGUUGUUGAAAAGAAGGAAUUACCUGAUGGCCGUUGGAUGAAAGCAAGCUUUACAAAUGUCAUUGAUACUCAGUUUGAAGUAACUGGUCUAGUUGAAAACCAGAGAUACGAGUUUCGUGUUAUAGCACGAAAUGCUGCAGGUGUUUUCAGUGAACCAUCUGAGAGCUCAGGGGCAAUUACAGCAAGAGAUGAGGUAGAACCACCUCAGAUAAGUAUGGAUCCAAAAUUCAGAGACACUAUUGUAGUGCAUGCUGGUGAGUCAUUCAAGCUUGAUGCUGAUGUUCAUGGCAAACCAAUACCUUCCAUUCAGUGGUUAAAAGGUGAUCGUGAGCUGACAAGCACUGCUCAUAUGGAAAUAAAAACUACUGAUUUUGCAACAAGCCUCAGUGUGAAGGAAGCAACGAGAGUUGACAGUGGGCAGUAUGUACUACUGGCAAAGAAUGUUGCAGGUGAAAAGAAGAUUCCUGUUAAUGUCAAAGUUCUUGAUAGACCUGGACCUCCAGAAGGACCUGUUGAGUUUACAGGUGUUACAGCUGAAAAAUGCACACUGUCAUGGAAACCUCCACUACAAGAUGGUGGUAGUGAUAUUUCACACUACGUUGUAGAAAAAAGAGAAACCAGUCGCUUGGUGUGGACUAUUGUUGACUCAAAUGUGCAAACCCUGAACUGCAAAGUUACAAAACUUCUAGAAGGAAAUGAGUAUGUUUUCCGCAUCAUGGCAGUAAAUAAAUAUGGUGUUGGUGAACCUCUUGAGUCUGACCCAGUAGUCGCAAAGAACCCAUUUGUUGUGCCACUUCCUCCAAAGGCUCCAGAAGUCACAGCAGUUACCAAGGAUUCUAUGAUAGUUGUAUGGGAAAGACCAGCCUCAGAUGGUGGCAGUGAAAUCCUUGGCUACGUCCUUGAAAAACGAGAUAAGGAAGGCAUUCGCUGGACAAGAUGUAACAAACGCCUGAUAAGUGAACUGCGAUACAGAGUGACUGGUCUUAUAGAAAAUCAUGAUUAUGAGUACAGAGUUUCAGCUGAAAAUGCUGCUGGUCUUAGUGAACCAAGUCCACCUUCUACUUACUACAAAGCAUGUGAUCCUAUUUACAAGCCAGGUCCACCCAAUAAUCCUAAAGUUACAGAUGUCACAAGAUCUUCAGUUUUUCUUUCAUGGGGUAAACCUAUAUAUGAUGGUGGCUCUGAAAUUCAGGGAUACAUUGUGGAAAAAUGUGAUGUAAGUGAUGGUGAAUGGUCAAUUUGUACCCCUCCAACUGGAAUUAAGAAUACUCACAUGGAAGUUGAAAAAUUAGUGGAAAAACACGAAUACAAAUUCCGCAUAUGUGCAGUUAAUAAAGUAGGAGUUGGAGAGCAUGCAGAUGUUCCUGGUUCUGUUGUUGUCGAAGAGAAGAUGGAGGCACCAGACCUUGACCUUGACAUGGAAUUAAGGAAGAUUGUAAAUGUGAGAGCAGGAGGUUCCUUAAGACUGUUUGUUCCCAUCAGAGGUCGUCCAACACCUGAAGUAAAAUGGGGUAAAGUGGAAGGUGACAUCAGAGAAGCAGCUAUUAUUGAUACCACUAGUAGCUUUACUUCCCUUGUUCUAGAUAAUGUUAACAGAUUUGAUAGCGGAAAAUAUACUCUGACCUUGGAAAACAGCAGCGGAACAAAGUCUGCAUUUGUCAGUGUAAGAGUACUGGAUACCCCAAGUGCACCUGUUAAUUUAAAAAUCAGAGAGAUCACUAAAGACUCUGUUUCACUUUCAUGGGAGCCUCCUCUCUUGGAUGGUGGAGCAAAAAUAAAGAAUUUCAUUAUUGAAAAGCGUGAAGCAACAAGAAAGGCAUAUGCAGCUGUUGUAACAAACUGCCACAAGACUUCAUGGAAAGUAGAUCAACUUCAGGAGGGCUGCUAUUACUUCUUCAGAAUCUCUGCUGAGAAUGAAUAUGGAAUUGGCCUCCCUGCAGAGACCAGUGACCCAAUUAAAGUUGCUGAAGUUCCACAGCCUCCUGGGAAAAUAACAGUGGAGGAUGUCACAAGAAACAGUGUCUCACUUAGCUGGGCAAAACCUGAACAUGAUGGUGGUAGCAAAAUCAUACAAUAUAUUGUUGAAAUGCAAGCAAAGGGUAGUGAGAAGUGGUCAGAGUGUGCUCGUGUUAAAACACUUGAAGCAGUUGUUACUAAUCUAACUCAAGGGGAAGAAUAUCUUUUCAGAGUAAUGGCUGUCAAUGAAAAGGGUAAGAGUGAUCCUCGAGCACUUGCAGUUCCAAUAGUUGCCAAAGACCUGGUGAUUGAACCUGAUGUAAGACCUGCUUUCCACAGUUACAGUGUUCAGGUGGGACAGGACCUAAAAGUAGAAAUACCAAUUGCAGGUCGACCUAAGCCAACUGUUACCUGGGUUAAAGAUGGCCAGCCAUUGAAGCAGACAACAAGAGUCAAUGUUAGUGAUUCAACUGACCUCACUGUAUUGACCCUUAAGGAAACUAGCAAAGAAGACAGUGGCACUUAUGAAAUCACUGUGGCUAAUGUUGUUGGGCAAAAGUCUGCCUCUGUUCAAAUUAUUACUCUAGACAAACCUGACCCUCCAGUUGGACCUGUGAAGUUUGAUGAAAUAAGUGCAGAAAGUAUUACCCUGUCAUGGAAUCCCCCAGUGUACACAGGCGGCUGCCAAAUCACCAACUAUAUUGUGCACAAGAGAGAUACAACGACCACUGUAUGGGAAACAGUUUCAGCUACUGUUGCAAGAACUACACUGAAGGUGACUAAACUGAAAACUGGUUCAGAAUACCAGUUCAGAAUAUUUGCUGAGAACAGGUAUGGGCAGAGUUUUGCAUUGGAAUCUGCACCGGUUGUAGCACAGUAUCCCUAUAAGGAACCAGGACCUCCUGGGACACCAUUUGUGACAACAGUUACAAAAGACACCAUGGUUGUACAAUGGCACGAACCAGUAAAUGAUGGUGGCAGUAAAGUGUUGGGUUACCAUCUUGAGAGAAAGGAGAAAAACAGCAUCCUAUGGACUAAAGUAAACAAGACUAUCAUUCAGGACACAAGUUUUAAGACAAAUAACCUUGAAGAAGGAAUUGAGUAUGAGUUUCGAGUUUCUGCAGAAAACAUUGUUGGUGUAGGCAGAACAAGUAAAGUUUCUGAGUGCUAUGUAGCUCGAGAUCCAUGUGAUCCUCCAGGUCGCCCAGAAGCUAUAAUAAUAAAAAGAAGCUCUAUUACUCUACAGUGGACCAAACCAGAAUAUGAUGGUGGAAGCAAGGUUACUGGAUAUAUUGUAGAGAAACGUGACUUACCAGAUGGUCGCUGGAUGAAAGCGAGCUUCACAAAUAUCAUUGAAACUCAGUUCACUGUUACAGGACUUACUGAAGACCAAAGAUAUGAAUUUAGAGUAAUUGCAAAGAAUGCUGCAGGUGCAAUAAGCAAACCUUCUGACAGUACAGGACCAAUAACAGCAAGGGAUGAAGUUGAACUUCCACGAAUUUCAAUGGAUCCGAAGUACAAAGACACUAUUGUUGUAAAUGCUGGUGAGACAUUCAGACUUGAGGCUGAUGUUCAUGGAAAGCCACUACCAACCAUUAAGUGGUACAAAGGAGAUAAAGAGCUUGAGGACACUGCUAGAUAUGAAAUAAAGAACACCGAUUUCAGUGCAUUAAUAAUUGUAAAAGAUGCUAUUAGAGUUGAUGGUGGACAGUACAUUCUAGAAGCCUCUAAUGUUGCAGGAACAAAGACAGUAACAGUAAAUGUAAAAGUCUUGGACAGACCAGGACCUCCAGAGGGCCCAGUCCAAGUGACAGGAGUUACAGCUGAAAAAUGUGCACUGGCAUGGGGUCCUCCUCUUCAUGAUGGUGGCAGUGAUAUUUCUCAUUACAUUGUAGAGAAGAGAGAAACUAGUCGCCUGGCGUGGACUGUGGUUGCUUCAGAAGUUUUACCUACAAUGCUGAAAGUAACAAAACUUUUGGAAGGAAAUGAAUACGUCUUCCGUAUCAUGGCAGUUAACAAAUAUGGGGUUGGUGAGCCAUUAGAAUCUGUGCCAGUAAUGAUGAAAAAUCCAUUUGUGGUUCCUGGACCACCAAAGGCCUUGGAAAUUACCAACAUCACGAAGGAUUCUAUGACUGUGUGCUGGACCCGGCCAGACAGUGAUGGAGGUAGUGAAAUCGUAGGUUACAUUGUAGAAAAGCGAGACCGAGCAGGCAUCAGAUGGAUAAAAUGCAAUAAACGCCGCAUUACAGAUUUGCGAUUAAGAGUUACAGGUUUAACAGAAGAUCAUGAAUAUGAAUUCAGAGUUUCUGCUGAAAAUGCUGCUGGAGUUGGGGAGCCAAGCCAAGUUUCUCCCUACUUCAAAGCUUGUGACCCGAUGUUCAAGCCUGGCCCACCUACAAACGCCCAUGUUGUGGAUACCACCAAAAGUUCAGUUACACUCGGUUGGAGUAAACCUAUUUAUGAUGGUGGUUGUGAAAUCCAGGGAUACCUUGUUGAAAUCUGUAAAGCAGAUGAAGAUGAAUGGUCGCUUGUUACUCCACAGAUGGGCAUACGUGCCACUCGAUUUGAGAUCAAAAAGCUUACUGAACAUCAAGAAUACAAACUACGAGUGUGUGCUCUCAACAAAAUCGGUGUGGGAGAGCCUGCAUCAGUUCCUGGUACUAUUAAACCAGAAGACAAACUUGAAGCUCCAGAGCUUGAUAUUGAUUCAGAGCUAAGGAAAGGGAUAGUGGUUAGAGCUGGUGGGUCUGCUAGAAUUCACAUACCAUUCAGGGGACGACCAACACCUGACAUCACAUGGUCCCGAGAAGAAGGUGAAUUCUCAGAAAAAGUUCAGAUUGAUAAAGGCAUAAACUACACACAACUUUCAAUUGACAACUGUGAUAGAAAUGAUGCUGGAAAGUAUAUUCUCAAGCUGGAGAACAGCAGUGGUUCUAAAUCUGCAUUUGUUACAGUGAAAGUCUUGGACACGCCGGGACCCCCACAAAACUUAGUGGUAAAGGAUAUAAAGAAGGAUUCUGCUGUAUUAUCUUGGGAGCCACCGAUUAUUGAUGGUGGUGCAAAGGUCAAGAACUAUGUAAUAGACAAGCGUGAGUCAACCAGGAAGGCAUUUGCAAAUGUAAGUGCUAAGUGUGCCAAGACAAGUUUUAAAGUUGAAAAUCUUACAGAAGGAGCAAUUUAUUACUUCAGAGUUAUGGCUGAAAAUGAAUAUGGAAUUGGUGUUCCAGUUGAAACCAGGGAUGCUAUCAAAGCCUCAGAGCCACCUCUGCCUCCUGGGAAAGUAACACUCACUGAUGUCACUCAGAGAAGUGCAUCACUUACGUGGGAAAAACCUGAACAUGAUGGAGGUAGCAGAAUUUUGGGAUAUCUUGUUGAAAUGUUGCCUAAAGGAACAGAAAAGUGGAGUGUUGUGAGUGAGACCAAAACAUGUAAUGCAGAGGUGUCUGGUUUGAGUCCAGGACAGGAAUAUCAAUUCCGUGUGAUUGCCUACAAUGAAAAAGGCAAAAGUGAUCCCAGAGCACUUGGAAUUCCUGUGAUAGCUAAAGACCUGACUAUUGAGCCAAGUUUCAAACUGAUGUUUAAUACAUACAGUGUACAAGCUGGAGAAGAUCUGAAGGUAGAAGUACCAUUUAUAGGUAGACCCAAACCUACUAUUACUUGGACAAAAGAUGAGCAGCCACUGAAACAGACAACCAGAUUAAAUAUUGAGAAUACUACAACAUCAACUAUUUUACAUAUUAAAGAAAGCAACAGGGAAGACUUUGGUAAAUAUACAGUAACAGCAACAAAUGCAGCAGGUACAGCAACAGAGCACCUGAGCAUAAUUGUACUAGAAAAGCCUGGCCCACCACGAGGACCCGUCCGCUUCGAUGAAAUUAGUGCAGACUUUGUUGUUUUAUCAUGGGAACCACCUGAUUAUACUGGUGGCUGCCAGAUAAGCAACUAUAUAGUAGAAAAGCGUGACACAAGCACUACCACAUGGAACAUUGUGUCAGCAACUGUUGCAAGAACAACCAUCAAAGCAACAAAGCUUAAAACAGGUACUGAAUACCAGUUCAGGAUUUCUGCUGAAAAUAGAUAUGGGAAGAGCUCUCCUUUGGCUUCUAAAUCAGUUGUUGUGCAAUACCCCUACAAGGUGCCUGGACCACCUGGAACCCCAUUUGUUACAGCAUCCUCCAAGGACCACAUGAUUGUACAAUGGCAUGAACCAGUUAACGACGGAGGAAGCAAAAUUCUUGGCUACCAUCUUGAGCGUAAAGAUAAGAACAGCAUUCUUUGGACAAAGCAGAACAAGUCACUUAUUGUGGACACCAAAUAUAAAACAGACGGGCUUGAAGAAGGUCUUGAAUAUGAGUUCAGAGUUUCUGCUGAAAACAUUGUUGGCAUUGGCAAAGUCAGCAAAGUAUCAGAACUGUAUGUUGCCCGAGAUCCUUGUGACCCACCUGGCCGCCCAGAGGCCAUUGUUGUUACAAGAAAUAAUAUCACACUGAAGUGGAAAAAGCCAGAAUAUGAUGGUGGAAGCAAAAUAACUGGUUAUAUUGUAGAAAAGAAAGAACUACCAGACGGUCGCUGGAUGAAAGCCAGCUUUACAAAUGUAUUGGAAACAGAAUUUACAGUAAGUGGUCUUGUUGAAAACCAACGAUAUGAAUUCCGAGUAAUUGCAAGAAAUGCAGCAGGUUGCUUGAGUGAACCAUCUGAAAGUACAGGGCCUAUUACUGCCAGAGAUGAAAUUGAAGCACCAGGAGCUUCAUUGGAUCCUAAAUACAGAGAUGUCAUUGUUGUUCAUGCUGGAGAAACCUUUAUUCUUGAAGCUGAUAUCCAUGGCAAACCUAUUCCUGACAUUACAUGGUCAAAAGAUGGUAAAGACCUUGAAGAAACAACUGCAAGAAUGGAAAUUAAAUCUACCAUUGAGAAAACAAGUCUCACUGUCAAAGACUGUAUAAGAGUAGAUGGAGGUCACUAUACCCUUAACCUCAAAAAUGUUGGUGGCACCAAAUCUAUACCAAUCACUGUGAAAGUGCUUGACAGACCAGGACCUCCAGAAGGACCUUUGAACGUUACAGGUGUCACUGCAGAAAAAUGCUACUUGUCAUGGUCUCCACCUUCACAUGACGGUGGUUCUAGUAUCUCACAUUAUAUCAUUGAGAAGAGAGAGACAAGUAGGCUUUCAUGGACACAAGUAGCAACAGAUGUGCAAGCUCUAAAUCACAAAGUAACCAAACUUCUUCCAGGCAAUGAAUACAUUUUCCGUGUAAUGGCAGUGAAUAAAUAUGGAGUUGGAGAGCCCUUGGAAUCUGAACCAGUUGUGGCUCGUAAUCCAUACAAGCCCCCUGGUCCUCCUUCAACACCUGAAGUUUCAGCAAUCACAAAAGAUUCUAUGGUGGUAACAUGGGGUCGCCCAGAAGACAAUGGAGGAGCUGAAAUUGAAGGUUACAUCCUUGAAAAACGAGACAAGGAUGGUAUCCGGUGGACCAAAUGCAAUAAGAAAAGGCUGACAGACUUGCGAUUCAGAGUAACAGGUCUAACUGAUGGGCAUUUCUAUGAGUUUAGAGUGUCUGCUGAAAAUGCUGCAGGGGUAGGGGAACCCAGUGAGCCAUCCAUUUUCUAUCGUGCUUGUGAUGUAUUAUAUCCACCAGGUCCACCUACCAAUCCAAAGGUUACAGAUACUUCCAGGUCAUCAGUUUCCCUAGCCUGGAGUAAGCCCAUUUAUGAUGGUGGCGCUCCUGUUAAAGGAUAUGUAGUGGAAGUAAAAGAAGCUGCUGCUGAUGAAUGGACUACCUGCACCCCACCAACAGGCCUACAAGCAAAACAGUUCACCGUCACAAAACUGAAGGAGAACCAGGAGUAUAACUUCCGCAUCUGUGCCAUCAACUCAGAAGGAGUAGGAGAACCUGCAACUAUACCUGGUGCAGUCUUAGCAGAGGACAAGACUGAACCUCCUGAAAUUGAACUUGAUGCGGAUCUCAGAAAAGUAGUCACUGUACGUGCUAGUGGUACUUUACGCCUGUUUGUCACCAUCAAAGGAAGACCAGAACCUGAAGUUAAAUGGGAGAAAGCAGAAGGAACAAUUAGUGAGCGAGCUCAGAUUGAAGUCACCAGUUCCUACACAAUGCUGGUCAUUGACAAUGUCAAUAGAUUUGAUAGUGGUAGAUAUAAUCUUACAUUAGAGAACAACAGUGGCAAAAAAUCUGCUUUUGUUAAUGUCAGAGUGCUUGAUACACCUAGUGCACCUCUAAACCUGACAAUCAGAGAAGUGAAAAAAGAUUUUGUAACUUUAGCCUGGGAAGCACCACUUAUUGACGGCGGAGCUAAAAUUACCAACUACGUAGUUGAGAAGCGAGAAUCUACAAGAAAGGCAUAUGCCACAGUUACAAGCAACUGUACUAAGAAUUCCUUCAAGAUUACUCAGCUACAAGAAGGAUGUAGUUAUUAUUUCCGUGUUCUGGCUGUAAAUGAAUAUGGGGCUGGUUUACCAGCAGAAAUUGCUGAUCCAGUUAAGGUGUCUGAACCACCUUCUCCACCUUCAAAGGUCGUUCUUGUUGACGUGACUCGCAAUUCUGCAUCAAUUAAAUGGGAAAAGCCAGAGAGUGAUGGUGGUAGCAAAAUUACUGGUUAUAUAGUAGAAAUGCAGACUAAAGGAAGUGUAAAAUGGAGUGCAUGUACCCAGGUGAAAACACUGGAAGCAACAGUAACAGGCUUAAGUAUGGGGGAAGAGUACAGCUUCAGGGUGAUUGCUGUUAAUGAAAAAGGAAAAAGUGAUCCAAGAGAACUUGGUGUCCCAGUCAUUGCAAAAGAUAUUGAAAUCCAGCCAUCUGUUGAGCUUCUUUUUAACACAUUCACGGUGAAAGCUGGAGAUGAUCUUAAGAUUGACAUUCCAUUCAGAGGGCGACCUCUUCCCACUGUUAGCUGGAAGAAAGAUGGGAAUCCCUUAAAACAGACAACCAGGGUAAAUGUUCAAACAUCAAAGUGUUUAACUUCACUGUCCAUCAAGGAAGCUACAAAUGAAGAUCUGGGACAGUAUGAAUUACAUCUUUCAAAUACUGCUGGAACAACAACAGUUUCUCUAACUGUAGUUGUCCUUGACAGACCAGGGCCACCAACUGAUGUUAAAAUUGAUGAAGUUAGUGCUGAUAGUGUAACUCUGUCUUGGAAACCUCCAGCAUAUGAUGGCGGGUGUCACAUUAGCAAUUACAUUGUGGAGAAAAGAGAUACUACCACAACAACAUGGGAGGUCGUAUCUGCAGCAGUUGCAAGAACAUCAAUUAAAGUAUCUCGGCUUGUCACUGGAUCUGAAUAUCAGUUCCGUGUUUGUGCAGAAAACCGCUAUGGGAAGAGCACUUAUACCAAUUCUCCUUCUGUUGUGGCAGAGUAUCCAUUUAAGCCUCCAGGUCCUCCAGGAACACCUCGUGUGGCACAUGCAACCAAGUCUUUCAUGAUUGUAACUUGGCAGGUACCAGUUAAUGAUGGAGGCAGCGUAGUACUAGGAUACCAUUUGGAGCAUAAAGAAAGAAGCAGCAUUCUUUGGACAAAAGUCAACAAGAGCCUCAUAACUGAUACACAAAUGAAAGUUACAGGUCUUGAUGAAGGACUCAUGUAUGAAUAUCGUGUGUAUGCAGAAAACAUUGCUGGAAUAGGCAAAUGCAGCAAAGCAUGUGAACCAGUUGCUGCAAGAGAUCCAUGUGAUCCUCCUGGUCAACCAGAAGUUACUAAUAUUACAAGAACAUCUGUCUCAUUGAAGUGGACUAAACCAGAAUACGAUGGUGGAGCUAAAGUAACAGGAUAUAUUAUUGAACGCCGAGAACUACCAGAUGGUCGUUGGCUAAAAUGUAAUUUUACUAAUGUGCAAGAAACAUACUUUGAUGUAGGUGGACUUACAGAAGACCAGCGUUACGAAUUCCAUGUGAUUGCAAAGAAUGCUGCUGGACUCUUCAGUCAGCCAUCUGAAUCAACUGGACCUGUGACCGUAAAAGAUGAUGUAGAGGCUCCAAGAAUUAUGAUGGAUGCCAAAUUCAGGGAUGUUGUAGUUGUAAAAGCUGGAGAAGUGUUUAAAGUCAAUGCUGAUGUUGCAGGACGGCCAAUACCCGUGAUUUCAUGGACAAAAGAUGGCAAGGAGCUCGAAGGGAAAGCUAGAGUUGAAAUAGUGUCAACAGAUUUCACUACUGCAAUAACCAUUAAGGACUGUAUCCGAGGGGAUUCAGGACAGUAUGUACUAACAUUACAGAAUGUUGCAGGAACAAAAUCUUUGGCAAUUAAUUGCAAAGUACUUGAUAGACCUGGCCCACCUGCAGGUCCAUUAGAAAUAAAUGGCCUUACUGCUGAAAAGUGCCAUUUGUCAUGGGGACCCCCUCAAGAAAAUGGUGGUGCAGAUAUUGAUCAUUAUAUUGUGGAAAAACGUGAGACCAGCAGAAUUGCAUGGACACUUUGUGAAGGAGAGCUUAAAACAACAUCUUGUAAAGUGACAAAAUUACUCAAAGGUAAUGAAUAUAUUUUCAGAGUCAUGGGAGUUAACAAGUAUGGCGUUGGUGAGCCUCUAGAAAGUGUUGCUGUCAAAGCCCUAGACCCAUUUACAGUUCCAAGCCCACCUACAUCUUUAGAGAUCACCAGUGUGAGCAAAGAUUCGAUAACUCUGUGCUGGGCAAGACCUGAGUCUGAUGGAGGCAGUGAGAUCUCAGGCUAUGUAAUUGAAAGGCGUGAGAAAACCAGCCUAAGAUGGAUUCGUGUAAACAAAAAGCCAGUUUAUGAUUUAAGAGUGAAAUCAUCGGGUCUCCGUGAGGGAUGUGAAUAUGAAUUCCGGGUUUAUGCAGAAAAUGCUGCUGGCCUCAGUCUCCCAAGUGAAACCACACCAUUGAUUAAGGCAGAAGAUCCAAUCUUCUUGCCAUCACCCCCAUCUAAACCUAAGAUUAUGGAUUCUACAAGGUCAAAUAUCACAAUUGGUUGGACAAAGCCACUGUUUGAUGGAGGUGCUCCAGUAACAGGGUACACUGUUGAAUACAAGAAAACUGAUGAAACUGACUGGACAACAGCUAUUCAGAAUUUAAGAGGCACAGAAUAUACCAUAACUGGAUUAACGUCGGGCUCUGAGUAUGUUUUUAGAGUGAAAUCCAUUAACAAAAUGGGUGUCAGUGAACCAAGUGAUGUCUCAGAACCUCAGGUGGCUAAAGAAAGAGAGGAAGAACCUGCCUUUGAAAUCGACAGUGAAAUGCGGAAGACUUUAAUUGUAAAGGCUGGUGGAUCAUUCACAAUGACUGUUCCUUUCAGAGGCAAACCAGUCCCAAAUGUAACAUGGAACAAACCAGACACUGAUCUCCGUACACGUGCAAGCAUUGACACUUCAAGUAAUUGUACAUCUCUUACUAUUGAAAAAGCAACAAGAAAUGAUUCUGGAAAAUAUACAUUAACGUUGCAAAACAUCCUGAACACUACCGCCUUGACUUUAAUGGUCAAAGUUCUUGAUACACCUGGCCCACCAUCUAAUAUUGCAACAAAAGACAUAACUAAAGAAUCUGCUGUGUUAUCUUGGGAUGUUCCUGAAAAUGAUGGUGGAGCACCUGUAAAGAACUAUGUAAUUGAAAAACGAGAAGCUAGCAAAAAGGCGUGGGUCACUGUGACAAACAACUGUCAUCGCCUGUCCUACAAAGUGACUGGUUUGCAAGAAGGUGGCAUUUACUACUUCCGUGUCUCCGGAGAAAAUGAAUAUGGUGUUGGAGUGCCUUCUGAGACCAAAGAGGGAACAAAAAUAACAGAAAAACCCAGCCCACCAGAAAAGCUAGGAGUCACAAACGUCACAAAGGACAGUGUUUCUCUUUCAUGGCUAAAACCAGAACAUGAUGGUGGAAGCAGAAUUAUUAGCUAUCUCCUUGAAGCUCUUGAGAAGGGACAGCAAAAAUGGGUUAAGUGUGCAGUUGUAAAGACAACUCAUCAUGUUGUCCAUGGUCUUAAGGAAAACGUUGACUAUUUCUUCAGGGUAUCUGCCGAAAACCAAGCUGGUUUAAGUGAUCCUAAGGAACUGCUGCUCCCCGUUACAGUUAAAGAACAAUUAGAAUCUCCUGAGAUUGACAUGAAGGGCUUCCCUCAUAACACUGUAUAUGUUCGAGCAGGAUCAAAUCUCAAAGUUGAAAUUCCAGUUUCUGGAAAACCAGUGCCAAAGGUGACGCUGUCUAGAGAUGGUGUUGCACUGAAACCUACCAUGAGAUUUCACACAGAAACCACUGCAGAAAGUCUCAUCAUUAACCUUAAAGAAAGUGUGGCUGCUGAUGCUGGCAGAUAUGACAUUACUGCUGCAAACUCAAGUGGCACCACAAAAUCAUUUGUUAAUAUUGUUGUGCUGGAUAGACCCGGUCCUCCUGUUGGUCCUGUUGUCCUUAGCGAUGUCACUGAAGAGAGUGUAACACUCAGAUGGCAACCACCAGCUUAUGAUGGUGGAAGUCAGGUUACCAACUAUAUCGUACUGAAAAGAGAAACAAGUACUGCUGCUUGGUCUGAAGUGUCUGCCACUGUUGCUAGAACCGUUAUCAAAGUUAUGAGGCUCACAACAGGAGAAGAGUACCAAUUCCGCAUCAAAGCUGAGAACCGCUUUGGCAUCAGCGAUCACAUAGACUCCCAGUGUGUGGUUGUCAAGCUUCCUUACACUACACCGGGCCCUCCUUCUACACCAUGGGUCACUAAUGUUACCCGAGAGAGUAUUACUGUUGGAUGGCAUGAACCAGUCACUAAUGGUGGCAGUGCUAUCACUGGAUAUCACCUGGAAAUGAAAGACAGAAAUAGCAUUUUAUGGCAGAAGGCUAACAAGACCCUUAUUCGUACCACUCAUUUCAAAGUCACCACGAUCAGCGCUGGCCUUAUCUAUGAAUUUAGAGUUUAUGCAGAAAAUGCAGCUGGCAUUGGAAAAGCAAGUCGUCCUUCUGAUCCAGUCCUUGCAAUUGAUGCUUGUGAACCACCAAGAAACGUUCGUGCCUCAGAUAUUUCCAAGACCUCUAUCACUCUCGCCUGGCAGAAGCCAGCAUUUGAUGGCGGUAGCAAAAUCACUGGAUACAUCGUAGAAAAACGUGAUCUUCCAGAUGGCAGAUGGACAAAAGCUAGCUUCACCAAUGUUAUUGAGACUCAGUUCACAGUAUCUGGCCUGACACAGAAUUCCAAGUAUGAAUUCCGGGUCUUUGCAAAGAAUGCUGUCGGUUCCAUCAGUAAUCCCUCAGAUGUUGUGGGUCCUAUCACAUGUGUUGAUACAUAUGGUGCACCUGAAAUCGAUGUGCCACCAGAAUAUACAGAAGUGGUGAAAUACAAAGCAGGAACUUCAGUUAAGCUAAAACUAGGCAUCUCAGGCAAGCCUAUACCCACAAUUGAAUGGUUCAAAAAUGGCAAUGAGGUACUAACCAGUGCACUAGUGUCUUUUGAAAGCACAACAGAAUUUGCUUCUAUACUCAUCAAGGAUGCAAAUCGACUUGACAGUGGCACCUAUGAAUUAAAAUUGAAGAAUGCCAUGGGUUCAGCAUCAGCCCAUAUUAGAGUACAGAUACUUGACAAGCCAGGACCCCCAGGUGGACCUAUACAGUUUAAGACAGUCACUGCUGAAAAGAUUACAAUAAUGUGGGAGCCACCAGCAGAUGAUGGUGGUGCACCUAUAACACACUACGUUGUUGAAAAGCGGGAAACAAGUCGGGUUGUAUGGUCUUUAAUUUCUGAAAAACUGGAGGGAUGCAUCAUAACUACAACAAAACUCAUCAAAGGAAAUGAGUAUGUGUUCCGUGUCCGUGGUGUGAACAAGUUUGGAAUUGGUGAUCCACUGGAAUCUGAGCCCGUUAUAGCCAAAAAUUCAUUUGUCACACCUGGACCACCUAGUACACCAGAAGUCACGAAGAUAACCAAGAAUUCCAUGACUGUUGUCUGGAGUAGGCCCACUGUUGAUGGAGGCAGUGAAAUAUCAGGAUAUUUUCUGGAGAAACGUGACAAGAAGAGUCUGAGUUGGUUCAAGGUCUCUAAAGAAACCAUUCGGGACACCAGACAGAAAGUAACAGGUCUGACUGAAAAUAGCGAAUAUCAUUUCCGAGUUUGUGCCGUCAAUGCAGCUGGACCAGGUCCCUUCUCUGAGGCUUCUGACUUCUACAAAGCUGCAGAUCCUGUUGAUAAGCCAGGCACACCAACAAAGCUGAAAGUUGUGGACACAACCAAGACAUCUGUUACCCUUGGCUGGAUUAAACCUGCCUAUGAUGGAGGAAGUCCAAUUACCCACUAUGUGGUGGAGAAGAGGGAAGGUGAAGAGCAAGAAUGGACUGUAGUCAGUACCAAGGGAGAAGUGAGAACAACUGAAUAUGUUGUAUCCCACCUUCAGCCAAGUGUUAAUUACUAUUUCCGUGUAUCUGCUAUGAAUUGUGCUGGACAAGGAGAGCCUAUUGAAAUGAUGGAACCCGUUCAAGCUAAAGAUAUUCUUGUGGCACCAGAGAUUGAUCUGGAUGUUGCUCUUCGGACAUCUAUUGUUGCUAAAGCAGGCGAAGAUGUGGAAAUAACGAUUCCAUUCAAGGGAAGACCUCCGCCAACAGUCACAUGGAGAAAGGGGGACAAGAAUCUUGGUACUGAUGAAAGAUAUAUCAUCCAAAACACAGACUCAUCUACACUACUUGUUAUUCCUCAAGUUACACGAAAUGAUACAGGAAAAUAUGUUCUUACAAUUGAAAAUGGAGUUGGAGAAGCAAAAUCAUCAUUUGUGAAUGUAAAAGUACUUGACACACCUUCUGCAUGCCAGAAGCUGCAGCUCAAGCAUGUUUCUCGUGGCACAGUUACACUGGUCUGGGAGCCACCUCUCAUCAAUGGUGGUUCUGAAAUAACAAAUUAUGUUGUUGAAAGAAGAGAUGCUACAAAGAGGGCCUGGUCAACUGUUACAACAAAAUGUUCUCAUACCACCUUUAAACUGACUAACCUGUCAGAAAAGACUGCAUUCUUUUUCCGUGUUCUUGCUGAAAAUGAAAUUGGUCUAGGUGAACCUUGUGAGACCACUGAACCAGUGAAAGCUGCUGACGUACCUGGACCUGUAAAAGACCUAGCCAUGAAAGACUCUACAAAGAGUUCUGUUAAAUUGCAGUGGAGCAAACCUGACUAUGAUGGUGGUAGCAUUAUAUCAGACUAUGUUAUUGAAAAGAAACUUCAGGAAGAGAAAGAAUGGACAUAUGCAGGCACAAGCAAGAGCUGUGAAUUUGUAGCUGACAAACUUAAAGAGCUCUCUGUCAUGGAAUUCAGAGUCUUUGCUAAAAACGAAAAAGGCAUGAGUGACUCUGUUACUGUUGGACCCAUUACUGUGAAAGAACUUAUUAUAACACCUGAGGCUGACCUUUCUGAUAUUCCUGGAGGUCAGAUUGCAGUAAGAAUUGGACAUAAUCUGCACGUUGAAUUGCCCUAUAAAGGUAAACCUAAUCCAUCAAUGAGCUGGCUCAAGGACAACCUCCCUCUUAAAGAAACAGAACAUCUUCGUUUCAAGAAAACUGAAAACAAGAUAAGUUUAAGUAUCAAGAAUGUGAAAAAGGAGCAUGGUGGCAAAUAUACUUUAAUUCUUGAUAAUGUAGUCUGCAGAAAGUCAUUCACAAUCACUGUAAUCACUCUUGGUCCUCCAUCUAAGCCAAAAGCACCUUUAAGAAUAGAUGAAAUCAAAGCAGAUAGUGUAGUUUUGUCAUGGGAGGCUCCUGAUGAUGAUGGGGGAGGAGAAAUUACUGGCUACAGCAUUGAGAAGAGAGAAACAUCACAAAUGAAUUGGAAGCUGGUGUGUUCAAGUGCUGCAAGAACAACCUUCAAAGUACCAAACCUUGUUAAAGAUACUGAAUAUCAGUUUAGAGUUCGUGCAGAAAACAGAUACGGAGUGAGCCCACCUCUUGUCUCAGCGGAUGUUGUGGCAAAGCACCAGUUUAAACCACCAGGUGCCCCAGGCAAGCCUGUUGUAUACAACGUAACUGCUGAUGGAAUGAGCAUUUCUUGGGACGCUCCCGUUUAUGAUGGCGGUUCGGAGAUUAUGGGAUACCAUGUUGAAAAGAAGGAAAGAAACAGUAUUUUGUGGCAGAAGGUUAAUGUUGCAUUAAUAUCUAACAGAGAAUACAGGAUUACUGGACUGCUUGAGGGCCUGGAUUACCAGUUCCAAGUAUAUGCUGAAAACGCUGCAGGUCUAAGCCGAGCUAGUGAGCCAAGCAAAUAUACUUUGGCAGUCUCUCCAGUGGACCCACCUGGUACUCCUGAUUACAUUGAUGUCACUAGGGAGACCAUCACCCUGAAAUGGAACCCCCCUCUGCGUGACGGAGGCAGUAAGAUUGUGGCUUACAGCAUUGAGAAGCGGCAAGGAAGUGCAGACCGUUGGCUCAGGUGUAACUUUACUGAUGUCAGUGAGUGCCAGUACACAGUCACGGGGCUCAGUCCAGGUGACCGGUAUGAAUUCAGAGUGCUCGCAAGAAAUGCUGUUGGUACCAUCAGCCCACCUUCACAGUCUUCAGGCUAUAUCAUGACCAGAGAUGAAAAUGUUGCUCCAACAAUUGAAUUUGGUGCUGAACACUUCGAAGGCGUUACUGUUAAAGCUGGAGAGAGCAUUAGACUUAAAGCUCUAAUCAGAGGACGUCCAGUACCUAAAGUGACAUGGUUUAAGGAUGGUAAAGAGAUUGAUAAAAUGAUGAGUAUAGAAAUAACUACAGCUAUUGGACAUAGUACAAUCUUCAUUAGAGAUGCUGUCCGGGAACAUCGUGGAGUCUACACAGUAGAAGCCAAAAAUGCAUCAGGCACUAAACGAGAAGAUAUUACCAUCAGAGUACAAGACACACCAGGAAAAGUUGGUGGACCAAUACGAUUCACAAACAUCACUGGAGAAAAAGUCACAUUAUGGUGGGAGCCUCCAGCUAAUGAUGGCUGUGCUUCUAUUUCUCACUACAUAAUUGAAAAACGUGAAACCAGCAGGAUUGCUUGGGCAUUAGUUGAAGAUAAAUGUGAAGCUUGCAGCUAUACAGCACUUAAAUUAAUUAAGGGCAAUGAGUAUCAGUUCCGUGUCUCUGCAGUGAACAAAUUUGGAGUUGGCAGACCAUUGGAGUCUGAUCCAGUUAUCGCACAAAUACCUUACACUCUCCCUGAUGCACCAGGAACUCCAGAGCCUACCCAUGUAACAGGAGACAGUAUCACACUCACAUGGGCAAGACCAGAGUCAGAUGGUGGAAGCGAGAUAAAUGAGUACAUUCUUGAAAGGAGAGAAAAGAAGAGCAUGCGCUGGGUUAAAGUAUCCAGCAAGAGGCCCAUUACUGAGAACAGAUACAGAGUAACUGGCCUUAUUGAAGGCAAUGAGUAUGAGUUCCAUGUCAUGGCUGAAAACGCUGCAGGGGUUGGACCUCCAAGCGACGUUUCGAAGCUGAUUAAAUGCAGAGAACCAGUCAGCCCGCCAAGUGCUCCUAAUGUUGUCAAGGUGACAGACACAUCAAAAACUAGUGUAAGCUUAGAGUGGACAAAGCCAGUUUUUGAUGGAGGCAUGGAAAUAAUUGGGUACAUCAUUGAGAUGUGCAAGGCUGAUCUUGAAGCAUGGCAGAAAGUCAAUGCAGAGACUGUUAUUGCUACUAAAUAUACUGUUGUUGAUUUGGAGGCAGGAGAACACUAUAAAUUCAGAGUUAGUGCUGUCAAUGGUGCUGGCAGAGGAGAAAGUUGCGAAGUUCCUGCUUCAGUCCAAACUGUGGACAGGCUUUCUGCACCUGAACUUGACAUUGAUGCAAACUUCAAGCAGACUCAUAUUGUAAGAGCAGGUGCAAGCAUUCGUCUGUUUAUUGCUUUCUCUGGAAGGCCAGUUCCUACUGCGGUGUGGUCCAAAGCAGAUGCUAAUCUUAGUUUGCGUGCUGACAUUCAAACAACUGAUUCAUUCAGCACUUUGACUGUAGAGGAAUGCAAUAGAAAUGAUGCUGGCAAGUAUGUCUUUACUGUGGAAAACAACAGUGGAAGCAAGUCUAUUACAUUUACUGUCAAGGUUUUGGACACACCUGGUCCACCAGGUCCUAUUACCUUUAAAGAUGUGACUCGAACAUCUAUUACUUUAAUGUGGGAUGCUCCUGUUCUGGACGGAGGUUCUCGUAUCCACCACUAUGUUGUGGAAAAACGUGAAGCAAGUCGUCGUAGCUGGCAAGUAGUGAGUUCAAAAUGCACUCGGCAAAUCUUUAAGGUCACAGAUCUAGCAGAAGGUAUGCCGUAUUACUACCGAGUAUCAGCAGAAAAUGAAUAUGGUGUAGGUGAACCCUGUGAAUUAACAGAACCAGUUGUGGCCACAGAAGAACCUGCUCCACCUAAGAGACUAGAUAUUGUUGAUACAACCAAAUCUUCUGUAGUUUUAGCUUGGCUUAAACCUGAUCAUGAUGGUGGUAGCCGUAUUACUGGAUACCUUCUUGAAAUGAGACAAAAAGGAUCUGACUCCUGGACUGGAGCUGGACAAACCAAGCAACUUACUUUCACCAUUGAAGGCCUUGUGGAGAACACAGAAUAUGAGUUCCGGGUGAAGGCAAAGAAUGAUGCUGGCUACAGUGAGCCAAGAGAAGCUUUCUCUUCUGUUAUUGUUAAGGAGCCACAGAUUGAACCAACAGCAGAUCUCAGCGACAUAAGCAGACAGCUUAUAACAUGCAAGGCUGGAAGCACCUUUACUAUUGAUAUACCAAUCAGUGGGCGCCCAGCUCCAAAAGUGACUUGGAAACUUGAGGAGAUGAGGCUGAAGGAAACUGAAAGAGUGACCAUCAAGACAACAAAAGACCGAACCACGCUGACUGUAAAAGACAGUAUGAGAGGUGACUCUGGUAAAUACUACCUUACACUUGAGAACACUGCUGGUGUGAAAACGUUUACUGUCACAGUGGUAGUCAUAGGAAGGCCAGGUCCUGUCACAGGCCCAAUUGAAAUAUCGUCUGUAUCUGCUGAGUCCUGUGUGUUGACCUGGAAAGAACCUGAAGAUGAUGGUGGCAGUGACAUUACAAACUACAUUGUAGAGAAACGUGAAUCUGGCACAACAGCAUGGCAGCUGGUGAACUCCAGUGUGAAACGCACACAGAUCAAAGUCAGUCAUCUCACAAAAUAUCAAGAGUACAGUUUCCGAGUGAGCUCAGAAAAUAGAUUUGGUGUCAGCAAGCCAGUUGAAUCAAAAACAGUAGUUGCUGAGCAUCCAUUUGUCCCACCAAGCCCACCCUCAAGGCCAGAAGUCUAUUCUGUGUCUGCAAGUGCCAUGGCCAUUCGCUGGGAGGAACCCUAUCAUGAUGGCGGCAGCAAAGUCAUUGGAUAUUGGGUGGAAAAGAAGGAGCGCAACACCAUCCUUUGGGUGAAGGAGAACAAAGUACCAUGCUGUGACUGCAACUAUAAAGUCACAGGGUUGGUGGAAGGCCUAGAAUAUCAAUUCAGAACCUAUGCUCUAAAUGCUGCAGGUGUUAGCAAAGCUAGUGAAGCUUCCAGACCUGUAGUGGCUCAAAAUCCAGUUGAUCCACCAGGAAGACCAGAAGUAACAGAUGUCACCAGAUCUACAGUGUCACUGAGCUGGUCACCUCCACUUUAUGAUGGUGGAAGCAAAAUAAUCGGAUAUAUUGUUGAGCGCAAACCAUAUAACGAAUCUGGUGAUGGACGUUGGCUGAAAUGCAAUUAUACCAUUGUCUCAGAAAACUUUUUUACUGUGACAGCUCUUAGUGAAGAUGAAGCCUAUGAAUUCCGUGUACUAGCAAAGAAUGCUGCUGGUGUGAUUAGCAAAGGAUCUGAAUCAACUGGUGCUGUCAUUUGCAAAGAUGAAUACACACCACCAAAGGCUGAACUUGAUGCCAGACUGCAGGGAGAAGUUCUGAGCAUUAGGGCUGGAUCAGAUCUUGUUCUUGAUGCAGCCGUUGGUGGAAAACCAGAACCAAAAGUCUUCUGGUCCAAAGGUGACAGGGAACUGGAGCUAUGUGAAAAGAUAUCUCUGCAAUAUACCAGCAAACGAGCUAUUGCAAUUAUCAAGUUCUGUGACAGAAGUGAUAGUGGAAAAUAUACCCUGACAGUUAAAAAUGCCAGUGGGAUGAAACAAAUUUCUGUUGUUGUCAAAGUGCUUGAUUCACCAGGUCCAUGUGCAGGCAAAAUCACAGUUAGCAGAGUAACAGAGGAGAAAUGUACUCUGGCAUGGAACAUUCCUGAGGAAGAUGGAGGUGCAGAAAUCACUCACUACAUCAUAGAAAGGCGUGAAACCAGCAGACUUCAUUGGGUUAUUGUUGAGGCUGAAUGCCAGACUUUAUCAACUGUGGUAACAAAACUUAUUAAAAAUAAUGAAUACAUUUUCCGUGUGAGAGCUGUCAACAAAUAUGGACCAGGUGUUCCACUUGAAUCAGAAACUGUGAUUGCCAGGAAUGCUUUCACUAUUCCAACACAGCCUGGUGCUCCUGAAGAAGUGACCGUUGGCAAGGAGCAUAUCAUUAUUCAGUGGUCGAAACCAGAAUCGGAUGGUGGCAGUGAGAUUAAGGACUAUCUUGUGGACAAACGAGAAAGGAAGAGUCUGCGCUGGACACGAGUGAAUAGAGAUUAUACCAUUUAUGACACCAGACUGAAAGUCACUGGUCUCAUGGAAGGGGGCCAGUACCAGUUCCGUGUCACUGCAGUGAAUGCUGCUGGAAACAGUGAACCUAGCGAAGCUUCACAAUACAUAUUAUGUAAAGAACCAUCAUACACUCCUGCAUCACCUUCAGUUCCAAGAGUUGUGGAUACUACAAUGCACAGCAUCAGUUUAGCAUGGUCAAAGCCCACAUAUGAUGGUGGUGCUGACCUCUUAGGCUACGUUCUUGAAAUGAAAGAAGAAGGUAGUGAACAGUGGUAUCGAGCACAUACAGCCGCCACUCUGAGGAAUGCUGAGUUCACCGUGACUGGUCUUAAAACAAACCAGAAAUACCAAUUCCGAGUUGCUGCAACAAAUGUGAAUGGUAUGAGUGAAUUUAGUGAAUCAUCAGCAGAAAUAGAACCUGUGGAAAGAAUAGAAACACCUGAACUUGAGCUUGCUGAUGAUCUGAAGAAGACAGUUACAGUCAGAGCUGGUGGUUCCCUGCGCCUAAUGGUCUCUGUAUCUGGCAGACCUGCUCCUGUAAUCACAUGGAGCAAGCAGGGUGUUGACCUUGUGAGUCGAGGCAUUAUUGAUACUACAGACAGCUACACUCUGCUUAUUGUGGAUAAAGUUAAUCGGUAUGAUGCUGGAAAAUACAUCAUUGAGGCUGAAAAUCAAUCAGGAAAAAAAUCUGCAACUAUUUCUGUGAAAGUGUAUGACACACCUGGUCCACCACCUGCAGUGAGAGUUAAGGAAGUAUCAAAAGAUUCUGUGACACUUACUUGGGACAUUCCAGUCAUUGAUGGUGGAGCCCCAGUCAACAAUUACAUAAUUGAGAAACGUGAAGCUUCCAUGAGAGCUUACAAGACAGUCACUACCAAAUGCAGCAAGACAUUUUACAGAGUUGCUGGACUUCUGGAAGGAGCUUUGUAUUAUUUCAGAGUACUACCAGAAAAUAUUUACGGCAUUGGUGAAGGCUGUGAAACAUCUGAUGCAGUACUGGUAUCUGAUGUCCCCAUGGUACCACAAAAACUUGAAGUGAUUGACACCACUAAAUCAACUGUUACACUUGCCUGGGAGAAGCCACUGCAUGAUGGUGGCAGCAGAUUGACUGGCUAUGUCAUCGAGGCCAGCAAAGCUGGAACAGAAAGAUGGUUGAAGGUAGUGACAUUGAAGCCUACUGUGUUCGAGCAUACCAUUAUCUCUCUCAAUGAAGGUGAACAGUACUUGUUCAGGGUCAGAGCACAGAAUCAGAAGGGCGUGUCAGAACCACGUGAGAUUGUCACAGCAGUGACAGUUCAAGACCGAAAAGUUCUACCAACAAUUGACUUCAGUGGAAUACCUCAGAAGACAAUCCAUGUACCUGCUGGCAAGCCCAUUGAAUUAGCCAUUCCAAUUGAAGGACGACCACCUCCAACUGCAUCUUGGUUCUUUGCUGGUUCUAAACUAAAAGAAUCAGAACGCAUCAAAAUGGAGACUUCUGCCAAAAUGGCCAAACUAACUGUGCGUGAGACCACCAUACAUGACACAGGGGAGUAUACACUUGAACUGAAGAACACAACUGGAACAGUUACUGAUGCAGUAAAGGUUAUAAUCCUUGACAAGCCUGGACCUCCUAUUGGACCUAUCAGAAUUGAUGAAAUUGAUGCAAAUUAUGUGACCAUCUCAUGGGAGCCUCCUGAGCUGGAUGGUGGAGCUGCCCUUAGUGGUUAUGUGGUAGAACAGCGUGAUGCUCACCGUCCUGGAUGGCUGCCAGUUUCAGAAUCAGUAACCAGGACAACAUUUAAGUUCACCAGACUUGUUGAAGGUGCAGAAUAUGUGUUCCGUGUAGCUGCUACAAACCGCUUUGGAAUUGGAUCUUACCUGCAGUCUGAAAUUAUAGAAUGCAAGAGCAGAAUCCGUAUUCCUGGUCCUCCUGGCACUCCAGAAGUGUUUGAUAUCUCUCGAGAUGGCAUGACAUUGACUUGGUAUCCUCCAGAAGAUGAUGGUGACUCGCAGAUUACUGGUUAUAUUGUGGAACGCAAAGAAGUUAGAGCAGAUAGAUGGAUCCGUGCAAAUAAAGUUCCAGUCACCAUGACUCGUUACCGUUCCACUGGGUUGGUUGAAGGAUUGGAAUAUGAGCACCGGGUCACAGCAAUCAAUGCCAGAGGCACUGGGAAACCCAGCCGUCCUUCCAAGUCUGCUGUUGCCAGAGAUCCAAUUGCUCCUCCAGGUAAACCUCAGAAUCCAAGAGUCACUGAUACUACAAGAACAUCUGUCUCCCUGGCUUGGAGUCCUCCAGAAGAUGAAGGUGGUUCUAAAGUUACUGGCUACUUAAUUGAGAUGCAGAAGGUUGAUCAAUUUGAAUGGACCAAAUGCAAUACUACACCAACCAAGAUUCGGGAAUACACCUUGACACAUCUUCCUCAAGGUGCAGAGUACAGAUUCCGAGUGCUAGCCUGUAAUGCUGGCGGGCCAGGAGAACCUGCUGAAGUGCCAGGAACAGUCAAAAUUACAGAAAUGCUUGAAUAUCCUGACUAUGAACUUGAUGAAAAAUACCAAGAAGGUCUCAUGGUGAGACAAGGAGGAGUAAUCAGGCUUACAAUACCCAUUAAGGGUAAGCCCAUCCCAGUAUGCAAAUGGACAAAAGAAGGACAGGACGUCAGCAAGAGGGCCAUGAUUGCGACUUCUGAGACUCACACAGAACUUGUGAUCAAAGAUGCAGAAAGAGAAGAUUCGGGCACCUAUGAUUUGGUCCUGGAAAACAAGUGCGGCAAAAAAGCCGUGUACAUUAAAGUCAGAGUGAUUGGCAUUCCAAAUCCACCAGAAGGACCACUUGAGUAUGAUGAUAUACAAGCUCGUUCUGUCAGAGUGAGCUGGAGACCUCCUACAGAUGAUGGUGGUGCAGAUAUCCUGGGUUAUAUUGUUGAGAGAAGAGAAGUACCGAAGACUGCCUGGUACACUGUUGACUCUAGAGUGAAAGGGACAUCACUAGUGGUGAAAGGACUCAAAGAAAAUGUGGAAUAUCACUUCCGUGUUUCUGCUGAAAACCAUUUUGGUAUUAGCAAAUCUCUCAAAUCUGAAGAACCAGCAGUACCAAAGACACCUCUAAAUCCGCCAGAGCCUCCAAACAACCCACCUGAAGUCCUUGAUGUUACAAAGAGUUCUGUCAACUUGUCCUGGUCCAGACCUAAAGAUGAUGGUGGUUCUCGUGUAACUGGCUACUAUAUUGAACGGAAAGAGACGUCUACAGAAAAAUGGGUCCGGCAUAAUAAGACACAGAUUACCACUACAAUGUACACAGUCACAGGACUUGUUCCAGAUGCUGAAUAUCAAUUCCGUGUCAUUGCUCAAAAUGACAUUGGUGAAAGUGAAGCAAGUCCUGCUUCUGAACCAGUUGUAUGCAAGGAUCCAUUCGACAAACCAAGCCAACCUGGAGAAAUUGAGAUCACUUCUAUCUUCAAGGACAGCAUUACAUUAGAAUGGGAACGACCUGAAAGUGAUGGUGGCAAAGAGAUCCUUGGCUAUUGGGUUGAAUAUCGCCAGUCUGGAGAAAGCACCUGGAAAAAAUGCAAUAAGGAACGGAUCAAGGACAGGCAGUUUACAGUAGGAGGUUUACUAGAGGCCACAGAAUAUGAGUUCCGUGUUUUUGCAGAAAAUCAGACUGGCCUCAGCAGACCUCGAAGGACUGCGAUGGCAGUGAAAACUAAAUUAACAUCUGGAGAAGCACCUGCCAUUAAAAAAGAAAUGCAGGAUGUUACAACUAAACUGGGUGAGGCAGCUCAGCUGACAUGCCAGAUUGUUGGGAGACCUUUGCCUGAUAUUAAAUGGUACCGCUUUGGCAAAGAGCUGGUACAAAGCAGAAAAUACAAAAUGUCGUCUGAUGGACGCAAUCAUACGCUGACAGUAAUGACAGAUGAACAGGAGGAUGAAGGUCUCUACACUUGUAUGGCUACCAAUGAUGUUGGAGAAAUUGAAACUAGUGGCAAGCUAUUAUUGCAGGCUCCUCCUCAGUUCCACCCUGGCUUCCCAUUGAAAGAGAAAUACUAUGCAGGUGCAGGUGGCACCCUCCGCCUUCAUGUUGUGUAUAUUGGCCGGCCAGUACCAGCAAUAACUUGGUUCCAUGGCAACAAGCCUUUGAGAGGAUCAGAAACAAUUACUAUUGAGAACACAGAACAGUAUACUCAUCUUGCUAUUAAGAAUGUCCAGCACAAGACUCACGCUGGGAAGUACAAAGUACAACUCAGUAACACAUUUGGAACAGUUGACACUGUACUUAAUGUGGAAAUACAAGAUAAACCAGAUAAACCAGUAGGACCAAUUGUUAUAGAGUCUAUACUGAAGAAUUCUGUGGUGAUAAGCUGGAAACCACCAGAAGAUGAUGGAGGUGUUAUGAUAACCAAUUACAUCAUAGAGAAACGUGAAGCCAAGGAAGGAGCAGAAUGGCAACUUGUGUCUUCAAGUAUUUCAGGCACAACCUGUAGAAUUGUUAACCUAACUGAAAAUGCAGGCUAUUAUUUCCGUGUUUCUGCUCAGAAUAUGUACGGCAUUAGUGAAGCACUGGAGGUCUCAUCAAUAGUUUUUAUAAAGCCUCCAUUCGAUAAACCAGGACAACCUGGCCAGCCAGUAGCAAGUGCUGUCACAAAGGAUUCUUGCGUUGUCUCAUGGAAACCACCUGCAAGUGAUGGUGGUGCAAAGAUUAGAACUUACUAUCUUGAGAAGCGUGAGAAAAAACAAAACAAGUGGAUUUCUGUAACAACAGAUGAAAUUCGUGAAACAGUCUACUCUGUGAAAGAUCUUAUUGAAGGUCUUGAAUACGAGUUCCGUGUAAAAUGUGAAAAUCUUGGUGGUGAAAGUGAGUGGAGUGAGGUAUCCGAACCAGUCAUUCCAAAAUCUGAUGUACCAAUUAAAGCUCCACAUUUCAAGGAAGAACUAAGGAAUCUGAAUGUGAAAUUUCAAGCUAAUGCCACAUUUGUCUGCAAAGUCACUGGCCAUCCUAAGCCAAUUGUCAAGUGGUACAGACAGGGCAAAGAAAUCAUGCCAGAUGGGGAAAAGAUCAAGAUACAGGAAUUCAAGGGAGGAUAUUACCAGCUGGUCAUCACGAAUGUAACAGAUGAUGAUGCCACAGUAUAUCAAGUUAGAGCUACCAACCAAGGUGGAUCUGUGUCUGGCACUGCCUCUCUGGAUGUUGAAGUUCCUGCAAAGAUUCAUUUGCCCAAAAACUUGGAAGGCAUGGGAGCUGUUCACGCUCUCCGAGGGGAAGUGGUGAGCAUCAAGAUUCCAUUCAGUGGCAAGCCACCCCCUGUGAUCACAUGGCAGAAGGGACAAGAUCUCAUCGAUACUAAUGGACACUACCAAGUCAUUGUUACACGGUCAUUCACAUCUCUUGUUUUCCCAAAUGGUGUUGACAGAAAAGAUGCAGGGUUUUACAUUGUUUGUGCCAAAAACAGAUUUGGAAUUGAUCAAAAAACAGUUGAAUUAGAUGUGGCUGAUGUGCCUGAUCCACCAAGAGGUUUGAAGGUAACUGACAUUUCAAGGGAUUCAGUCAACUUAACCUGGAAUGAACCAGCUACUGAUGGUGGAAGCAGGAUCAUAAACUACAUUGUUGAGAAACGUGCUACAACAGCAGAGCGAUGGAUUCGUGUUGCACAAGCUCGUGAUACACGAUACACAGUGGUGAACCUAUUUGGCAAGACCACCUACCAGUUCCGUGUAAUUGCAGAGAACAAGUUUGGCCAAAGUCAGCCUUCUGAACCUACUGAUCCAAUUGUAACAAAGGAAGAUAAGACCAGAGUAUUGAACUAUGAUGAAGAAGUUGAUGAAACCAGAGAAAUUACGGCAGCUAAAGCAGGUCACUAUUCUACAAAGGAGCUCUAUGACAAAUACAUGAUUGCAGAAGAGCUUGGACGUGGGCAGUUUGGCAUUGCGCACCGCUGUGUUGAGGCAGCUUCAAAAAAGACUUACCUAGCCAAAUUUGUCAAAGUAAAGGGUGCAGACCAAGUUUUGGUAAAGAAAGAAAUUUCCAUCCUAAACAUUGCUAGGCACCGAAAUAUCCUGUAUCUUCAUGAGUCAUUUGAGAGCCUAGAAGAGUUGGUCAUGAUCUUUGAAUUCAUUUCUGGCGUUGACAUCUUUGAAAGAAUUAGCACAGCUUCAUUUGAACUUAAUGAAAGAGAAAUAGUAAAUUACGUACGCCAGGUCUGUGAUGCACUAGAAUUUUUACAUCGUCAUAGCAUUGGACAUUUUGAUAUUAAACCAGACAAUAUUAUUUACUUCACAAGAAGAAGCUCUGUAAUUAAAAUUGUUGAAUUUGGUCAGGCCAGACAGUUGAGGCCUGGAGACAGCUUUAGACUCCAGUUCACUUCUCCUGAAUAUUAUGCACCUGAAGUACAUCACCAUGACUUGGUCAGCACAGCUACGGACAUGUGGUCAGUUGGUGCUCUAACAUACAUACUUCUCAGUGGCCUUAACCCUUUCAUUGCUGAAACAAACCAACAAGUUAUUGAAAAUAUUCUAAAUGCUGAAUACAGCUUUGAGGAUGAAGCAUUCAAAGACAUAAGCAUCGAAGCCAUGGACUUCAUUGAUCGCCUACUAGUAAAGGAAAGAAAAUCUAGGAUGACAGCUGCUGAAGCGCUUAAUCAUGUGUGGCUAAAACAGCAGACAGAAAAGACCAGCACCAAAACUAUUAAGACCUUAAGGCACAGGCGUUACUAUCAAACUCUAGUAAAGAAGGAGUGGAACACAGUUGUGUCAGUAGCCCGCAUUUCCUGUGGAGGUGCAAUUAGAUCCCAGAAAGGCAUAACAGUGGCUAAAGUUAAAGUUGCCCCAAUAGACAUUGGGCCUAUUGCUGGGCAGAUAAAGCAUAAUGUUGCAGAAGAAGGAGGCCAUGCCAAAUAUGUAUGUACGAUUGAAAACUAUGAUGAGUCCACACAAGUCACAUGGUACUUUGGUAUGAGGCAAUUAGAAAGCAAUGAGAAAUACGAAAUCAAAUAUGAAGAUGGUGUGGCAACCAUGUAUGUCAAAGAUGUUUCUAAAACAGAUGAUGGUACCUACAGAUGCAAGGUGGUGAAUGAUUAUGGUGAGGACAGCUCUUAUGCAGAACUUUUUGUUAAAGGUGUGAGAGAAAUUUCUGAGCACUACAGAUGCAGAACUGUUAGAAAAGUGAAACGACGGGUUGAUACUAUGAGACUAUUAGAGCAUCCCCCAGAAUUUACUCUGCCUUUGUAUAACCGCACUGCCUAUGUUGGAGAAAAUGUCAGGUUUGGAGUAACUAUAACAGUUCACCCAGAACCUCGCGUAACAUGGUACAAAUCAGGCCAGAAAAUCAAACCUGGGGAUGAUGAUAGGAAGUAUACUUUCGAAUCAGAUAAGGGUCUUUAUCAACUUGUCAUCAAUAAUGUCACUGAAGAGGAUGAUGCUGAAUACAGUAUUGUGGCACGCAAUAAAUAUGGUGAAGACAGCUGCAAAGCUAAGCUGACUGUGAUUCCGCAUCCCCCUCCAGCAGAUGCCACGCUCAGGCCAAUGUUUAAAAGACUGCUGGCAAAUGCUGAAUGUCAAGAAGGCCAAAAUGUCAGUUUUGAGAUCAGGGUAUCUGGUGUGCCAAAACCAACGUUGACAUGGGAGAAAGAUGGUCAACCUCUAUCCUUUGGUCCCAACUUUGAUAUAAUUCAUGAAGGUUUAGAUUACUAUGCUUUGCACAUCAGAGAUACUUUACCAGAAGACAGUGGCUACUACAGAGUAACUGCUACAAACAGUGCUGGAUCUACAAGCUGUCAGGCUUAUCUAAAAGUUGAACGCUUGAAAUACGUCAAGCGUGAGUACAAGACAGAAGAAGAGCGGGAGAAACAUGUACAGAGGCAAAUUGACAAGACCUUACGAAUGGCAGAAAUCCUUUCUGGGGUUGAAGCUGUUCCAUUGACACAAACUGCACAAGAGGCUCUCAGAGAAGCUGCUAUCUUAUAUAAACCAGCUGUUAGCACAAAGACCGUUAAAGGUGAAUAUGAAGUUCAGAAAGAAGAAAAGAAGGAGAAGGAGGAAAGGAGACUUCGUAUGCCAUAUGAGAUCCCAGAGCCUCGCAAACAUGCUGCUCUUGAGGAAGAUCAGCAAAUUAAACACUUUGUGCCUCUGUCAGACAUGAAGUGGUACAAGAGGCUGCGAGACCAGUAUGAAAUGCCAGGAAAACUUGAGAGGACUGUUCAGAAACGCCAGAAACGCAUACGUCUUUCCAGGUGGGAGCAAUUCUAUGUGAUGCCGCUGCCUCGCAUUUCUGAUCAGUACAAGCCUAAAUGGCGCAUACCAAAGCUGACACAAGACGAUCUUGAAAUUGUGAGACCAGCACGCCGGCAUACCCCAUCUCCAGAGUAUGAAUAUCACUAUAGACCAAGAAGGCGCUCGCUUGGUGACUUGUCUGAUGAGGAAUUGCUCAUGCCGAUAGAUGACUACCUUGCCAUGAAGAGAACUGAAGAGGAAAGACUGCGCCUUGAAGAGGAGCUGGAGUUGGGCUUUUCUGCUUCCCCACCAAGUAGAAGCCCCCCACGCUUUGAACUGUCUGCCCUUCGAUAUUCUACUGCAGGAGCACAGGUCAGUUCAGAGGAAGAAAGUAAAAGAGAGCUGAGGUAUUCAAGCUAUCACAUUCCAACUAAAGCUGAGACAAGUGCAAGCUAUGCAGAGCUUCGUCAACGUCACGACAGGGCUGCCUACAGACCACCUAAACAAAAGCAAAGAAUAAUGGAUGAGCGGGAGGAUGAAGAAUUGCUCCGGCCUGUUGGCACUGAUCAGCGACUCUCUGGGUACAGGAGUGAGCUUAAAUAUAUGGCAGAGGAAGAAAAGAGUAGACUCAGGAGAAGGAGGGAAAGAGAAAUAACGGAGAUCACAUCAGAAGAAGAAGAAGAAAUAGAAAUGGUGCAAUAUGCUCGCAGGGAAUUUUCACCCUCCUCUAAAUUACUUAGGAGAAGAAGAUCCCUGUCUCCAACUUACAUUGAGUUGAUGCGUCCUGUAUCUGAAUUAAUUCGACCUCGCUCACGGCCUCCUGAAGAAAGUGAGAGAAGAUCCCCAACACCAGAGAGAACUCGACCACGCUCACCUAGCCCAGUUGGUAGUGAAAGAUCUCUCUCCCGGUUUGAGAGGAUGGCAAGAUUUGAUAUAUUUUCUAGAUACGAGUCCAUGAAAUCUGCUCUGAAAACUCAAAAAACGAUGGAAAGGAAAUAUGAAGUUCUGACUCAGCAGCCUUUCACCCUAGACCAUGCUCCUCGCAUUACGCUGAGGAUGCGCUCACACCGGGUGCCGUGUGGCCAUAAUACCAGGUUCAUUCUCAAUGUCCAGUCAAAACCAACCGCCGAAGUGAAGUGGUACCACAAUGGUAUUGAGCUGCAAGAGAGCAGUAAGAUACACUUCACCAAUACCAGUGGUGUAUUAACUCUGGAGAUUCUCGACUGCCACAUUGAUGACAGUGGAACAUACCGAGCUGUAUGCACAAACUACAAAGGGGAAUGCUCUGAUUAUGCAACACUAGAUGUUACUGGAGGAGAUUACACUACAUACUCUUCCCAGAGGAGAGAUGAAGAAGUACCAAGGUCAAUUUUGCCUGACUUGACAAAAACAGAAGCAUAUGCAAUCUCCUCGUUUAAGAAAGCAUCUGAAACAGAAGCAAGUUCCUCAGUAAGAGAGGUCAAAUCAGAAGUGUCAUCAACAAGAGAAUCACUUUUAUCUUAUGAACACUAUGCUGCUUCUGAAGAAAAAGUCACUGCAGCUGAAAGAAAAUCACUGGAAGAAAGGACUUCACACAAAGCAUUUAAAAGCACUCUGCCAGCAACAAUCCUUACAAAGCCACGGUCAAUCACAGUUUCUGAAGGGGAGACUGCAAGAUUUUCCUGUGAUGUUGAUGGUGAACCAGCACCAACAAUAACAUGGCUCCGUGCAGGUCAGCCUAUUGUUUCUUCAAGGCGCUUCCAGGUAACACGAACACAGUACAAGUCUACCUUUGAAAUUUCUUCCGUCCAGAUAUCAGAUGAAGGAAGUUACACUGUUGUGGUGGAAAACUCCGAAGGAAGACAGGAAGCCCACUUUACUUUGACCAUUCAAAGAACAAAAAUUCCUGAAAAAGCAAUUACAUCACCUCCAAGGAUCAAAUCUCCUGAGCCUCGUGUAAAGUCACCAGAGCCAGUUAAGUCUCCUAAACGAGUGAAAUCUCCUGAACCCAUCAGCAGUCCCCCAAAAGCUAAGUCACCACCUGCAGACAAAAUGGUAACAGAGAAAGUACAGUUACCAACUGCUUCUCCACCAAAGAUUAAACAACAUCUGAAAGCAGAAACUCUUGGAGAUAAAGUAAAGUUAUCCUGUGCAGUUGAAAGCAAUGUUUUAAGUGUCAGAGAAGUGGCUUGGUAUAAGGAUGGUAAAAAACUGAAAGAAGACCAUCAUUUCAAGUUUCAUUAUGCAGCAGAUGGCACUUAUGAGCUCAAAAUCCAAGAGCUCAUGGAAUCUGAUAAAGGAGAAUAUACCUGUGAAAUUAUUGGGGAAGGAGGUGUUUCAAAAACUAACUUCCAGUUUACUGGCCAAGUAUUUAAAAAUAUCUAUUCCCAGGUAAGAGGUGCAACUGAAUCUCAUAAAACAGUUCAGAAAGAAGAUGAGUCACUUAUGGUUUCUAGCCAGAAGAAAUCAGUAGUGGCAACUGAAGAGAAAUCUGCAGUUCAAGAAGUCAUUAAAAAGUCAGUUGUUACAGAAGAUGUCAGACAAAUGAAAGCAGAAAUUACAGCUUCUUCAACCAAAAUGACAAUGUCUGAAGGGCAAAAAGUGACAGUGAAGGCCAACAUUCCUGGUGCCUCUGAAGUAAAAUGGGUGCUGAAUGGAAUGGAGCUGAGAAAUUCAGAUGAUUACAGAUAUGGCGUUUCUGGAACUGAUCACACGCUAACUAUCAAAAAGGCCAGUAGUAAGGAUGAAGGUAUACUCACCUGUGAGGGUAAAACUGAUGAAGGCAUUAUUAAAUGCCAGUAUGUUGUGACCCUUUCUAAAGAGCGCUCCAGUGAACCAGCAUUCAUCAUGCAGCCGAAGUCUCAAAAUGUCAAUGAAGGACAAGACGUGUUGUUCACCUGUGAAGUCUCUGGGGAGCCUUCUCCUGAAGUUGAGUGGUUAAAGAAUAAUCAACCUAUUGCAGUUUCAUCGCAUCUCAGAGUAUCUCGCUCUAAAAAUAUAUAUUCUCUUGAGAUUCGAAAUGCCACAGUGAGUGACACUGGAAAAUACACAGUCAAGGCAAAAAAUUAUCAUGGGCAGUGUUCUGCUACAGCAUCUUUGACUGUACUCCCUCUAGUUGAAGAACCUCCGAAAGAGGUAGUAUUGAAGACCAGUGGCGACGCAAGCAUGCACGAAAGUUUUUCUUCUCAGUCCUUUCAAAUGGCUUCUUCUAAACAAGAGGCUUCAUUCAGCAGUUUCAGCAGUAGCAGCAUGACUGAAAUGAAAUUUGAAAGCAUGUCUGCCAAAAGCAUGUCCUCCAUGAAAGAAUCCUUUGUAGAGAUGAGCUCCAGCAGUAUUAUGGGGAAAUCUAGCAUGGCUCAACUGGAGAGUUCAACUAGUAAAAUGCUUAAAUCAGGUCUGAGAGGAGUACCACCCAAAAUCGAAGCUCUCCCAUCUGAUAUCAGCAUUGAAGAAGGAAAAGUUCUCACACUAUCCUGUGCCUUUUCGGGUGAACCUGCUCCUGAAAUAACAUGGUACUGCAGAGGGAGAAAAAUUACCAGUCAGGACCAGCAAGGCAGAUUCCACAUCGAAACCAGUGAAGAUCUAACCACCCUGAUCAUCAUGGAUGUCCAGAAGAACGACGGUGGACUUUAUACUCUGAAUUUAGGGAAUGAAUUUGGUACCGAUUCUGCCACUGUGAAUAUAAAUAUCCGAUCACCUUAGAGAGCUUAAUCUGUAUUAUUUACACUUGUAUUUUUACAAGUGAUUCAUAUACGGACUGAAAUAUCUGAUAUGUAAAUAUAAAAGAAAAAUAUUUUUUUACCUACCUGAACGAGACAAAGUCCAGACCUAUACAUUAUGACUUAUAGUCAUUAUUGACCUAAGAAUUUAAACCACUUUUUUCACUGACAUGUACAUACUGUAUAUAGCCGAAGUUAACGGUUAUGAAGUUUUGUACCGUUUAUUUUAUGACAUUUUGAAACGUAACUUUUGGAACUAACAGUUGGCAGGGGAAAGUUUCCUAGCAAACGACUACCCAGCUCAACAUUUAACUAAUUUUUGCGCCUCAACUCAUUGUUGAUGUCUAAGAAUGCCUCAACAGGUAGAGAGGCUCCCUGUUGAAGAUUUCCUACACCUAAGACAUGAUACUGUGCACAGUAUUUCAUACGUGCACAAAUAUUUAUGUUGAAUCAGAAAUGUAAGGCAUUGGUGAUGUUUGCAAUUACCCUCCUGUAAGCAUUGCUUUAAUGUUUUACAUUGCAUCUGAUUAUGUCAUAAUUGUCCUACCUGACUGACAAUUUCUGGACAAAGUGCAAGCGGCCAGCACUUUGUUCACCCACCGUGUACUGUUUCUGACAUAUUGACUGCCUGAAUAGCUUUUAAAAAAGUAACAUCACCUGGCCAUCCCCUUAAUCAACAAAGCUAUUUAGGUAUUCAAGUGCAGCAGCAGUACCCCAUCUCGGAGGUUCUUAGGGUGCAGUGAGUGAGUUUGUGUGGUAGUAUUAGACACCCAGUAGUCACUUCCAGGCAACUAAGCAAUGAACCACAGUUUGAAAACAAACUGUUGCUACAACAUCAAAUACCAGUCUGCACUUCAAUUUGCUUUAGUUCUCCUAAUGUAGUAUUAGAGCUUAGUAGCUGUUGAACCUCCUUGAGAUAGAAUUGUUCAUUUGAAAUAAAGCAUGCUUUCUGCACCAUAAA